UUGUGGAAUUUCCUUCCCAGUAAACACGCACAGGCUCGGGCUGCUGUUAGGACUUUGCCCUUAAGCGCGGACUGUGCACGGAGCAAAAGUCCCCAUCAUGCGCUUUUGCACGCGAGUAAGUCGACCCAUCCAAAACUGAGCGCGGGGGGUUGUUGAACUCGAUCCGGAGCAGAAACCCUCCGGCUCUCGCGGAACCCCUUACUCCCGAGUAGACCUGCGUGCGUGCGUGUGUGCACGUGGAGGUGGCUCGGGCGGCUCGGGCGGCGGCUUCCCUCUGCCUCCUCCGCGCUAGGCAAGCAGCUCCGCUUCCGUGGGAGACCCUUUACUCCCGAGUAAGCCGCUCCCCGCUCCCCUCCUGUCUUCCCCAGCAGAAGCAGCCCAGCCCGAGCUCGCUCCGGCCCGUCAAGGCAGGAGGCGGGGAUCGGGGCGGUGCCGGGGGCGGCGCGUCGGGGCGGGCCGGUUUGCGCCCUGGAGGUGCCGGCGGCGGGGCCGGCCGUGGUAGUCCCGUCCCGUCGGGUCCCGCGCGCCACAGCGCCGUCGGAGCGAGCCGCGACCAUGCCCCGGCCCGCGAGAGGCUCCGGCGGGCCGUCGGAGCGGAGCCCGCUGCUGAAUUACCGGCUCUGCAGCAGCGUCUCGGUGGAAGCGGAGCCGUCCGCGGCCAGGGCCGCCGGGGCGCGCAAGCUGCCCACCUUCCUGGGCGUCGUCGUGCCCACGCUGCUCUCCAUGUUCAGCGUGGUGCUUUUCCUGCGCCUCGGUGAGUGGGGCUUUCGCAGCGUGGCUGGAGGAAUCUGGCUUAGUAUUGUUACUUUUAUUAUUUAGUUCGAAAAUCGAGUUGAGCGCGCGUGGCGGAGAUCGUAUCGCGUCUUAAGAAGCCGCCUGGCCCGAAAAGCUCAGUUUGGAGGCGGCGGGGAAGCGCUCGCACUUUGCCUAUGCUCAGGAAACCUGGCUCCCAGAGCUGGAGAACCAGGGGAGGGAGCAGCCCUUUGGUUCAAGCCUCAUAGUUGCCGCUGUAGGCGUUAGGUGAGCCAGGGAUCUCCGGUCCCUCGCUGGAAACUUGCCUUGGGGUGGCAAGGAAACAGUGCCGGCCUGCUUUGCAGGGAUGUUGUACAGCAGGGACUGGACAGGUGGGACCCUCCAGGACUGAUGGGAGUCCAGUAAUAUCCUAGGCCACAGUAUUCCCUGCUGCUGGUGAGAAGAUGCCUUGAGAUGAAGGCUCUGUUGGCGCCCACAUGAACAUGACAAAUGUUGUUUCACAUCUGUUUUAAAGCUCAGUCUGUGAAGAGGUUGCCGCCUCUUCCCCUGAACUUGUUGUCCUUCCUGUUUAAGCCAGGUUCUCCCUGAGGCAAUAAUCCUGUGUCCAGGUGAGAGCUUCUAUAGAUGUUCCUCAUAGUAUGUUAUCCAAAUAUAUCAAAAUACGCCCCUGUUCAUAAAAAGCUAGCAUCUCAGGGAGCAAUGUCGGCUAGAACCCUUCUCCCUGUGAUCCUAGGUUUCUAUGCGCAGGGGUUAUCGUUUAUGUAUGGAGCUGCUUUUCGUCAUGUUACUUCCCUGCCAACAGCUCUGCUGUCUGGAGUGGAACAGAUCAGAGCUGACUCCUGCAGUGAGAAUUAAAUCCUAGUGACUGUCUGCUGACUUCCUCUUGGCUUCGGGGCACCCUGCCCAACAGCACCUUAUAAUUAACCAAGUGAUAUAAGUCCUCAUAAGGUCCUAACUCCUACACUAACCCAGCACAUCAGUGCCCUACUAUGGGGCCUUUUAACUAGCCUGGCAACUUACCCCACCAAAUGCCAGCUUCCCUAAGGAAGUGGUUCUCAAACUUUUUUCUCUGGACCACACUUUCUCAAUAAAGACUUCCUUGUGCCACCCUGGAUUUUUCAUUGAUAAGAAACACAUUGGAUAAUAAUAAUAAUAAUUUAUUAUUUAUACCCUGCCCAUCCGACUGGGUUUCCCCAGCUACUCUGGGCGGCUCCCAACAGAAUUAAUGAUAAUAAUAAAAAAAAGUGAUAAGACAUAAGAAACUUCCCUAAACAGGGCUGCCUUCAGAGGUCUUCUAAAAGUCAGAUAGUUGUUUAUUUCCUUGAGAUCUGAUGGGAAGGUGUUCUACAGGGCAGGCGCUACCACCGAGAAGGCCCUCUGCCUGGUUCCCUGUAACCUCACUUCUCGCAGUGAGGGAACCGCCAGAAGGCCCUUGGAGCUGGAACUCAGUGAAUGAUGGGGGUGGAGACGCUCCUUCAGGUAUACUGGGCCGAAGCAACAACUUGUGGCAGUGUAAAUGUAGAACACAACUAUUUAUAAUAUGAUCACGGGUAAAGUAAGGGACGCGGGUGGCACUGUGGUCUAAACCACUGAGCCUCUUGGGCUUGCCGAUCGAAAAGUCGGCGGUUCGAAUCCCCGCAACGGAGUGAGCUCCCUUUGCUCUUUCCCAGCUUCUGCCAAGCUAGCAGUUUGAAAGCAUACCAGUGCAAGUAUAUAAAUAGGUACCGCUGUGGCGGGGAAGGUAAAAGGCAUUUCCAUGCGCUCUGGCUCUUGUCACGGUGUUGCCUUGCGCCAGAAGUGGUUUAGUUAUGCUGGCGACAUGACCCGGAAAGCUGUCUGUGGACCAACGCCGGCUCCUUUGGUCUGAAAGUGAGAUGAGCGCUGCACUCCAUAGUCGCCUUUGACUGGACUUAACUGUCCAGGGGUCCUUUACCUUAUGAUAACAGGACAUCCAGAAGGUAUAAAACAAUGCAGCUACGUAAGAUCAUGAAUCAUUUCCAAAAUAUAAUUAUAAACUCUUAUGUACCUUAAGGAUGCAUACAAACUUAGUGAGAGGCAUGAGCUUGCUUUUGCUGGGAACUCCCACCAUCCCAUCAACACAAAGAAGCCUUUCUCUUGUCUGGUUUUCCUCCGAAUCACUUGACGUUCUUGCUCUCCUUUUGGAAAGAUAUCUACCCAUAUUUGGCAAAUAAAAAAGAUAUUGUCAUACUAUAGUAUACAAUGCCACACUGAAAUGUUUAAAUGUUUAUUUGAUGGCCCUUGAAUCUUCCCACCACACUUGCCACCCUCUCCUGCCACACCCUCUGAGAAUCACUUUGCUACAAGACCAGGGGUAGGCAACCUAAGGCCCGGGGGCCGGAUGCGGCCCAAUCGCCAUCUCAAUUCGGCCCGUGGAUGGUUCGGGAAUCAGCUUGUUUUUACAUGAGUAGAAUGUGUCCUUUUAUUUAAAAUGCAUCUCUAGGUUAUUUGUGGGGCAUACGAAUUCGUGCAUUUUUUUCUCCAAAAUAUAGUCCAGCCCACCACAUAGUCUGAGGGACGGUGGACCGGCCCACAGGCCUUAAAAAGGUUGCUGACCCCUGUACAAGACCCAUAUCCACUCUUUAAAGCCUGCCUUGCAGGGACCUCGAGUUCAGCUGUACCCUCUAGCCUUACUCCCUAGAGCAUUUUUUCUGAUCUGGCGCCUGGAAUACAGUGUUACUCCCGGGUUCCUGAUCACCACAUUCAGCUCUCAUACUAUCUGCACUAGUGGUCUAUGCCCCACAAAGACCCCUCUUCUGUUAAUACUCUCACGCUUUUAGCAGUUAACUUCUACUUUCCUCUUCCAAAACCCUUACAAACAACCGCAGCACCUCUGCUUUGGUCUCUCCUUUGGUCGCCGUACAAUCCAAGGCUGCUGCCUCUUAUGAACUUGCCCCACUCAUGUUAUUGCAGUAAUGGCUACCUAACCCCUUUCCAAAUGCCCACCUCUGUUCUGGGCUAUAAAUACUACUCAUUGGCCUACCCGCCUGCAGCGAAUUUGAAGCGCCUGCAGGGAACCAGGCUGGGAUUGGUGGAGAUGUUGUAGUCCAAAACAUCUGGAGGGCACCAGGUUGGGGAGGGAUGGGCUUUGGGCCUUUACCCAGCAGUUUGAAUUGGACUUGGGAGAGAAUAGGCAGCCUGUCGUUGGCAUCCGUCUGUCUUGAGAGACAAUGGAGUGUGCCUCCGGGGGCAAAGUCAAACUGCUGCCUUAGCAGCAUUGAAGUUACCCCUCUGUGGUGCAAACCUGAGCUAUGUGUCUGGAGGUCCUGGGCUGCCCAGACGACAAGACCCCCCUCUCGGCCUCCCUGAUGGGGUCCAAAGGAAAGCAAAGCAAGACAUUUGGCACCAGCUUGGCUGCAGGAGUUGCUGGAGGGAGGCGUCCAAGGAGCCAUACAACCGUCUUAGGGACUGCACUCCAGAUUUGUGUAUGGUUUACUCCAGAGUUUUCCAAACCUUUUAUGUUGGUGACACACUUUUUAGACAUGCGUCAUUUCAUGACACAGUAAUUCUUUGUGUGUGUGUGUGUGUGUGUGUGUAUAUAUAUAUAUAUAUAUAUAUAUAUUAGUUUUUUAAUAUAUCAUUUUCAACAGUAAUUAAACAUGCUUUUACAUCUUACACAAUUUUUUGACUUCCCUCAAUCUCAUCUGGAAAUUUUCUGGUCUAAUCUCUUAGUAUACAUUUCUUACUUUCCCUAUGACAUUUAAAUCUCAUAACUGUUAUCUCUAUUCUUUUUCUACUUUGUAACGUUUCAUAGAUUUCUCCUUAGAGAACUUCUUGCAGUCCUACUAGCGUGAUUUGCUGAUUACAAUUGCUCUUCAAAUAGUUCAUCUACUUCUUCCAAUCUUCUGUGAAUCUCUGGUCCCGCAGGUUUCGAAUCCUUCCUGUCAUUUUGUCCAAUUCUGCAUAAUCCAUUUUUUUCUGCCAUUCUUCUUUCGCACGACAUAGUAAUUCAGUUUUACUAGCAAAAGGGAGGGUAAACUAACUCCUUUCCAGCCCCGGGAGGAACUCGGGGAGUGUUCACACGACACAACCACACACUGCAGCCGACACAGUAACGUGGCACGACGUGCAGUUUGGAUAGCUCUGAUUUACUCCUUAGCCUUUUCUUCUUCCAAAGAUAUCCCACAAUGCAGCAGACCUUUAAAGCCCUUCACGGCCUAGGACCCUCGUACCUAUGGGACCGCCUCUCCUGGUAUGCCCCACGGAGGACCUUAAGGUCCAUAAAUAGCAACACCCUAGUGGUCCCGGGCCCUAAGGAAGUCAGAUUAGCCUCAACCAGAGCCAGGGCCUUUUCAACACUGGCUCCGGCCUGGUGGAACGCUCUAUCUCAUGAGACCAGGGCCCUGCAGGAUCUGAUUUCUUUCUGCAGGGCCUGUAAGACAGAGUUGUUCCACCUGGCCUUUGGCUUGGAAUCAACUUGAUGCCCUCCCCCUCUUUUCUUUUUCCUUCUGUGAUGGAACUCCUAUUCGGGGACUUCCCUGGCUUUUUUCUGGCUCACGUAGGACCAGUCUGGAUAGUUAGCCUUGGUGAAGACUUGACGUUUUUAUCCCCCAAAAAGUUUUUGAUUAGAGUUUCCACUGAAAGGAGGCUGCAUUUUAAUGUUUGAAUGUUGUAUUUUAAUCUUGUUUUUUAAGUUGUAUUUCGAUCAAUUGUGUUAUAUCGGGUGUUAGCCGCCCUGAGCCCGGUCUUGGCUGGGGAGGGCGGGGUAUAAAUAAAAUUUAUUAUUAUUAUUAGCUAUUUUUCCAGCAUUGCAGGGGGUUGGACUAGAUGUCCUUCGGGAUCCCUUCCAACUCGACAAUUCUAUGAUCCCCUCUUGCUGCAACCUGCUUCUUCAGUCUGCUUGAGUGGAAGCAAAUGUUCCUGCCCCCCCCCCCCCCCAACACACACCUGAUGUUCGAUCGCAAAGUGCUUUCCCUCAGAAAUGGUUGUGGCAGCUGGGAAAAUGAAGGAAGCGAGCCCAUAAGUGCUGGCCGUAAUAAGCCUUCGCUCUUCUUGGGCUUUGGGCCAGCCGGGGUCACUCCAGUCGUUAUAUCCCCUUGCGUCUUGAUUAAUACCUUUCUGCAGCUGUAAUGGAGCACUCCGGCUGCAACUUGGUGUUAAUUAAGUGUGCAGGGUGGCCGUGCGAGAGGUGAUGUGGUUUGUAAGUUCUGGGCUGGAACCACAACUGGAUUAAGGCAUCGUCUCUUGGCACACAAAAAUCUGUUCAGUCCAGCAUCUUGUUUCUCCCAGUGGCCAGCCAGAUGUUUUGGGAAGACCACAGCAACAGCCCUUCCUUGCUGAGUUUCCCCAUGCAGCAGCUAUUGAGAGAUAAAUGGUAAAGGGACCCCUGACCAUUAGGUCCAGUUGUGACCGACUCUGGGAUUGCGGCGCUCAUCUCGCUCUAUAGGCCGAGGGAGCCGGCGUUUGUCCGCAGACAGCUUCCAGGUCAUGUGGCCAGCAUGACUAAGCUGCUUCUGGCGAACCAGAGCAGCGCACGGAAACGCCGUUUACCUUCCCGCCGGAGCGGUACCUAUUUAUCUACUUGCACUUUGAUGUGCUUUCGAACUGCUAGGUUGGUAGGAGCAGGGACCGAGCAACGGGAGCUCACCCCGUCGCGGGGAUUCAAACCGCUGAACUUCUGAUCAGCAAGUCCUAGGCUCUGUGGUUUAGACCACAGCGCCACCCGCGUCCCUUAUUGAGAGAUACAUUGCCUCUAUAUGUGAAGGUUCCAUUUAGCCAGCACGGCUAAUGCCCAUUGGUGGAUCUGGCCUCCAUAGAUCUCUCUCAAGCAUGUCCAGUGUUGGAGGUCAGCAUGGCUAGGAUUCUGUUGACAGCCCCAGAACAGACCCUGCCCCACCCCCCACAGGGUCCGCAUCUGUCAUUACUGGUGCAUUCCUGCAUUGCAUGGGGUUGGACUGGAUUACCGUUCCAACUCUAUGGGUCCAGUAGCGCCCCAAAAGUAAUCCAGCUUCAAGAGCCCAACUCUGGAAAGCAGGGGGUGGGGGGGCACUUGUAGAGAGAGUGUCUGGCAUAGACCUGACCAACAUACAUCCCACCACCUGGAGAAUGUGGAAGAUUUCUCCCUCUAAACCCGAGUGCCGAAUUGCAGAAAUGACUUCCAGAGGGUAGCCGUGUUAAUCUGCUGGCAGUUGAAGCAAAAGCCUUGUGGCUUUUGCAAGAGACUUUCUGGUUCGAUUUGCCUGAGGCUUUCCUGGCCUUGGGGAGUCCUCUAAAUCGGGAGGCACAAAGUUGCCAAAAUGGUGGCAGUGAGGAUAUGUGUCUGUUUCAAAAUACGCUUUCGAUUAUAUGUCGAGUUCUUUGCAUGCUCAGAGCAACGGAAGCAUUGCAGCGGGGCUAGAUCGAAAUGGCUCUUGUUAAAAUGUGUUUUCAAGAGUUCAAAACGUUUGCGCCAAAGCAUGAAGUUUGCACAUCUGUGUGUCUGACUGGACUCUAAAUCUAGACGCAGCAACCGGCACCAACAGUUAGCACUUAAAUCGGUUUGAUGUUGUUUGCAUGUUUCAAAAGAUUUCAGAUUUAUUUCUGUUAAGUGAGAGGCAAAUGAUUGAAGGGUUGCUGGCCUCCCUCUCUCUUUGGAGGGGCAGGCAGUAUUUCGGAGUCUCUUGCCGUGCGCCCAUCUGAGACGGCAACAGGUGGAGUAUCUGCUUUACCCAGGUCACAUUUAUUUUUUACGACAAAUGGCUGCCCAUGAGAAAGCAAUCAGGCAGGCCUGCAAGACAUGGAAGCAUCUCUUAGGAGGAAGAAAGGAAGACGUUGGAUCACCUUUUCCCCUCCUUCACUAAGCGAUCUCCCGUGUUCAGUCUUCAGCCUUUCCUUAGUGCCUUACACUGAGUCAGACUUGGUCCACCUACCUCAGUAUUGUCCACUCUGACUGGCAGCAUCUCUCUGGGGGUUCAGGAAGGAGACUCUCCCAGUCCUACCUGAGAUACUGUGGAUUGGGACCUUCUACAUGCAGAGCAGAUGCUCCAGCUCUCCUCUGAAGAAGUGCUAGUGUAGGAUUCAAAACAAGGCAUGUGGUUUUGAAUUCAUUUGAAAUAUAAGUCUAUUUGUAAGCUGUUCCAUUGUUUGAAAUGCAGGUUCUUUGUCCUGGAAGCAGACUGCCAUCAUUUGGCUUGCCUGAGUGAUCUGAACAGUCUUCUUUGCAAAUAUUCAUUUAGGCUUAGUCAGUAGGGUAUGAGACUCUUAAUCUCAGGGUCAUGGGUUCAAGGGGCAAAAGAUUCCUGCAUUGCAGGGGGUUGGACUAGAUGACCCUUGGGGUACCUUCCAAUUCAACAGUUCUAUGUUUCUAAGAUUUUGACUUGUGACCUGUCUGAUUUGCAUGGGGAAGACUGGGGAUUUGAAGUUGUGGGUGAUUGGUGGGGCAAGGACUUUGGACUCAAAGCCUUUCAGUUCCCACAAAUUCGGCUUGGUAGUUUUGCUCUUCGUUGCAUUUGGUUUAGAAGUACUCUGGGAUUGAGAUCUGGCUUCCUCCUUUUCAUCGCCCAUUGAAACGCUUCAAUUCUGCUUUUUCAACACGCGGUUACUGCAGUCUCCAAUAUGCUCUACACUUCUGUCGUCCCACCAUGUGCGCAUGCAGUCUUUAGUUUGGGAUUGGGCACAGAAUCUGGAGCAUCAGCUUUUCUAAGCAAAUCAAGUUUCUAGUCCAUAUGAAAAGUCAGCUGUGGCAACCAGUUGUGAUUUCAGUGUCUUCCACAGUUCUCUCUCCCCCCACCGCGCCCCACCCCACCCUAUUGAAGUAGAAAGAUUCUCUCUUGCCAAUUUUUUGUUCUCCAGCUAAGUUUUAAACCUUACAGCGACAUUAUGUUAAUUAUUAUUCUAAUUAAGCUUAUUGUUUAUUUAAAAACAACAACAACAACUGCUGGUUGAGGGAGUCCUGUGCAGGACCAGAAAGCAAAACAAACAGAAUGCAGAGCAAAGAGCCUGAAUAUAACAAUUUUUGUGUGUGUGUGUGUUAAUUGUGGUGAAGGUAAAACGGAUUCUAUUCCAAGAAAAGCUCAAUUUCCUGCACCACUUCCUAUAUCCCUUAUACAAGUCUGCAAAAAGUUGUUCGUUUUGAAUAAUGUAUUCCCCCCAGUUUCCUGCAUGUUCUAACAGGCUCAGACUGUCCUUUUUUAUGUAUAUAAAAAAGACUGCAGUUCCAUUGAAUUUGGUGGGAAUAUACUUUGGGCAAGUGUCUAUGGGACCGCAGCCUUAAUCAAGGAGAAACUAAUAGUAAUAGGAUACUGUAGAAAUUAAUCCGGGAUCUGUGCAGCCUGAUAGUAUAUGCCAGCCUUAACAAAGGCCAGGAAUGCCGUGCAGUUACACCCUGCGUUCUCUUGCAAGCAUUCUCAAAUAUUUAGAUCUGAACCCCGUGGGGGAAAACAGGACACAGGGUUCUUUCAGAACUGUCCUGAUCUUCCUUAUGACUCAGGAUCCGCUCAUUAUCCUGGGAUCCUCUCUGUUUGCAGCAAGAGCCAGCUCUAAGCAGAGGGCAGAGUCCGGGCCCAAAUUUCCUCUCCCUAGCGAGGAACAAAUUGGGCAGCUCGCUUUGCCAGGUCCGCGUGGUUGGCGGGGCGUGGGGGGGGGCACACCCUCCACAGAUUUGCUCAGGGCAGCUGGGGACAGUUUAAAGCUGUGUCUAAAGCCCACGAGCUCCGCAAGGCUCAAAUCCAUUUUCUCUGCUCAUCCUUUCUCCAUCGCUUUUAACUUCCCCCAGAAGCAGCCUGGGGUCAAUCAGGGUCAUCCCUCUUGCAAAAUCUGCCUGCAGAAACAUUUUCCUCCCUUGAGUUGCAAGUAGCACUAUCUCCAGUCUCCGUUGUGGGACAGAAUAUACAGCUUGGGGGCUGCCUUAGCCAGGGCCUGUGACACCAGUGGUGCCCUUGAUUCAGGAUUAAUUAGAGCAAAGGCAAUUUCCAUGUGCGUGGCCUCAGCAAGGAUGCUCCGCUUCUUCAAGCAAUAAAUAAUACUUUAAAUAAAAGAUCUGGGAAACAAUGGGAGGUGUUGAUACCUAGGGAGGGAUAGCUGAGCUCUGGCAUUUGUUCUGUUCAAAACGGGAGCAGGGAAAUCCCUUUCCAUCCGAAGGGCCCCAUUCCCACUUGUGGGAGCCGCCUGCCAGUCAGGGGCGUGGCUAGAGGCAAAAGUGGGCGGAGCCACAGGAGUGACUCUUUGAACAGCAUAGGCCACAUUCUGGCCAUGGAGAAGUCGAGUGUUUCCUGCUUGUCUCUCCAUUUUAUCCUCAUCCUAUGAUCAUCGCAGCGAUAGGCCUGGUCUGUGGGAUGUGGCGCUUCAGAGUACGUUAAGGAAAAGUGUUCUUGCCUAGCUUGUUCCCUGCCUUGCUAGAUUUCUACUUGCAGGCGUUUUCUUUCCCUCUCUUUUUUGGAAAACGGGACCCUUUGCAAAAAAAACCAACCUAUUUCCCACUUGUGGGCUGAAGUGGUCGAAUCCUUGUAAAUCAAGAAAAUCUUUAAUAAAAAACAAAACAAAAAGAAAACUACCUCACUUGAUUCCUUCACAUUGUUUGCAUCAGGAGGCAUGAAGAAAGAGAUUUGUUCUGCUGAUAAACUAAUUACCGUUUGGACUUAAGGUGGACUUUUAUUUCGUGCUAGUGAUUUUGUGGGACACGGCAGAGACUUAUACGUGGUCUAGGAUGGGGAAAUGGUCCCAGGCGUUUCGGUGCUUGCGGUGGAAAUUCCAGUUGGUCCCCCCACCCUCCCCGCUAAUAACUGGGAAGUUCUCUUGCACAAGCUCCGUUGAAAUGAGUGGGUCUUGCUCAGCAGAACUUCCCUGUCAGGUGAGACACAGGGAGGGGUCUCUCUAAAUAGUCCACUUUGCUGCUGUUACAGGAGACCCAAAUCUCUUUCCCUCCUUCUGGCAGCUUCCUCAUAUUGCCUUAUGACAGGGCUGCCUCAGUUCUCAAAUAACUCUGUGAUCUUAUGAAAGUCCUCUUUCUUCUUCUUCUUCUUUUUUUUUAAAAAAACUAACAAACCAAAGAGAAAUCGAAAGCGUGAAAAUCCCAUGGUGGAGACACUUUGGAAUUCCCCCCACAGCUCUGGAAGAAGUGGCUUGAUCUCUUUACCCGGCGCUGACUGGCUUCCUUUCGCUCUGCUGCUGAGGUUUUCUGGAAAUCUCGGGCUGUCAGGGCAGGGUGGCUGAGUAACACCCCCCUCCACAAACACAACACCCAGCCUGCGGUUGCAAGGGGAAAGGCACCACUUCCUGGUCUGCGUGUUUGCCCAAUCCCAGCUGAGCCGGCAACAUGCAGAGGUUCAUGACCUGCUUCUCCUUUGCAGGAUUUCUGCACAGAAUUGCUCCGGAAACCUGUCAAAGGUGAUGUGUGGUGCCAGAACAGGUUGGCUCUCCUGGUCAGCCCCGUGACCCUAUCUUCUCCCAGUGUUAAAAACUCAGAUAUAUAUGUUAAUCACUUUGUUGUUGUUUAGUCGUUUAGUCGUGUCCGACUCUUCGUGACCCCCUGGACCAGAGCACACCAGGCACUCCUGUCUUCCACUGCCUCCCGCAGUUUGGUCAAACUCAUGUUCGUAGCUUUGAGAACACUGUCCCACCAUCUCGUCCUCUGUCAUCCCCUUCUCCUUGUGCCCUCCAUCUUUCCCAACAUCAGGGUCUUUCCCAGGAAGUCUUCUCUUCUCCUGAGGUGGCCAAAGUCUUGGAGCCUCAGCUUCACAAUCUGUCCUUCCAGUGAGCACUCAGGGCUGAUUUCCUUAAGAAUGGAUAGGUUUGAUCUUCUUGCAGUCCAUGGGACUCUCAAGAGUAUCCUCCAACACCAGAAUUCAAAAGCAUAAAUUCUCCGGCGAUCAGCCUUCUUUAUGGUCCAGUUGUCACUUCCAUACAUCACUACUGGGAAAACCAUAGCUUGAACUAUACAGACCUUUGUUGGCAAGGUGAUGUCUCUGCUUUUUAGGAUGCUGUCUAGGUUUGUCAUUGCUUUUCUCCCAAGAAGCAGGCGUCUUUUAAUUUCAUGGCUGCUGUCACCAUCUGCAGUGAUCAUGGAGCCCAAGAAAGUAAAAUCUCUCACUGCCUCCAUUUCUUUCCCUUCUAUUUGCCAGGAGGUGAUGGGACCAGUGGCCCUGAUCUUCGUUUUUUUAAUCACUUAAUGGCACCUUAAACCUAGGUUACAGUUGCCACAACAGAAUGUCUAGGUGCCAUCUUUUUUACAAGGAUAUUAUUACAGUCGUACCUUGGUUCUUGAACUUAAAUCCAUUCCAGGAGUCCGUUCGAUUCCCGAAACCAUUCAAAAACCAAGGCGCGGCUUCCGAUUGGCUGCAGGAGCUUCCUGCACUCAAUUGGAAACCACGUCAGACGUUCAGCUUCCGAAAAACAUUCAAAAACUGGAACACUUACUUCCUGGUUUUCUGUGUUCAGGAGCCAAAAUGUCCAAGUACCAAGGUGUUCGAGAACCAAGGUACAACUGUAUUAUUAUACUGAACUAUGGCAGUUUGAUCAACAAAUUGUCGCUGGAUAGCAGAUAAGAACUCGUGAGUGACUCCUAUGGGGAAACCACCGCGAUAACAGGGUUUAAUCCAGGAGCAAAACAUGUUUCCGUUCAUUUGGGUUUUCCUCUGUUUCUUUUUCUUAUGGGGUUUCCAAAAUUGACAAAUUAAUUUGCAGAGUUGUAAAAUCGGCCUGUAAAACCAAAACCAAAACACACCAACCCUCCUGAUUCUGCUUAUUAAACAUAACUUGUGGUUUCACCUCGAGUCUCUUGACCAAUUCCCCCCCCCCGCCAAAAAAAUUUUUUUUUACAGGGUUUCCACAAGGUUUCCUCAUGGUAGUUUGUCUUUUGUGGUGUCAGGCACAUUCCCCAAGGCUGAAAAGCAGCAAUAUUUCGUCAAUCUGGAAAACCGGAUUGUCGCAGCGCCCAGCUAGAGAAGUCCAUUGCAGCUGUGGACGGAGAUUGUGAUGGUGUCAUUGUCGUGGGUGCCUGUUGCAGGUCUCUUACAGCACAUUCACUCCCCCCCCACUUGCUGCCCGCCCUCGGUUGCCAGAUAUAUAUGUACUCAAUUUAAAAAUCAAUUGGCUUGUUUUCGAAUCAAUACCUUGUUUUUGCUUUACAGCUCUGAGGCCUUAAGGGAACUCGGUGGAGUUUAUAAAUCUAAAUAAGUCAGGCCUCGACGCUUUAGAGCUUAAACGGUUCCGUGGAGAAGGGCGGGAGUGUUCCAGAAAGAGCCGUGUGAAACCCCAGAGGCCGGGAGGCUCUGAUACGGCGUGAAACGGACAGCAGUUUGAAGCUGCUAGGGCUUGUUAGCUGGGAUCCGCAAAGAUCUGGACUGGGUUCUUGAGCCAAAGGACGGUUCUGGCCUGGUUCUGGCAGCAGCAUGGGUGCGGGUGGGCCAAGAGGGUUGUGCCAGGAUCAGUGCACCUCCAGGUGGGCAGCAUCCAGCUUGCCUUGGAGAACUUGGGCCAGUCGCCUACUCUCAGACAAGCCUACCUUAAAGGGUGGUUGUUGGGGUGAUAGGGUACGUUUACCUGUGUUCGGUCCUUGGGGCCAGGAAGGAGAAUGGUGGUGCAAACCAGGGUUAGAAGCUCAGAUAGAUAAGCUAAUCGCCAAAUUGCACCUUAAACCGAGGUUAUGUUCACCACGGUUGAACAUCUAGGUGGUUGUUUUUUGCAUUAUUUAUUUAUUUGUUUCAUUUCUGUAUUGCUUUAUAUUUUAAAGAAAACAUCUCAAAGCAGUUUACAACAUAUUAAAACUUCAAGCAAAACAAUCCAGAAUAAAACAAAUUCAGGCUUCAAGGAAAACAUAUCAGAUUCUUCUUAAAGUGACACUUGGCUUUCCCCAUAUUUAUUUACCGUAUUUUUCGCCCUAUAGGACGCACUUUUUCCCCUCCAAAAAUGAAGGGGAAAUGUGUGUGCGUCCUAUAGGGCGAAUGCAGUUCCCGUCGGGCUCCCAAGGCUUGCGGAUAGCAGCCUGCAGCCCGAAGCCUGGGGCGCACUGCACAGCGCACCCCGGGCUUCGUGCAGAUAUCGGGCAGCCCCACAAGCUCGGGGGACAGCGGGGAGGCAGAGCGCCGCCAUCCCGCUGUUCCCCGACCUGGUUUGGAGGCUGGCGCUGGGAGAAGCACACUUCUCCCCACCGCCAGCCCCAUAAGCUCGGGGGACAGGAUAUCCGCAAGCCUGGGGAGACCGGCGCGACUUCCCACCGGGCUCCCUAGGCUUGCGGAUAGCAGCCUGUUCUGGAGGCUGGGGUCGGGGGAAGCUUGGGCAUCCCCCGCCCCAGCCCCGCGCCUGGGGGAAAAAUAAAUUUUCCCCCUUUAUUUCCCCCCCAAAAAACUAGGUGCAUCCUAUGGGCCGGUGCGCCCUAUGGGGCGAAAAAUAUGGUAUUUACCUACUUCAUUUAUAGAGCUGCCCCAUAGUAGAAGGAAGCCAGUGUGGUUUAGUGGUGAGAGUGUUGGACCAGGACCUGGGAGAUCAGGAUUCAAAUCCCCACGCAGUAAGGAAUCUCACGGUGUGAUCUUGGAGUCAGUCACAGCCUCUUAACCUGCCUUGCAAGGUUGUUGUAGGGGAUUAACUGAGGAGGGGGGAGAACUAUGUACUCCUUGGAGAAAAAGGUGGGAGAUUAAUGCAAUAAAUAAGGUCUUUGGCUCACCUGCUUAAGAAAGCUGGAAGGAUAUGGAGAUGUCAGCUGCCAAUCUGGCAUCCAGAGAUCUCCACGUGAUCGCCAUUGGACCCGUGCCUGUCGCAAAAUGCGCCUGGUGCCUGGCUAACUUCUAACCCUGGUGCAAACAUUGGGGUGCUGCCCCACUGUGGAGGGGAUAGGUUAGCUGCCACUGUUGCAGGGAGAAUUGGACGGAGGUCUCGAGUCUUCCUUCGUUCCUGGCUGCCAAGCUUUUGCCCUCUGGCACAUUGCUACCUUCCCAUUUGGCUCGCUGCCUCUGGGCAGGGAACGUUGCCUCCUGGGUGCCUGCCGCUGGCUUGCUUAGACAGAUCCCUUGAUUCACAGAGCUGUAAGGCACUGCAAGGUGAUAAAAUUCUCCAGGGCUUGGUUUUCUACACAUCCUUCUGUGUCUCAUCCAUACACAACACAGACAUCCCUGCAUGGAAUUCAGCAGCCAGAUUGCUGAUUGAGGCAAGGCAAUCUGAGCGCCUGAGGCCAAUUCUGGUGCAACUGUGUUAGCUGCCUAUUCUUCUUCUCCUUCUUCUUCUUCUUCUUCUUCUUCUUCUUCUUCUUCUUCCUCUUCCUGCCCUUCACCCUAAGAUCCCAGGUUUAUUUUUUUUAAAAAAUGUUUUUAUUAAAGGAUUUUCAUGGUUAACAAGGCUACAUACAACGUCUCUGUUUUUUGGCACCUACCUUAUUUUCAUGGGACACGGGUGGCGCUGUGGGUUAAACCACAGAGCCUAGGACUUGCUGAUCAGAAGGUCGGCGGUUCGAAUCCCUGCGAUGAGGUGAGCUCCCGUUGCUCGGCCCCUGCUCCUUCCCACCUAGCAGUUUGAAAGAACGUCAAAGUGCAAGUAGAUAAAUAGGUACCGCUCCGGCGGGAAGGUAAACGGCGUUUCCGUGCGCUGCUCUGGUUCACCAGAAGCGGCUUAGUCAUGCUGGCCACAUGACCCAGAAGCUGUAUGCCGGCUCCCUCGGCCUAUAGAGCGAGAUGAGCGCCGCAACCCCAGAGUCGGUCACGACUGGACCUAAUGGUCAGGGGUCCCUUUACCUUUACCUUAUUUUCACACUUGCAAGUUGUUUUACAUUGUUUUUCAAACUGUAACCUACCCUGAGACCUUAGGGUGGAGGGUGGCUAAGGAAUGAAUGAGUGAAUGAAUGAAUAACGAUACUAAAAAAUAAAUAAUAUUUAGCCCAGCCCUCGGUUUCCUGUUGCUGAACCCAUUCCCAGUCUGCAAGAUAACCUGACACCCCCAGAUUACUAAAUUUAUGCAGUUCAUAAAGCUGCAUUGGGUCACUUCAGUGCCCUUUUAAAUCUCUCCCCCCUUUCCCAUGUCUCCCCCGCUGCCUUCCCAUUGCCUGUUUUAGAUUGUCAGCUCCUAGGGAGCAGGGACCUGUUUAUGCGUGUGGAUCUCUGUGGGGCGGCACCCACGCUUGGUGUGUUGACAAUGAGGAGAAUGCGGAAGAGGAAUGCGAGGUUUGAACCUGCGGCUUCCCUUCCCGGCUACUGUGAAGAUGACUCACGUUACUGUGUUGUAACAACUCGUGCAUAAAUUGGUCUAGUUGGCUAAUUGGGAGUCUGCAGGUUACAAAGGAGCCAUGUAUUUAGCAAGUCACCGGGUCACCCAAGGUGAUCGGGAGUUUUAGGUACAGUACAACUAUUUUACUUUUAAAAGACAACUGAAGGCGGCCCUGUUUAGGGAUGUUUUUAAUGUCUGACGCUGUAUUGUUUUUAAUAUUCGAUUGGGAGCCGCCCAGAGUGGCUGGGGAAACCCAGCCAGAUGGGUGGGGUAUAAAUAUUAAAUUGUUAUUAUUAUUAUUAUUAUUAUUAUUAUUAUUAUUAUUAGACUUAAUAUUUUAUGUAAUUCUGUCAUACUCCAUUUUACCAAAGUUGUCCAUUAUUUUUGUCAUUUUGCCCCUUCCUCUAUGACCCACAUGGAAAGGAAGCCGGCUGGCAGAGGAGAGGCAGAUCAUUCCUUUGUCAGUCCCCUUGACAGAACUUUCAAACCCCGUUUCGCUUAGGGACUAGAAACCUGCAUUCUCAUCAUGGCGACUCUGAGCCCCUAAGCAGGCCAGUAACUUAUGUGGACUUAUUUAUGAGGCUCUAAUGAAGUAUUUGCUUGUCAGGAGCCCAUCGAUAUCCUUAAGGGGCCUGGGGUGGCUGCCCAAAACCAGAAAGGGGCUUGUGCCUCUUCUUUGUUGAGAGGGUAAAAACUUGCUUGGAGAGUAAGGGAACACGGGAAGCCUUUAAGGCAGGUUUUCUUUUUGGCUGGGUGGGUUGAUGCCCUAGCACUCAGAACCUUUCCUGGGGGCUCUUGUUCCAGAGCAGGAGUGGCCUAACAAAACUCUGGGGGAAGGCCAGGAAAGUUGGGGCAACAUCCGCCCUCCAUAUUUCCUCCUCUGUUUCUCUCUCCUUCCUGACAGGCUUUGUGGUGGGCCAGGCCGGGCUGUUCCAGUCGCUGGCCAUGUUCGUCGUGGCCUAUUUCAUCAUCGGGCUGACGGUUCUGUCGGUGUGUGCCAUCUCCACCAAUGGGGCCCUGGAUGCGGGUGGCGCCUACUGUAUCCUUCGCACGCAGACCCAGCGAGUGUCCGGUUGGCUUAGAGCAUCUCCUAGCACCUCUACAGCCAUUGCACCAGGGGCUGGGAACUGGAUCCAACCAGCGGGGCAAUUUCUUCUCCUGCCCGCACCCCACAGCCAAGUGCCACAAGCAGGCCGGGCUGCCCAGUGCUACAACAACAUCAGGAAUCAAAGCCUGUGGACUGUGGAUUCCGGCUUCACAGUGGGUUGGGCUAGAUGACCCUCAGGGGGCCCUUCCCUCUCAGCGGUUCUAGGAUUCAUUGAAGGCUGGUCCAUUUGAGCAAAGGGGGCACUGCCCCACCAACCUCAGUCUGCCCUUAGCCAGCCCCCUCCUGUCUGUCUUCCUACUUCCAACCCUUCCCUGGGUUGGUGACAUCACUGCCAUCAUUGGCCUUUUGCCCCACCAAUUUCUAUUUUACACACGCCUUUGCAACUAUCUAUGUCAGUGUUUCUCAAACUUGGAUCUCCAGUUCUUGUUGGACUGCGACUCCCAUCAUCCCUGACCACUAGCUAUGGAUGAUGGGAGUUGUAGUCCAACAACAGCUGCAGACCCGCUUUUAAGAUGCGCUGGUCUGUGUGACGGAUGCAGCAAACCUUAGUUUGGCCUUCUUCAGCCUGAUGCCCUCCUGGACUACAACUCCCAGCAUGCUGGUUAGGAGCUGAUGGGAGUUGUAGUCCAAAAUGCCUGGAGGGCACCAGGGUGGCAAAGGCUGCCAGCCUCCCUCCAAAUGGCAUGUAGAUGCUAGUGCCAGUACAGACCUUCCUCUUAGCUGCCUCUCAGGGUCGCUGGGUCCCCUCGACUUCUAUGUUGCUCCUUGACGCGCCGGGCGCAGACAUGAUCAGCCGGGCGCUGGGGCCCGAAUUCGGCGGCAGCAUUGGCAUCAUGUUCUUCUUGGCCAACGUUUGUGCCAGUGCGCUCUACAUCCUGGGGCUGGUGGAGGCAGUCGUCGAUGACUUUGGAGCCCCAGCAGGUGAGUGCCAUACGAAUCUCCCCAGGAGAUGCUGACCCCUGUCUGCACUGCAGGGUUUUCCUCUCUCUGUGUGCAAGGCAGCGAAGGUGCCCGCCCUGACCUCCUCCUUGCCUGUCCCCGCAGAGGGUGUCGCUGGCAGCGCCACCCAGGUCCUUCCUCGCGGCUACUGGUUUGACCUCCUCUAUGGCACGGUCUUUCUCUUCCUCUGCCUGCUGGUCUGCCUCGUGGGCGCUGGCAUCUACGCCAAGGCCACCUUCCUCAUCUUCCUGAUCGUCAUGCUGGUGCUGGGCACCGUCUGCCUCAGUUUCUUCGUGGUGGCCCCCCGCAAGGUGAAAUUGCCCCCGGGCAUCGAUGGCAACAGCACGGAGCAGGGCAAUGCCUCCUUCACGGGGUUCAAGCACAGCACCCUCCAGGCCAACUUGUUUGGUGAGUUUCACCUCUGCACUUGAAAAGUAUUAUUUUGUGGGGGGCGGGGGGCACAGAAGCUGUGACUCCGGAGGAGCGGGGAGAGAAACAGGAAGAGAGGGCCUUCUCUGUGGUGGCCCCUAAGCUGUGGAACUCCCUCCCCACAAAGAUGUGCCUGACACCUUCAUGGCACAGCUUGCAGAGGAUGCUGAAGAUGCACCUCUUUCCCCUGUAUUUCGACCCUUGAAGGGGUCUGUUUUUAGGCUCUGGUAUGUUGUUAUCAUGGGGACACGGGUGGCGCUGUGGGUUAAACCACUGAGCCUAGGGCUUGCUGAUCAGAAGGUCGGCGGUUCGAAUCCCCGCGACGGGCUGAGCUCCCAUUGCUCGGCCCCUGCUCCUGCUGAACUAGUGCAAGUAGAUAAAUAGGUACCGCUCCAGCGGGAAGGUAAAGGGCGUUUCCGUGCGCUGCUCUGGUUCGCCAGAAGCGGCUUAGUCAUGCUGGCCACAUGACCUGGAAGCUGUACGCCAGCUCCCUCGGCCAGUAAACCGAUAUGAGCGCCGCAACCCCAGAGUCGUCCGCGACUGGACCUAACGGUCAGGGGUCCCUUUACCUUUACCUUUAUGUUGUUGUCAUAGAGCUGGAAGGGCCCCCCAAGGGUCAUCUAGUCCAACCCCCUCAAUCAUACACAUGCACAUGCAGGAACCUCAAUCAUACAUGACAGGUGGCUAUCCAAACCUCCAAGGAAGGAAAGUCCACCACUUCCCGAGGGAGUCUGUCCCACCAUCGCUUUUUUUUGUGAUUUUCCCAAGGGAAAAAGCAGCUCACAAACUGUUUCAAUAAAUGCAUUCUUCACUGCCUCCUGCAGCUGACUACAGUGUGGAUUACACAACGGGUCGCCUGAUGAGUUUCAGCACCGUCUUUGCCGUCAUGUUCAACGGCUGCACAGGAAUCAUGGCAGGUUCCAACAUGUCAGGUGGGUGCAGACUUUUCACGGCUGUUUGCGGCGGGGCCAGAGUGCAUGCUUUGAGAACAGAAGGGUCCAGGUUCGACUCCACGGCAUCUCCAGAUAUGGCUAGGGGGAGACCCUGCCUGAAAUCCUGGAGACGCUGCCAGUCUGUGAAGGCAGCACUGAUCUAGAUGGGCCCUCUGCCUAAAAAAGGGCAGAGUUGCAAAAGGCUCAGAAGAUGGCAACCAAAAUCCAAGGGGAUGGAGCGACUCCCGUCCAAGGAAAGGUUGCAGCAAUUUGGGGCUCAUUGGUUUAGAGCAGGGGUAGUCAACCUUUUUAUACCUACCGUCCACUAAUGCAUCUUUCUUGAUGGUAACAUUUCCUUACCACCCAGUGCUUGAUGGAAGGAGGAUUCAGCUUGUGCUGUAGAACCCCCUGUCGCCCACCUAGAAUCCUGAAAUGCCUGCUAGUGGGUGGUAGGGACUAGGUUGACAACCCCUGGUUUAGAGAAAAGCAAGUCAAAGGUGACAUGAUAGCAGGUCAUAAAACCAUGCAUGUCACAGAGAAAGUGGAGAGAGGAACGUUUUUCUCUUUCUCUCCUUAAACUAGAACUUGUGAACGUUGGAAGAGUCAUGAAUUCGUUCUUCAUGCAGACCUUAGUUAAACAAUUAUUAUUAUUAUUAUUAUUAUUAUUACAGUGGUGCCUCGCAAGAUGAAAUUAAUCCGUUCCGCGAGUCUCUUCGUCUUGCGGUUUUUUCGUCUUGUGAAGCACGGCUAUUAGCGGCUUAGCGGCUAUUAGCGGCUUAGCGGCUAUUAACGGCUUAGCGGCUUAGCGGCUAUUAGCGGCUUAGCGGCUUUAAGAAAAAGGAAACAAACUCGCAAGAACUCGCAAGACGUUUCGUCUUGCGAAGCAAGCCCAUAGGGAAAUUUGUCUUGCGAAGCGACUCAAAAAACGCAAAACCCUUUCGUCUAGCGAGUUUUUCGUCUUGCGAGGCAUUCGUCUUGCGGGGCACCACUGUACAGUGGUACCUCUGGAUGUGAACGGGAUCCGUUCCAGAGCCCCAUUCGCAUCCUGAAGCAAACGCAACCCGCGUCUGUGCGGGUCACGAUUUGCCGCUUCUGCACAUGCACAUGACGUCAUUUUGAGCGUCUGCGCAUGCGCGAGCGGCGAAACCUGGAAGUAACGCGUUCCGUUACUUCCGGGUCGCUGCGGAGCGCAACCCAAAAACGCUCAACCUGAAGCAAUUUUAACCCGAAGUAUGACUGUAUUUAUUAAAAUUAAUUUGUAUUCCACUCUUCAUCUGUAGAUCUGAGUGGUUCAGAAAAAUACAAGAUGAAAACACAAAAUACAUCAUAAUUUCCAGAACAAAACAAACCAAUAGCCCCCUCUCCCUGCCUGUGGAACUCCCUCCCACAGGAAGCAGCGAUGGCCACUAACUUGAAUGACUUUAAGAAAGGAUUGGACAAAUUCACGGAGGAGGAGAGGGCUAUUGUCAACUACUAGCCAGGAUGGCUGUGGUCUGCCUAUGCAGCUGAGGCAUCAAUACUUCUGAAUACCCGUUGCUGGAAAUGGCAGGAGGGUAGAGGGUUCUUGCAUAUGUCUCCUUCUUGUGGGUUUCCCAUAAUGGGCAUCUGGUUGGCCACUGUGAGAACAGGAUGCUGGACCAGAUGGAUGUUUUUAUAAAAUAAAAUAAAAAUUCCUUCCAGUAGCAUCUUAGAGACCAACUAAGUUUGUUAUUGGUAUGAGCUUUCGUGUGCAUGCACGCUUCUUCAGAUACACUGUUUUUAUGUUCGUGGUCUGACAAGGUAUAAGGCAGCUUCCUGCCUUCUGAAAGGAACAUGAACACUUUGUGAGUGGGAUGCUCUGGCCUGGGAGAUGUGGAGUUUUCCCCCCCUGUCUGGCAUGUCCCUGAUCCUGCCCUCCUUCCUUUCCUCAGGGGAUCUGAAGCGGCCGAGCUACUCCAUCCCACGAGGCACCAUCACAGCUGUGAUCUUCACCUACAUUGUGUACAACCUGUUGGCUUUUCUGCUGAGCUGCACCUGCGACAGGUAGGCGUUGCGACUGGCCGCCAGGGGGAGCUCCUACCCCAUAGCUCUUUACUUCCCCCCCUUUAAAACAACAGCAAUAACGAGCAGACAAAGACUCCUGAAACCUGCCCUGUACUGGGGUUCAGUACAGGUGGCAUCAUCUCCUCAUUUUAUCCUUGCAGCUCUAUCUCUUGUUAAUGCGAUUUUGGAAUUAUUCCCAUUUCAAAGGCAGAGAAACUGAGCUGACUUAUCCCGGGUUUGUCUAAGGGGUUCCUGAGCUGAGCAGACCUCAUAGUUUCAAGUUAGCCUAGAGACUUAAUUUCUUCUCCUCCCCUACUGGGCAUUUAAGGUCUAAAGCUUGGGAGGUCUAAAGCUUGGGACCAGCUUAUUCACAAAGGGGCAUCAUAUGAGACAGUCGUUCUUUUGUACAUGUUUGAAAGUUCCUUCGAAGGUGGGAAGGAAUUAUUAUUAUUGUAUUUUUCGCUCUAUAAGACGCACCAGACCAUAAGACGCACCUAGUUUUUGGAGGAGGAAAACAAGAAAAAAAAUAUUCUGAAUCUCAGAAGCCAGAACAGCAAGAGGGAUUGCUGCGCAGCGAAAGCAACAAUCCCUCUUGUUGUUCUGGCUUCUGGGAUAGCUGCGCAGCCUGCAUUUGCUCCAUAAGACCCACACACAUUUCCCCUUACUUUUUAGGAGGGGAAAAGUGAGUCUUAUAAAGCAAAAAAUACAGUAAUUAGAUUGAUAUACCCCCCCCCCCAAUCAUAAGAUCUCAGGGUGGUUCACAGAAUAGAAUGCCUCCCUGCAGCUAGAAAGGAAGAGUGUCAGGGACGAGGAUCGCAGCUUUGCUUUCUCCCUUGAUGUACUGCUGUAUGGCUCUCUCUAUAUGGGGAAUGACCUGCAGCUCAGUGGUGGAGCAUCUGCAUUGCUUGCAGAAGGCCGUGGGUCCAAUCCCCAACGGUAUCUCCACGUAGGGCUGGGGAAGAGUCAUACCUGAAACCUUGGAGCCCAGCUGCCAUAUAAGGGAGAGAGAGAGAGCGCGCACAUGGAACUAGGUGGUCUCACGGUCUGGCUCAAUGCAGGCUUUCUCCAUAAGCACACAAGACGUAACCGGCUGUACUUUUAAUUAAAUGAGGUAUACAGUCAUACCUCGGGUUACAUACGCUUCAGGUUACAUACGCUUCAGGUUACACACUCCGCUAACCUAGAAAUAGUGCUUCAGGUUAAGAACUUUGCUUCAGGAUAAGAACAGAAAUCGUGCUCCGGCGGUGCGGCGGCAGCUGGAGGCCCCAUUAGCUAAAGUGGUGCUUCAGGUUAAGAACAGUUUCAGGUUAAGAACGGACCUCCGGAACGAAUUAAGUACUUAACCCAAGGUACCACUGUACUUCAUUGUAUCAAAUUGUAGAUUUCAACGGAAGUCUCAUAAAGUUCAAUGAAAAAGCAGAAGACACAGUGGAUCAGUUCAUUCUCUACUCAGUUCAUGCAUAAGGUCCACACAUGUAUAAGUGUCUAUUCCACCUGUCUGUUCAUAUAGUCUAAUAAUCCACAUGAAGCGUUGUUACAGUUCCACAGAAUCCUUUCACAGAGUCCCAGACAAGGAUUUCCGGAAUAUUAGCCUUGUUUCGCCAUCCUAGGCUUCAUCAGUAGCACAGGCUCAUAGUAGUUGCAACCACUACUAUGCUAUAAGAUCCACUAUCCUGUAAUAUUACAUAUGAGCCUGUACUACUGACGAAGCCUAGGAUGGCGAAACAAGGCUAAUAUUCCAGAAAUCCACUGGGUCUUCUGCUUUUCUCGUUGAACUUUAUUGGACUUCCGUUGAAAUCUACAAUUUGAUACAAUGAAGUAUACCUCAUUUACGUCGGUUACGUCUUGUGUGUUUAUUGAGCAUGUUUCACGUAACCAUAGGUUUGUUGUUGUUUUGCUAAGGUUUCUUCAUAAGGACAUAAGAAGAACUUAGGAAAACUCGCAAGCGGGACCUGAGCAGAACAGAACUCAUUCCACCUGCGAUUCCUAGCAACAGGCGUUCACUGCAGGGAGCUAGGCAUGAGGUCUAGAGGCCCUUGAUAGUUACGCCCUCCAUAAAUUUGUCUUCCUGUGUUUGUUUGUGGCAGGAAUUUCAUUUCUUUUCCUGUGCUCUCUGGUCUAGGUCUUGCUGACUGAUCUUGGGUGACUGGCAACACACAGGCUAUGUUUAUUUAUUAAAUUAAAUUAAAUCUAUACCCGUAGAGCUCAUAAAAUCACAAUAUUUUUUAAAAAAGAAAAUACGUAAUAAAAACAAAGACAACCCAAUAAUCUAACCCCCUUCCACAACACGUUUUAAAAGGGCAUUGGAUGCCAAUCAGCCAAAGGCCUGGUUAAAGAGGAACGUUUUCGCCUGGCACCUAAAGGUGUAUAAUGAGGGCGCCAGGCUCCACAAAUGGGGAGCUACUGCAGAAAAGGCCCCGUUCUCAUGUUGCCACCCUCUGGACCUCUUGUGGAGGAGAUACACAAAGAAGGAGCUCAGAGGAUGAUUUCAGGAUCCAAGUGGGUUCAUAUGGAGAGAGGCGGUCUUGUAUGGCUCAGUUGGUUGCAACAGAGAGAACUUCCUUUCCCUACCAGCUCUUUGACUUUCUGCACACUUGACACUGCCCGUUUUGCUUUGUGCGUGAAGGCUUAUUAUCUGCCGUCUUCCUAAUGCACACUUGUUUUUCCUCUGCGCCUCUUUGUGUGCCGGAUUAUACAUCCAGCCCCUCGGGAACGGAUGUCCCAGGCUUCCUUGUCUUGUCACCUGGAUUAGCCCCCUCUCCCUCCUUUUGAGAUUUGUGCAGCCCAGUUGUACACAGGCAAAGAAACCCCAAGUAGGCUGGCAGGCGGCUGAUUGUAGUAAUCUGCCCCCCCUCCAAGGGCAUGGGAAGACACUCAAACACAAUUUCCUCUACCUGCUGGCAAUUGCACCCAUCCGCUCUCUUGUGGCUAACAGAAGCAUAACGUUAAGCGUGGCUAAGAUUGCGCUGACCUGCCCCUGCCACCAAUUCUGAGAGAUUUCAAGGCGGGUGAUGCAGGUCAGGUGCACACGGAAGACUCCAAAUCAGAACUGACGUGGCAGAAUGCCAGGCGCAGGAGGGAGCGAGAGCGAGGCCUUCCCACGCCACUAGAUCAAUUCUGCCUCUCUUUGCCCACUUCCCCUUCUCCCACCCUCCCCCAAGUGGCUAUCUAAGCACCCGGGAAAUUUUCUGGAUUUGGCAACCCAUUGCCAGAUAAGCGCACCUUGAUCUCCGCCAUGCAUACUCUGGUUGCAGGUUUAGGGCGUGGUUUUGUUUGUUACUACCAUUCCUGCUACCGAUAGGGCAGAUAAAAGAAAGCACUUCUUCAUACAGCAUGUGGAACUCACUGCCACAUGAGGCAGCGACAACCACCAGCUUGGGUGGCUUUAAAGGAGGAUUAGACAAAUCCAUGGAGGGGGAUAAGGCUAUUGCUGGCUACUAGCCACAAAGUUGGAGCCAGUAGCAUUUCUUUUUCUUUUUUAUAAUAAUCUUUAUUGAUUUUCAUUUACAUACUCCACAUACACAUAAUGUAUUACAUUUUACAUUUAUAUUUGCUCCUAAGAGCCGACUUCCUUCCUUCCUUCUUCUGGCUUUUUAUAUCACAUCUAAAUUUUUUGCAUUGUCUUCAUCCGUUUUGUAUAUUAUUGUUCUUCUUUCGUAUUUGUCUAUAGUCUAUAGCCAAAUAAAUCCUCCUGUAUAUACAGUGCCAGUAGCAUUUCUGAGUACUAGUUGCUGAAAGUUUAGGAGGUGACAGGGCUCCUGUGCACGGGUCCAGCGUCUGGAUUUUGCACAUGCAUCCGGGUGGCCGCUGAGUCCAGGAGCCUGGGCUCUCAAGGCCUUUGCAGUUUUACAGCACCAGCUUUUAAAAGCGUUGCCCCGUAUCGCAUGUUGAGAGCAGAGCACUUGGGCAGAGAGGCUCAGUGGCUUGGCUACGGCUGCCUAUUUAAUCUGUGGCCGAGACGAGAUUUGAACUCUGGACUCCUCUUUAUUUGCUUAUUCCAUAAAAUGUGCGCACUGCUUGAUUUCUUUAAAGCAGCCGAAAAGCGGUUUGCAAAAAACGAACGACAAAAAUUCAAGACUUUCAAAAAGCUAAAAUAACAAUAGAAGGAAAACAGAUUGGAACUUGCAUCGACUUUCUAAACAUUUGGGUAGGCUUGUCUGAACAAGGAUGUUUUUAGCCGGUGCCAAAAAGCAUACAGUGAAGGUAUGGGGCGUUUAGGUGCUGCCACACUAAAAGAGUGAGUCUACAAAUGCAGAAGGGGUAUCUUCCAUCUACAAAUGCGGAAAUGGCACCAGUAGCAAUGCCAUUGCACUGAUCAAAGCAGUUGAGUGAACGUAUAUGGGGCCAGGCAAUUUUGCAGGUAAACUGUUCCAAAAGGCUUUGUAUCCUAAUAACUUGGCCCAGUAGCAAAUGGGAAACCAGUGCAGAUCUCUGAGCUACAGGUGCCAUAAUAUGCUGACAAGGCCUCACUCCUGUCAGCUGCAGCAUCCAAUAUUAACUGAUGCUUCCAGAUCAAGCACAAUGGAAGUCCCACUUCGAGCGUGUUGCAGUCACCAAGGCACAAACCUAGGCUCACAGCUUGGCCAAUGGGCCACCUCCCACCUGCCUUGCCAUUAUUUUUUCUGGCUCGCUUUCAUGUGGGUCUGCAGUGCCCCCUAACACAAUGACACCAGUGCUUUCCCCCCCGAAACCCCUGCAAAAUCCAGGGGUAGCAAGGAUCUGAACUUGAGCUUUGGCUGGAGACAUGCCCGGGGAGAUGGGGCACUGGUGGUCAUGUCCCUUGGUGCAUUUUUCGGAUUUUCAGGUGGGGUGCAUGUGUGUAUGUGUGCCUGCCUUGUUCUCGGAGACAGAGAGCGGCUUGUUAAUUUUCUGCUCUGGAAAGUGCUGCCAUAAAUCGCGGCUGUGCCGGGGCAGCCGGCAGGAAUUGGCUAGAAUUAUAGCUGUCAUGUUCUAAUACCUUAAUGCAUGGCCGUUGCUCAUAAUGACAGGGGACAGGGCAGCUUGCGAGGCCCCCGCGCAUGACAUGCACCUGCCCCCCUCCCUCCCCGCCACUCAUCCCUCCUCCGCUGUGAGAGGUUUAAUAGGCCUCACCGUCCCCUGUUCCUUCCCCCCACCCCCAACCGGCUGAUUCUGAUAUCAAAUCAACAUGAGCUUAUUGGAAAGGCACGAAAAUGAAAUCUGGGGCCCCGUUCGUCUCCUGUUGCUUUGUUAGGCAUGCCCUGCUCUGCCCCUGGGUGGGAUUUAUUUUGGGGAGGGGGGGUGGCUGCUACGUGUGAUUAGAAAGAUGGGGGGGUGGAGGCACAGCCCAAGAAAGGAGACAGCUCUCAACCAGACCAUCCCGGCUAAAGGACGAUUGUCGUGUUGCAGCCCUGAUAGAGAAGCAAAAGCCAGAGGUUAUGGUUGUUAUGUAGCUGUGCCUUUAAGGGCAGGUUAUUCAUUUCAUAGAAUUAUAGAACUAUCAAGAUAGAAGGGACCAGAAGGAUAAUCUAAUCCAACCCCCUCUAUUGCAGGAAUCUUUUGCCCAACAUAGGCCUUGCACCCGUGACCCUGAGAUUAAAAAUUUCAGGCUCUGCCAAUUGAGCUGUUUAUUUAUUUGCCCACACAAAUACCCACUGGGGUGGCUUUAAAAAAAGGUUGGACAAAUUCAUGGAGAGGGCUACUGAUGGCUACUAGCAGCUCGAAAACACACCAGUGCAAGUAGAUAAAUAGGUACCACUGUGGUGGGAAGGUAUACGGUGUUUCCAUGUGCUCUGGUUUCCGUCAGGGUGUUCCGUUGCGCCAGAAGUGGUUUAGUCCUGCUGGCCGCAUGACCCAGAAAGCUGUCUGUGGAUAAACACCAGCUCCCUCGGCCUGAAAACGAGAUGAGUGCCGCAACCCCAUAGUCACCUUUGACUGGACUUAACUGUCCAGGGGUCCUUUACCUUUUACCUUUUACCUUACAACUAUGAUGGGGACUCUCUGCCUCUAUAGUUGAAGGCAGCAAUGCUUCUGAAUGCCGGUUGCUGGAAGUCACACGAGGGGAGAGUUGCUCUUGUGGUCGGAUCCUGCUUGCUGGUUUCCCACAGGCAUCUGCUUGGCCACUGUGAGAACAGGAUGCUGGACUUGAUGGGCAAUUGACCUCAUCUAUCAGGCUCUUCCUAUGUUCUUAUGACUGGUAGCAUCUCUCCAGGGUCUCAGUGUUAGAAUUCCUGCUCCAUGAUUGCAGUCAUGGGAUUGUUUAUCACAUGACGGUGUAUGUUUUGACUCCACAGAGUGGGAAGUGACGUAGACAGGAUGUUUGUGUUACUGUGUUCCGUGAAGUGGGACUAUUGUCCUUUGUUCUUUUUCUCUUUGCUGCCUGUUCUUUUUCUCUUUGCUGCCUGUUCUUUUUCUCUUUGCUGCCUGAUGCUAAAAAGAGAGAGGGAGACAUGUUGCAGUGCUCCGUGUGUGUUUAUAUGUAAAUAAAGUAGAUUAGCCAAAAUGCUGAGUUGCUGAGGUCUGUCACGCGAGAUAAUAAUAAUAACAAUAACAAUAACAAUAACAAUAAUACUAAUAAAUUUUAUUUAUACCCCACCCUCCCCAGGCAAGACUGGGCUCAGGGCGGCUAACACCCGAUAUAAAACAAAUUGAUUGAAAUACAACUUAAAAACAAGAUUAAAAUACAACAUUAAAACAUUAAAAUAUUAAAAUACAGCCUCAUUUCAAUGGAAACUCAAAUAAAAAACUUUUUCGGGGGAUGAAAACGUCAAGCCUUCACCAAGGCUAACUUUCCAGACUGGUCCUACAUGGGCCAGAAAAAAGCCCCCAAAUAGGAGUUCCAUCACAGGAGGGGAAAGGAAAAAGGGGAGGGGAGAGGGAAUCAAACUGAUUCUAAACCAAAGGCCAGGUGGAACAACUCUGUCUUACAGCCCUGCAGAAAGAAAUCAGAUCCUGCAGGGCCCUGGUCUCAUGAGGCAGAGCGUUCCACCAGGCCGGGGCCAGUGUUGAAAAGGCCCUGGUUCUGGUUGAGGCUAAUCUGACUUCCUUAGGGCCCGGGACCUCUAGGGUGUUGCUAUUUAUGGACCUUAAGGUGCUCCGUGGGGCAUACCGGGAGAGGCGGUCCUGUAGGUACGAGGGUCCUAGGCACAAACUCUGCGGAUCCCUAAGUGUGCCGGUAUCGGUUGGCAUCGGUUGCUGUGAUGUUCAGGCAGAAGAAAGCUUUUGAAGCUCCCGAACGAUCGACCAGGAAGGGGAGAACAUGCCAGUCGGGCCUGUGUCUCUGCCAGGGUCCUACUCGAGUGUAGGCUGAACUCCUGACACUCAGAUGGGCGGCAUUCUCCUUUCUACCUGAAGAUGUCACUGGGGAUUGGACUUGGGGCAUGCCAAACAGGUGCUCGGCCACUGAGCUAUGCUCCUUCCCUUAAGACUCCAGAGUCUGCUCUGCCCUGUUAGCAGUGCUUCCAUCCCCGCAGGAGCAGUGAGAGCAUGAAGCAUGUCAAACACGCCUGCCAAGCGACAGGUGUGUGCUCUGAACGCCACAUCUAGUCCUUAAUUGUACGGCAGUAACAACUGUUUGACAAUGGUCUAGGCCAGAAUCAUAGAAUCUUAGAGUUGGAAGGGACCCCACGGGGUCAUCUAGUCCAGCCCCCUGCAAUGCAGGAAUCUCAGCGAAAUCAUCCCUGACAGAUGGCUGCCCACCUACCUCAGAAGAUGGGAGCAUAUUCACCCAGCGCUUUACCAGUUGCACUGGCUUCCAGUGGCGUAUCGGGUCAAGUUCAAAGUGCUGGUUUUGACCUUUAAAGCCCUUUGUGGCUUAGGGCCCUCGUAUUUAUGGGAUCGCCUCUCCUGAUCUGCCCUGCAGAGGACCUUAAGGUCCAUGAGUAAUCAUAGUUUAGAGGUCCCGGGCCCUAAGUAAGUCAGAUUAUCCUCCACCAGGGCCAGGGCCUUCUCAGUGAUGGCUCCGACCUGGUGGAAAGCUCUGUCCCAUGAGACCAGGGCCCUACAGGAUUUAACUUCCUUCCGCAGGGCCUGUAAGACAGAGCUAUUCCGCCUGGCUUUCAAUUUGAACUUAGCCUGAUCUUUAUUCCCUUUCCUUCCCUCCCCCUCCCUUUUUUAUGAAGAUUACCCGCUCUGGGAUCCCACAGCUAAUUCUCCCCUGGUCUCCUCGCUGGCCCAAAUAGGACUAAUUUAGAGCCCUGGUGAUCAUCUAAAGUUUAUUGGAUGGAUUUCCCCCCUACAUUGAUUUUAGAGCUUUGAAUUUAUUGUUAUUCACGCUUUUAUACUGUAUUUUAUGCUGUUUUUUGUUGCAUUAAGUGUUUUAAAUUUGUUGUUAGCCGCCCUGUGCCUGGUUUUCUGAACCGGGAAGGGCGCAGUAUAAAUAAAAAAUUACUAUUUAUUAUUAUUAGAAGAUGGUGGAGUUUCCUUGGAAGUUCUUUUGAAACAGGUGGGAUGACCAUCUUUUGGGGCUUCUCCAUCUGUGAUGCCUGCUUUUGCAGGGGAUGGACUAGAUGACACCACAGGUCCCUUCCAACUCUACAGUGUUGGCCGUGGGUGCUGCUGCCUUGGGAGCCACCAACUGGGGCAGGGAGGGUGUCAAACUGGUUCCCCGCAACACCAGUCCCACCUGCACCCCCGCCCCCCUCUGCUGCGCUUAUUAGCAAAGCGAUCAAUUUGGGGGUAAUUAGGUAUUAAUUGCCCAAAGACACUGGCGUUGAUAGCCCGUGCUAAUUUAUCUCCCACCUGCUCACUGCCUCUUGUUAAAAUCCAAUUAAGGCCCGGCCAUUUGUAUAGUUUAAUGCGUGAAGGAAAGUUCUGCCUUCCCUCUCCUUUUAUUUCUGUUACUGAAUUUUGGGCAAGCGGCUCUUCGAGCGCCGUCAGCCGCGAGACUGACCAAGCGCCUUCGAUCAAAUCAAUGGCUCAUUCAGGAUAGAUCAUCCUUUGCCAAGCACUGUCUCUUUUGGACUACAACUCCCAUCAGCCGUGCUGGCUCGGGUUGAUGGGAAUUGUAGUCUGGGGGGCACCAGGUUGGCAAGAAUCCUCAUAGAUGAUGAGCUACUUGUUCCGGCAAAUGAAAGCGCAGCUGCUGGGUUUGAGGCAAUCCUUAGAACUGGUGGGCAUGCCGUGUGGGAAGAUUGUUAAUCUGUGGAACUCCCUCCCACAGGAGGCAACUUUGAAAGAAGAGGGCUAUUGAUGACUACUUGCCAUGAUAGCUAUUCUCUGCCUCCAUAAUUGGAGGCAACAAACGAUGCUCUUGAAUGUCAGUAGCUGGAAACCCCAGGAGGGGAGAGUUGUUCUUGUGGUCAAAUCCUGCUUGCUGGUUUCCCAUUGGGUUAUCGGGUUGGCCAUUGUGAGAACAGGAUGCUGUACUGGCUAGGCCAUGGGCCUGAUCCACCAGGUUCUUCUUAUGCUCUCAUGGGUCCAAACAUGCUGCCAAGGAGCUCAAGGUGGUGCACAUGGUCCUAUCCUUCCCCAGCACCCACAACAGCCCUGUGAGGUAGGCUAGGCUGAGAGGCAGCAACUGGCCAAAGGUCACCUAGCAGGCUUCAUGGCCCAGUGGGGUUUUGAACCCUGGUCUCCCAGUUCGUAGCCCAACACUCAAACCACUAUGCUGCGCUGCCUCUGUGUUCUUAUGGGGGGUGCCCAGACCUUGACCAUACAGAGCAUGCUGGCUUACCAAACUGGCCAUGCAGAUGCCAGGCCAUCUCAGCGUGCUUCUCAAACCAGCUUGACUGGCAGGAAUUGACCUUCCAAACGUCUUCCUGCAAGGAGGGGAACAUGAUUACAGUGGACGCUCGGGUUGCAAACGUGAUCCGUGAGGGAGGCAUGUUCGCAACCCACAGCGCCGUGCCUGUGCACGUGCGGGUUGCGAUUCAGCGCUUAUGCGCUAAGUGUGAUUUAACGCCUCUGCGCACACACGACCACCGAAACUCGGAAGUAACCCAUUCCGGUACUUCUGGGUUUUGGUGCAUCCGUAACCUGAAAAAACGCAACCUGAAGCGUCUGUAAUCCAAGGUAUGACUGUAUCUGCUUGCGUCUGCAGGACAAGCUGCUCUUUUAAGGCCACGGCAGCAAAUAAAAUGGGGUCAGGGGAGCAUGGCAGAUUCCUUUGGGUCUGAUUUUGAUUUGGGCUAUGUUCAAAACAGGACCCGGGUGGCGCUGUGGGUUAAACCACAGAGCCUAGGACUUGCCAAUCAGAAGGUUGGCAGUUCGAAUCCCCGCGACGGGGUGAGCUCCCGUUUUUCAGUCCCUGCUCCUGCCAACCUAGCAGUUCGAAAGCACGUCAAAGUUCAAGUAGAUAAAUAGGUACCGCUCCGGCGGGAAGGUAAACAGCAUUUCUGUGCGCUGCUCUGGUUUGCCGGAAAGAGCUUAGUCAUGCUGGCCACAUGACCCGGAAGCUGUACGCUGGCUCCCUUGGCCAAUAAAGCGAGAUGAGCUCCGCAACCCCAGAGUCAGCCACGACUGGACCUAAUGGUCAGGGGUCCCUUUACCUUUACCUAUGUUCAAAACAGUCCGGCCCUCUGGGGGCUUCCCUGACCUCUUGCUGACUGUGCUCCAGGAGGGAAUUCAGAACAAGUGCCUUGCCAAGGUGGGAAUCAGCUUGUCUCCUUGGGAUAUAGAAUCAUAGCAUUGUAGAGUUGGAAGGGGCUACGCAGGUCAUUAUUCCAACUCCAACCCAAUCGUUUGCCCAACAUGGAGCUCAAACCCACAACCCUGAUAUUCAGAGUCUCGUGCUCUACUGACUGAGCUCUCCCCGUGGGUUUGGAAGCCUCCCUCUGCAGGGUCUUGGCCGUCCCUGUAAUGGACUGAAAGCAGAAGGCUCUUCCCCCAGCAAGUGUUCCUAAGGGGCUCAUUUUGGAGCCUAAUGGAGCAGGGAGGAGGCCAGGGUUCCUCACCCCAGGCAAAAGCAGAGGGGGUCAUUUCAGAUGCCCAGAUGGAGAGGGACUGGCUGGAGUCUGGGAUGGCAGAGCCGUAGAGAGGAACCAGCCUGGUUCAGCCAAGCUGUCUCCCUGAGAAGCACACAGGAGCCUCUCCCGAGCUCAUGCCCAGAUUGAGGAUGGGGUUAUCACUCUGCGGCAAAAUGUCCCUAUGACAUCUUACGUUUAUUUAUAAAAUUGCUUAGAGACUGGUUUUUCAUUAAAAAAAGCAUAAUAAAAUCAUAGAUUUGUAGAGUUGGAAAGGGACCACUGGGGUCAUCUAGCCUAACCUCUUACAAUGCAGGAAUCUUUUGCCCAACCUGAGACUCGAACCCACAACCCUGAAUUUAAGAGUCUCACGCUCUGCCGACUGAGUCCUGCUGUAUUCUGCCGUGCGCAGUUUGCAACAGAGAGACAUGAACAGACACCAAUUGACCAGUUGCUAGGGAUUCUUUAGCUGUGAUUCCUGAAUUGCAGGGGGUUGAGCUAGAUGACCCCACAGGUCCCCUACAGUUCUAUGAAUUAACUGUUGUCAAAGGAUGUAUCCUUCAUUGCCUGCUUGUUCCCAAAUCCUGCUUGCGGGUUCUCCACAUGAAUCUGCUUGGCCGCUGUGUGAACAGGGUGCUGGGCCCGAUGGGCUGUGGGCCUGAUCCAUCCGGCCACCGCUACGUUCUCAUGAGUCUCCCCCUUCUCACCCCUCAGGCUCCUCCUGCAGCGGGACUACAGCUUCCUGAGGGACAUCAACAUCUGGCCUCCCUUCGUCAUCAUUGGCGUCUACUGCUCGACUCUGUCGGCCGCUAUGAGCAACCUGAUCGGGGCCUCCCGAAUCCUCUACGCCUUGGCCAAGGACGACCUCUUUGGUGAGUUGACCUUCUGCCUGCCUGGGCCUACUUCUUGCCUGAGCAACGUCUCUCCUUGGCAGGCAGGCAUGGACCAACAUAAGAACGUAAGUGGAGCCAUAAGUGGGAGUGGCCGCCGAGACCACAUAACACUGGUCCUGAAUGAUCUUCAUUGGCUCCCAAUGCACUGAAUUGUGGCUCCGAGCACAAUUCAAAGUGUUGGUGCUGACCGUUAAAGCCCUAGACAGCCUCGGCCCAGUAUACCUGAAGGAGCGUCCCCACCCCCAUCGUCCAGCCUGGACACUGUGGUCCAGCUCUGAGGGCCUUCUGGUGGUUCCCUUGCUGUGAGAAGUGAGGUUACAGGGAACCAGGCAGAGGGCCUCCUCGGUAGUGGCGACCGCCCUGUGGAACGCCCUCCCAUCAGAUGUUAAGGCAAUAAACAACUAUCUUACUUUUAAAAGACAGCUUCCCUGUUUAGGGAAGUUUUUAAUGUUUGAAGCUGUAUUGGUUUUAAUAUUUGGUUGGAAGCUGCCCAGAGUGGCUGGGGAAACCUAGCCAGAUGGGCGGGGUAUAAAUAAAUGAUGAUGAUGAUGAUGUAUCAGGCCAGUGACCCACGUAGUCCAGCAUCCUGUUCUCAAAGUGGCCAACCAAUGCCUGUGGGAAACCAGCAACCAGGAUUUGAGCGUGAGAGCCUUCCUGUGGUUCCCAGCAGCUGGCAUACGGAAGCAUCACUGCCCUGAAUUGUCAGGGCACAGUGCCAGUGUGCCAAGGCCACAGUCUGGGACAGCGUCUCCCAGCUUACCUGGAUUUCUUAUGGACUACAGUUCCCAUCAUCCACAGCCAGAUGCAGGGCACCACGUUGGGAGAGGCUGAUCUAGGGUACCAGUUUCUGAUUGGCUGCGUUUACUAAGCUUUUCCACACUGAGCUGAUUUGAUUGAUUGAUUGAUUGAUUGAUUAUAUUUCUAUACCGCACUUCAUUCACACGAAUCUCAAAAGCGGCUCACAAACAGUAAAUAACAACAACCGAACAAAUGCAACAUAAAUCGUAUAGAUUAAUCAACAAAUAAUCAGUGAAACAAUUACAAAUCACUAGUAUCUCACAGCAAACAUUCAAAACAUCAAAAGACAAAAGCAUUGAAAGCACAAAUACACAAAAUGAAGAGCGUGUCAGUAGUUUGAAAAAAACGACAAAAACCAGCAAUUCAACAAACGCAGAAUAAAUUUGAUGUUGCAAAAGAAAACAAAUCGUUGUUUCAGUACGUAAAUACAAAGCAGAACAGGAAUUAACCUGCCACCUUUGGUCUUUUAGUUUCCCUACACACACAUAGACACACUCCAUGCCUUAAUACUCUUUGGGGGCUGUUGCUGAAUGCAGCUGUUUCUGCAGUCUGGAAGAUCCUUCGCUCUGCCUGGCAGUCCUCUGCGCCCUCUCCUCUAUCUCCUGCUUGGCUCUGUCUGCCUCCCUGCCUGGCUCUCCCCAGCAGCUCCCUUGUUCCAGCACUUGGCCGUUCUUUCAGAGUCCUCUGCCUCCCUGCCGGGCUGCGUGGGCAACUGCCAGUCAGGUUGGUUUGCCUUUGCCCUCGCCUGGCAGGGCCUGUUGACGGGGCUCUGCUCCUGGGCAGAGAUGAAGCCCACCCUCAAAGACUGCUGCCGGCAGGGCAGGGGAUGUGGGAAGCUGCCUUAUAUAUUGAACGCGGCUGUUGGUAACAUCUGGCUCAGUAUUGUCCACCCUGGCUGGCAGAGGCCUUCCAGGAUUUUCAGAGAAGACAUGCUACUGGGAGAUGCUGACAGGGCUGGAUUAACCAUUAAGCAAAAUAAGCAUGUGCUUUAGGGCAUCAAAGGAAGGGAAGGAACCACAUAAAUUUUCCAUUGCUGGGUUUUUUUAACCUUAAUGGUCCCAAAUGGCUCAGCUGAGCAUUCGUUUUCUCCCUUGAAGUAUAUUAAAAAUCCCAACAGAACAACUAAACAACAAGGCAGGCCGGGUGCCUUAUCUUUAUUAAGUAUAGAAGCAGAUUCAUUACGUAAGAUGAGUUUUGAGGAUCGGGUCAAAGACUUUUCAGUUAGAAAAAGAAAGAGAUUUCCCCCCCACCCCCAAUACAAAGUCUACAAAAAUUAACAUUAUUUUCCACCUUACUGUAGGUUUAGUUUCAUUUUGAAAAAUAAGAUUUUAUUUUACUGUUUAUUAUGGUUUAUAUUUUGAAUUAGAUAUAUAUGGAGCACCAAGAUUUUUUAAAUGCUUAGGGCCUCUGAAGAUCUCUCUUUGCCCAGCAACAGCCCAAUAACCUCACUGAGAGAAGGGGCUGCUGCUUCCAUUCUGCCGGGCUCCUUUGCUGCUCUUGCAUUUCAGCAACCUUUACCCCACACUCCAGCUCAUACGCCAGCCUUCCCCAACCUGCUGCCCUCCAGUUGUUUCAGCGCCAGCCAGAACAGGGCGCAGGGCGCUUGUCUUCAUAAACAGAAGUGGCUGGUUUCAUCUCUCCCUCCCAUCUGUGCCUGUGUGCUAUUGCAUUGUAAAAGAAGCAAUCAUGUUUGAUUCAAGGGGUGCCUUCUUCCAUAAGUAGAUUGCCAGCAUGUACCCCUACUAUCUAAAUCAUGGACAGGCAAACUAAGGCCCGGGGGCUGGAUCCAGCCCAAUUGCCUUCUAAAUCCAGCCAGCGGAUGGUCUGGGAAUCGGCAUGUUUUUACAUGAGUAGAAAGUGUCCUUUUAUUUAAAAUGCAUCUCUGGGUUAUUUGUGGGGCUUAGGAAUUUCUUCAUGUACAGUGGUACCUCUGGUUGCAAAUGGGAUCCGUUCCGGAGCCCCAUUCGCAACCUGAACGGAACGCAACCCGCAUCUGUGCAUGCGUGGGUCGUGAUUCGCCGCUUCUGCGCAUGCGCGUGACACCAUUUUGCGCGUCUGUGCAUGCGCAAGCAGCAAAACCCAGAAGUAACCCUUUCCGGUACUUCCGGGUUGCCGCGGGACGCAACCUGAAAAGACGUAACCCGCAGCGUUCACAACAUGAGGUAUGACUGUAUUUUUUUCAAAAUAUAGUCCGGCCCACCUCAUGGUCUGAGGGAUGGUGGACCGGCCCCCUGCUGAAAAAGUUUGCUGACCCCAUUCUAGAUCAAGACAUAAAGGGUGGCAAAGAGUUAAAUUUCCCCCUACCUAUCUAUCUCUCGAACUAGGGACCCAGUCUGCAUCUAGCAGCCCCCCUCCAAUUGGUUUCACUUCCUGCUCUGCACUUAAAAGCACAUAGCUUGGCCCUGAUUAAUCCAGGUGGGGUGUGUUUUAGUUGAUUUUCCCCCAAUCCAUUAAGCCAGCCAAUUAAUUGAUGGAACAUUUCAGCCUCAGUGUUUAAUUAACAUGUAGUAAAACGGGCGUCAACACUCUGCUGUGGACCUGUCCAUUAGGAGCGGGCAGACGCCAGCCUUGUGGGAUUUACUUUACCUUCUGCUGGAACCCCCAGAGGGAGCCAGGUGCAAACAGAAGUGGCUCAGGGAGGCAGGUGUAUAUUUGGAAUUAAGAAACAGGGUGCCUCUGAGCACAUGCUCAUCCCAGGGAUCAGAAAUCAGUGCCCGAAUCAACUUCACAAAGCAUUUUCAUGCAUGCAUUUUUUUUAAAAAAAGCCUCUCUUGUUCCUUCUCCCAAUUAUUAUUAUUUAUCUAAUUGCGAGUGGUUUUGCUAUCGUUGCUAGCAUUAGACAAUUGGGAGUCAGAAACUCUUGCGGACGUAGUGCAGAUUACUGGAGAUCUAGCAGCAGAUUCUGAUCUGCCUUCUGCGCACUGCUGCUCUAGGUGGUCACUUUCCCUGCUCUCUCUUGCUCUCUGUCUCUCUUUAAUAAACACCGAUUUUAUAGAAGCCCUUGUUCUAAUGUAGUGUGCUGCCUCUCUCUUUUCCGUUCCCCUUCUGGUAACGAAGGCAAAGUUCUGGGGCCUGCGAAGCGGACUUCCCAUGAUGGAAACCCCUGGAUGGCUGUAAUCUUCUCCUGGAUCCUGGUACAGGUGAGUUGGCUCCCAUUGCCCUGGAUUUGCUGCUUCUCUUCCUCCUCCCAAUGCUGCUAUUUUAACCACGAUGAUUUCUGUUUGGUUUCUGUUCAUUCCAUCGAUCAGCCACCCAAUAACAAUGGCUCCCUGGGCGACGCGCAGAAUAGAAGAGAUUAAAAACCACUGUCCCAAUAAAACGGGGAUCGAUAGAGCAGCGGAACAAAAGCCAGCAGGAAGCAUCUGCCAGGGAUGCUUUCGCUGAGGUUCCUGCCUUGCAGCGGGUUGGACUAGAUGACCCUCGGGGUCCCUCCCAACUUUACAAUUCUAUGGUUCUAUGAAACAACCCCCAGCACUAGAACCAAUGUUGCAAAAGUGAAGUCUGGAGAACUAAAAGCAUCACAGCAACUGUCAAUUAAUAUAGAAAGUCAAUGUUCUCAAACAGGGAGGGUGGGGUCUGCCUUGCUGGCCCCUGAAGGUGGGCAACUUCAAGCCCAGGGUGGCAGCUGCAGAAGAGAGCAGACUGGAUCUCAAAGGGAAAUGUAGAUUUGUCAAUGGGGACUACAAAGGACCAAGAAGCCAGGAACGCAGAGACCGGAAUAUGGGCUCAGUCUCCUCUUUUCCAGGCUAAACAUACCCAGCUCCCUCAAAUUCUCCUUGCAAGGCUUGGUUUCCAGACCCUUGAUCAUCUUGCUCACCCUCCUCUGUACAUGUUCCAGCUUGUCAACAUCCUUCUGAAAUUGUGGCGCCCAGAAUUGGACACGGUAUUCCAGGUGUGGUGUGACCAAGGCAGAAUAGAUCAAUAAAGUGGUACCUCUGGUUAUGUACUUAAUUUGUUCCGGAGGUCCGUUCUUAACCUGAAACUGUUCUUAACCUGAGGUACCCCUUUGGCUAAUGGGGCCUCUUGCUGCCGCUGCGCUGCCGGAGCACGAUUUCUGUUCUCAUCCUGAAGCAAAGUUCUUAACCUGAAGCACUAUUUCUGGGUUAGCGGAGUCUGUAAUCUGAAGCGCAUGUAACCUGAGGUACUACUGUCCUAGUAGUUCCCUUGAUCUGGACACUAUACUUCUGUUGAUGCAUCCAAGAAUAGCAUUAGCUUUUCUUGUUGCUGCAUCACACUGUGGACUCACGUUGAGCUUGUGGUCCACUAAGACCCCGAGAUCCUUUCCACAUGUACUAUUCAAAACAGGAACAAUUUGUAGGCAUCCAUUUGUAUCGAGAGACAAUGGAGCGUGCCUCUGGGAUUGAAGUCAAACCGCUGUGUUAGCAAUGCCGCAGUGACCUCCCUGGGCAUAAGCCUGGGCCGUGUGUAUGGGGGUCCUGGGCUGCCCAGACAGCAAGACCCCCCCUCUCAGCCUCACUGAUGGGGAUCCAAAGGAAAUCAGAGCAAGAUGUUUGGCACCAGUAUGGCGGCAGGAGUUGCCGGAAGGAGGUGCAGAGGGUGCGAUCCAACUGCCUUAGGGACUCCACUCCGGAUUUGUGUACGGUUUACUCCAGAGCCUUUUCUUCUCCCAAAGAUAUCCUGCAAAGCAGCGGGUAACUUCUAAGGGGAUUGGCCUGAUCCAGGCGGAGGGCUUGCCUUAUGAUCUUACGUUGAAGUUCGUUGUUUCCUGCCGAUCAUUUCUCGUUACGGUUCAGAUGGUGACGGUGUCCUUUCCUGUAAAAUAAUGCUUAUGUUUUCCUCCUUAUCGGCAUCUGUUUUAUGUUGUCAUUAGCUGCCUUUGGGAGGCACUUUGUUCAAAAGGCUGGUUAGGAUUCUUUUUCUAAAUGUGCAGGUGAAUAAAUGCAUUAGACGGGCGAGACGGGAGAUGCGGAUCUGAGCAAAUGCGUAGCUGAGGAAGGGCAAGGAGCGAGUCUGGUGUCCCUGGAGCCGCAGACGAGGCUGGCCUGGGACUGGCUUACUGGGGUGAUGCAUUGAUUGUGGAACAGGCCUCAGCUCUAAGAUGCAGGAAGAAGAAUGCCGCUGGAGAACAUGCAGAGUGCAUUUCCUCCGUUGCUGCGUAAAACCAGUGUGCACUCAAACGCAACUGAGGUUUAGGCAGCUGGGCUUGCUGUUAAGAGCAGUUUGAGCCCCAGAACUUUUUCUCCUUUUGAUCUGAACCCCAGCAAAGGAGCAAGUCUUGAAGGAGAGGCGAGGAAACUAUGUUGAUGAAUCAGAGUGUGCUGAGGAGGCUAUCUCGUGCCUCAAGGUGUGACAGGAGGCACAUGGAGCAUUCAGCAUGAGGACCAGAAACUUUGGAAGCUGUUGCAACAAAUAGCAGGAGGGGCAGGGUGGAAGCUGCUAAGAUAGCCCUGGGGGGUGGGAAGGAAAUGAAUCCCUUUCCCAUCAGGUAAAGGUAAAGGGACCCCUGACCAUUAGGUCCAGUCGUGGCCAACUCUGGGGUUGCAGCGCUCAUUUCGCUUUAUUGGCCGAAGGAGCCAGCAUACAGCUUCUGGGUCAUGUGGCCAGCAUGACUAAGCCGCUUCUGGCGAACCAGAGCAGUGCAUGGAAACGCCAUUUACCUUCCUGCUGGAGCGGUACCUAUUUAUCUACUUGCACUUUGACGUACUUUCGAACUGCUAGGUGGGCAGGAGCAGGGACCGAGCCACGGGAGCUCACCUCGUCACGGGGAUUCAAACUGCCGACCUUCUGAUCGGCAAGUCCUAGGCUCUGUGCUUUAACCCACAGUGCCACCCGCGUCCCCUGCUUUCCCAUCAAGGCCUCCUACGAAAUGACAGUCCCCUCCGAGAUGGUAAAAUUGGAACUGUGGCUGGGUUGGAGAGAGGCAGCGCUGCACAAAAUAGGCUUUCUGUGAAGGGAGAAGUGGAUUUCAGGAUCAAAUGUUACCAGAUAGUGAAUCCAAGUCUCAGCGAUGUUGUGGUUUGGUUAGGCAGAGAGGGCAGCAACCUGGGGAAAUAUGGAGACUGAGUUGGGGGAGAUGUGUAGUGGCUGGUUCUGAGCUGUAGAACCAUAGAACUGUAGAGUUGGAAGGGACCCCAGGAAUCUUUUGCCCAACGUAGGUCUCAAACCCACAAUCCUGGGAUUAAAGAGUCUCAUGCUCUACCGACUGAGCCAUCCUUUCAGUCAGCUGAACCAGGACCCACAGAGGAACACAGGAAGCAGCCUCUUAUCCCGAACCAGACCACCGGUCCACUUAGCUCAGGACUGCUUAUGCUGACUAUCAGCAGAUCUCCAGGGGUCUCGGCCCAGGGGCAUUCUCAGACCCGCCUGGCGAUGCCACUGGGGAACUGAACCUGGGACCUUCUGCGCGCAAGCCAAACGUCUUACCGCUGAGCUACACCUCUUCUCCAAGUCUUGCCUGGCCACGACAGAGGGCGCCAGCUUGGGGGAGGCUGCUGUAGGCCCUAUGCCACCUGUGCCCCGGAACAUGGCAAGCUUUGGGCAGCUGUUGCAGGCCCGGGGGAGAAGCUGGGAGGGGUGGGAGGAAGGGGGCUUGGCCAGGGAGGGGGUGCGGAAGGAGGCAAUGGAGUGAGUUGGCGCACGCUGAACAUGAGAUCCCUAUCAGGGCUCCGUCGGAAUCGUCCCAGGUGCAUUAAACAAUUGGUCUGACGCCACGUGCAAACCUAUCAAAGCGAGAUGCCCCCUCUCCGCCUCCGAGAGAAGGAUUGCAGCGAUGCCUCCCCCCCCCCCCGAGACUCCCAUCAGCUUAAUCUGCUGGAGCUGCCGUCUAUCUCUCCCCCCCCCCCGGCUCCCUCGGCCGCACAGGCGUGCGCUGCUCCGCCAAAUUGGACAAAUACAUGUAAUGCAAAAAAAAUUGCCCCAUUAGCCGGAAAAGAACAUUGCGGUGCACUCACAAAAGGGGAGGGAGCCAUUAGGUGCUUCAAGCCCAAUUGAAGUCACCAUGGAUCAGAUUCAAUGGCUGGCGACAGAUGCGGCAUCGCUCGCUGUGCAAAAGACUUGAGGGGUUUUUUUGGGGGGGGGGGAGGCAGCGCUUGCUACAUGGCUUGGAGCUUGAAUGGUGCUUGGAUUUCUUCGAGCUAGAGGAUAGCAAUGACCGUCAACUCAGGAGUCUGCAAGCUUCUUAGGCCCAGAUCCCAUUUUCUGAAACCAGAACAUACGUUUUGAGGCCCUGUUUCUUAAUCUUUCCCCCACAUGUUUGGUGCUGUUCCUGCACCCUACCUGGGAUCAGUGGCACAGCACAGCAUUGGUUGAUUCCAGGUAGGGGAUCUUCCCACAGAAGUGGCCGUUUUGGGCACCUGAGUGUUUCCUGCAUGCCCGUAAUUGGGUGGGAGAGCAAGGACACUGUCUUGUCAUAGAAUCAUGGAAUUGGAAGGUUCUGAAGCGUCAUCUAGUCCAACUCCCCUGCAAUGCAGGAACCUCAGCUUAAGCAUCCAUGGCAGAUGGCCAUCCAUCUCUGCUUAAAAACCUCCAAGGAAGGAGAGUCCACAAUCUCCCGAGGGAGACCAUUCCUCUGUCAAACAGCUCUUACCACCAGAAAGUUAUUCCUGUUGUUUAGUCGGAAUCUCCUUUCUUGUCACUUGAAUCUGUUGGUUUGGGUCUGGAGUGGAAAGCAAGCUUGCUCCAUCCUCCAUAGGACAACUCUUGAGAUAUUUGAAGAUGGCUCUCAUAUCUCCUCUCAGUCUCCUAUUUCCCAGGCUAAACAUACCCAACUCCUUCAACCGUUCCUCAUCAGGCUUGGUUUCCAGGCCCUUGAUCAUCUUGGUUGCCCUCCUCUGCACACCUUCCAGCUUGUCAACAUCCUUCUGAAACGGAGGUGCCCAGAACUGGACACAGGAUUCCAGCUUGGUUCUGAUCAAGGCAGAAGCGAGUGGGACUCCAUGAAUUUGCCCAGUCCUUUUUUAAAGCCAUCCUAGUUGGUCGCUAUCACUGCUUCCUGCGUUGUGAGCAAGUUCCGUAGUUCAACUGUGCAUUUCCUCAAUCCUCUUUCCCCAUACCAUUCAUAAUUUUAUAAACUCCUAUAACAACAACAACAACAAUUUAUUAUUUAUACCCCACCCAUCUGACUGGGUUUCCCCACCCACUCUGGGCAGCUUCCAACAGAAUAUUAAAAUAUAAUAACCUAUUAAACAUUAAAAGCUUCCCUAAACAGGGCUGCCUUCAGAUGUCUUCUAAAAGUCUGUUAGUUGUUUAUUUCUUUGACAUCUGGUGGGAGGGCGUUCCACAGGGCGGGUGCCACCACCGAGAAGGCCCUCUGCCUGGUUCCUUGUAACUUGGCUUCUCGCAGCAAGGGAACUGCCAGAAGGCCCUCGGCGCUGGACCUCAGUGUCCGGUCAGAACAAUGGGGUGGAGACGCUCCUUCAGGUAUACAGGACCGAGGCCGUUUAGGGCUUUAAAGGUCAGCACUAACACUGUGAAUUGUGCUCGGAAGUUGUUUGCCUUUUCUCUAAACUAAGAAGUCCCAAACGCUGCAACCUUUCCUCACUGGGGGUGCCACUCUGUCCCCGUGAUCAUUCUGGCUGCCCUUUCCUGGACCUUUUCCAACACUUCCCUGCCUCUACUUUGUUGUAUGAAAUGCAAUUAAAAAGACAAUAAAACUGAAAACAGUUUUAAAAAACCCACCACCAACGUAAUCAGCUAGGAGAGAAGACAAACAACUGGGUGAUAUAUAUAUAUAUAUAUAUAUAUAUAUAUAUAUAUAUAUAUGUGUGUGUGUGUGUGUGUGUGUGUGUGUGUGUGUGUAUUUUAAAAAGGUAUGAACAAAAGCUUUAAAAGGGAGCGAGCUGACAGCCAACCCUAUCUUGGGAGGGAACACCACAAUAUAUUGGUUUAUUCAUCAUUGCUGUUAUCAUUAGCAGUUUUUAUGUCACGCUCCAAUGAGCUGAGGGUGACAGCCAUUGUCUCCCUUUUUAUAUUCACAAUAACCCUGUGAGGUAGGUUAGGCAGAAAGGGGAGAGGGCAACUGGAUCAAGAUCAUCCUGGGAGUCUGUUUUUGGCCUUCCAAACAUUUUGGACUACAACUCCCAUCAUUCCCUGCUACCCAAGACCCUUUUCCCUGGAGAAGCCAGGGAGUUGAUGUGGGAUCUUUAGUGCCAGGACUGAAGAGGGGGAGGUGUAAAUUGUCAUGGCCAAUCAAGCCAAACCGCUGGGAUGGCUCAGUUGGUACAGCACAAAUCUCUUAAUCUCAGGGCUGUGGGUUCAAGUCCUGGGUUGGGCAAGAGGAUUCCUGCCUUGCAGGGUGUUAGAUUAGAUGACCCUCAGGUCAUCUUUUCGAUUUUAGGAAAGAGAGAAUCUGCUAUCUCUUAACUGUCAGAAUAUUCUCCCCAAUGUUUACUCAGAAUUUCCCUCCUUGUCAUUUGAAUCUUUUGGUUCAGGUCCUCCAGAGCAGCAGAAAACAAGCUUUCUCCGCCUUCCAUGUGACAGGUCUUCUGAUAUCCUAUCACCUCUCAGGGGUCAGCAAACUUUUUCAGCAGGGGGCUGGUCCACUGUCCCUCAGAUCUUGUGGGGAGCCAGACUAUAUAUUGAAAAAAAUAUAUGAAGGGAUUCCUAUGCCCCACAAAUAACCCAGAGAUGCAUUUUAAAUAAAAAGACACAUUUUACUCAUGUAAAAACAUGCUGAUUCCCGGACCGUCUGCGGGCCGGAUUUAGAAGGCAAUUGGGCCGUAUCCAGCCCCUGGGCCCAUGAGCUAGUUCUUUGGCCUGAUCCAGCAUCCAGUUUUUUCUUAAGCACCCGCCCCCCAAGCUUGAAAAAAGACUAUUUCUAUUUGGCCUUUCUUGGAGCUGUGAUACCACAGCCUUGAUCUCUUCGAGGUCCCCCUAACAGGCAGUGAUAGUGUCCCCGGCCUAGCCUUGCCCGGACCACCCCUUCCCCUGUGGUCCCCCUCCCCCUGCAGUCACACAGUGUCCCCCCCGCCCCACUCAGGGCUGGGGCAUGCUACUUUUCAGCAGUGGCUCUUUUACCUUGAUGAGCAGCUAAAUGAAUUAUAAAUCAAAGGCAAGUGCCAGGGGAGGGGGACGGGAGGGGGAGGCCCCAUUACAGCGGCCAGGCACGAUCUCCACUCAGUGCACACUAUUAACUCGCAACCAGCUGAAAAUCCCCAAUUGCUUAGAUGGUCUGCAUAAUCUCAGCCUCUUCCCUGCCCCCCCCCCGCCAAGCAGUGAUGGCAGGUCGGCUGCACUCCUUGCCAGCGAGAGGGGGGCUGUGGGGAUCCAGGGCAGCAGGGGGGCACCUCUUAGUGGGGAGGGCACACGCGCAAUCCCUGGCAUCCCCUGUUGAAAGCAUCUUGUCUAGCAAGGCAGGGGAGAGGCUUUUAGGGAUGAGAACUGAUUUGUGAGGACAUGGGAGCUGCCUGAUGCAGUCAGACCUCUGUCCUAGCCAGCUCAGUGCUGCCUACACUGACUGGCAGCGGCUCUCCAGGGUUUUAGAGCAGAGGACGUUCCCAUAUGCUGCCAGGAAUUGGCCCUAGGAUUCUCCACCGCUGAUAUUACAGCUGUUUCCCAUAGCACUGAGUCCAACUCAAAAUAUCCUGGCAGGAGCUCCCUGGGACCUUUCUGAGCAGCUGCCGUCUGAGAUCCUGUUGUGGGCUGGUAAAUGGAGCACUUUCUAGCUGGUAUCCUGUUGGAGGGGACGGUCUCCUUCCAGCAACUCCUGCAGCCAAGCUGGUGCCAAACACAUUGCUCUGCUUUCCUUCGGACCACAUCAGCGAGGCAAGAGGGAAAAAGCAAACUGUGCUGGUCCUGUGGGUUACCCGAGAGGCGAGGUCCAAGUCCGGUCUGUGGUCAAAGGUGGAGGCAGUCCGUAGUAGCUGAAGCUGGGUGCAGGGCAGGGAGCCGGGUGAAGUCAGGAACAGGCACGCAAGCAGGGAGCCAGGGCAGGUCAGGAGCUCAGGCAGAAAAGCAAGACAGGAUUCAGGCAGGAACAGGCUACCAACAAUGUUGCUCCCGCAACUUGGGACUGGGGCUGGCCGGCUUUUAUCUGCCCCGAGGCAUAGGGCAGCCCCGAUCCUCAGGUGACUCGCCUCUCCUGGCCUGGAGGCGAGCCCUCCUCCUGCGGGAACUUAGUUCCCUCCGCCACUCUGCCCUGAGCCUCUGCAGCUCAGGAGCGCUGGAGGGUUACCGGACCAGAGGCAACCUCAGCUUCCUCUGACGGGGCUGAGAGUGGAGCACCUGCAGGCAAUGGGUCCUCCAUCACCUCAGGAGCCAGAGCAGACUCAGCUGGUGCCUGCACCUGAGGAUCCAGCACAGGCAAGGAUCAGCUGGUUCUGGAGGCGGGGACUCCUGUGUAGGCUGGGAUCCUUCAGGUUCAGCAUCCGAGUCCGAAUCCCAGGCCAUCACAGAAACCCAGGCACCGAUUGUUAAUAUUAAAGAGUAGUUCACAUAAUCAGUGGCUGUAAUGGAAGCAGUUUGGGGACAUGAGGAAAUGAGCCCCACUUUCCCCAUAUAUAUUUUUUAUUCAAGUAACCUUUAUUGGCAUCACAUAAUACAAACAGAAUAGAUAGGCCAGUGCAAUCUCUUUGCCAUUUCAACAGUACAGUCAUUUGCCGAAGGGAAGAAAAGGCGAGCAACCUGUUUCAUCUCUGUGGGUUUCCAGCAAGGGCAGGAUCCUGCAGCAUACUUUGGCAACAAAAAAUCAAAUAGAGGAACUUAGCUACUGUCUUGGUGAGCUCCUGGUCUCUCCCCUGUAAUAAGAAGCGUAUAACCUCUGUCUCUGGUUUCCAUGUUGGAAUACAUAGAUGGUCUGGAAAUUGUUGGUGGAGAUCAUCAUACCUUUUACAUUUAAGGGCCAUGUAAGCUACAGUUUCCACCAGGUGGGCAUCGCAUGGGCAGAUCCUGUCUCCUUCUGCUAUACCCGCAAAUCUACCGCACUUUCCCCAUAUUUCCCACUGCUUCAGCCUGCUGAUGCCAGUCAUGGGAAAGGAGCCUGAUGGGAGCUGCUCCUUGUUGCUCUCUCUAGGGCAGCGGUUCUCAACCUGUGGGUCCCCAGAUGUUGUUGGACUACAACUCCCAUCAUCCCUGCGCCCCCUUCCCUAUAAAACUCAGCGCCCCCUUCCCUAUAAAAAUAGCAGAAUAGCAGCCUGCAUGACCCACUAAGGAAGAUAAUAACCCAAUAAAACAGUAGCAAUUAAUUGCACAUUCAUUCAGAAUCCAAUUAAAACUGUUUAGUUUAAUUAAUUCAACAAAAUGGAUGAACUUGAUUCAGAGUCUAAUAACCAUUUGCAGCUCCCUGCAACCCCCUUGCCUCCCACCCCACCCAGGGGGGAAAUACCACCCAAUUUGGGAGCCACUUCUGCAAACAAUUAUUGAACCUGGUGUACAUAAAGAUUUUAAGUAAGCAAAGCCCUCCAUCGCCUGUAUUUUACCUGCGCUGUUGGAGUCUGUAGUCUUCCGUCUCCUGUCUCUCACCGCCUCUCUGUUCUCCAUCCCUUGCAGCUGGUUCUCUUUUCUGGCAAGCUGAACACCAUUGCCGCUGUGGUCACCAUCUUCUUCCUGCUGGUCUAUGCCACCGUGGAUUUGGCCUGCCUUGCACUCGAGUGGGCAUCUGCCCCAAACUUCAGGUAUGUGGGGCUCUUGCGUGUAGGAGUUGGGGGUUGCGCCGGGAUCAUAUUACACCAGUCCUGAAAGGCCUACAUUGGCUCCCAGUCCAUUUCUGAGCACAAUUCAAAAUGUUGGUGCUGACCUUUAAAGCCCUAAACAGCUUUGGCCCAGUACAGUGGUGCCUCAGGUUAAGAACUUAUUUCGUUCUGGAGGUCCGUUCUUAACCUGAGGUACCAAUUUAGCUAAUGGGGCCUUCCACUGCCACCGCACCACUGGAGCACGAUUUCUGUUCUCAUCCUGAAGCAAAGUACUUAACCCAAGAUACUGUUUCUGGGUUAGCAGAGUCUGUAACCUGAAGUGUCUGUAACCUGAAGCGUCUGUAACCCGAGGUACCACUGUAUACCUGAAAGAGGGUCUCCACCCCAGUCGCUCAGCCCAGACAAUGAGGUCCAGUGCCAACUGCCAUUUGGUGGUUCCCUCACUGAGAGAAGUGAGGUUACCAGGAACCAGGCAGAGGGCCUUUUUGGUGGUGGCACCUACUUUCUGGAAUGCCCUCCCAUCAGAUGUCAAACAGAUAAACAACAAUUUGACUUUUAGAAGGCCUCUGGAAGCAGCCAUGUACGAGGAAACUUUAAUGUUUGUGUUUUAUUAUGUUUUUUAUAUAUGUUGGAAGCCUCCCAGAGUGGCUGGGGUAACCCAGUCAGAUGGGCAGGGUACAAAUAAUAAAUUAUUAUUAUAUUAUUAUAUUCACCUUGUGUGAAAACCAACCAUGAGCCCCGUAGGCUGAGGGCGAGUGAGAAUCUGGUGGACAAGUCUGUGAAGUGUGAGGACUAGCUGCUUGAGUCGGGGUGGGGAGCUUCUUUCAGCCUGGGCAUCAUGCUUCCUUCUGGGCAUAUUUUUUUUGGGGGGGGGGGAGUCACAUGAUGUCACAUGUCAGUGGUGGGUGGGGCCAGAGACAAAAGUGGGCGGGACAGCAUAUGUAAAUUUUACCUAGUUUCUGCACAAACACACCGUACCUCACUGUCCUCUACCUGGCAAGGACUGUCAACAUUCAAGGGGGAGUGUGAAGCAGAGGUAGUUAGGGGUGCGGCCAGGGGAGUGUCCCGAGGGCCAGGUAGAGGCUCAUCGAGGGCCACAUUCAGACCCUAAGCCUGAGAUUCGCCAUAGUUGCUUCGUAGAGCAACAGUUUCGAGAAAGGUAUUUGGCGGAAAGAGAGGAGAAUGUAUAGAAAAUUCUGUUCCUCCUUUCUCAGCUCACGGGCUCUCACAGCAGCCUACAAAUCAAGGCAGAGACCUACUAUAGCAAUCGUGUGCAAACGUUAAACACAGUCGUAAAACCAAACAUAUGCACUAGCCAAUAAAAUAACUGGAGUUCUAAACAGAAAUACCAUUGUUUGCAUAUGCAAAAAGCCUUCUUAAACCGGGAGGUUUGUCCUGGAGGUAUGGUGUUUUGCUGGGCACUAGAGAGAUCUGGGAGGGACGCGGGUUGCACUGUGGGUUAAACCACAGAGCCUAGGACUUGCCGAUCAGAAGGUCGGCGGUUCGAAUUCCCGUGACGGGAUGAGCUCCCAUUGCUCGGUCCCUGCUCCUGCCAACCUAGCAGUUUGAAAACACUUCAAAGUGCAAGUAGAUAAAUAGGUACCACUCCAGCGGGAAGGUAAAUGGCAUUUCCAUGCGCUGCUCUGGUUCGCCAGAAGCGGCUUAGUCCUGCUGGCCACAUGACCUGGAAGAUGUACGCUGGCUCCCUCGGCCAAUAAGGUGAGAUGAGCGCCGCAACCCCAGAGUUGGUCAUGACUGGACCUAAUCGUCAGGGGUCCCUUUACCUUCACCUAGAGAGAUCUGGGAAGGAAGUUCUAUGGCACAAGCAGUCAGUUCAUAUGGGAAGGGCAGCCCUUUUGGAAAACAGCACCAUGGUGCAAAGGCUCUGUUGCUUCUUCUGACAGUUGCCAGCUUUCUGGGGUCGAAGAAAGCCUUGUCUCAGACUCCUUAUGCAGCUGUUUUCCAGGAUAAACACCCCCAGUUCCUUCAACGGUUCCUCAUAAGGCGUGGUUUCCAGCCCCUCGAUCAUCUUGGCCCCCCUCCUCUGCACUCUUUCCAGCUUCUCAACAUCCUCCUUAAAUUGUGGUGCCCAGAACACCUCUCAGCCUCCUCUUUGACUCUCCAUACUGCUUCUUCCUCUGCUCCUGUAACUCUGCCUUCCCCUUGACCCCCCCUGCACCCUUCAUAUGGGUCUUCCGGGCGGGUAAAAUGCUUGUUGCAUGUUGCAAGGUGAGUGCGCCUGCCUGGGGCUGUCUGAAAUACUGCUGGCGGGGAUUGGGGGGGCGCGGGUAGAUGGAUGGGGAGGAGGUACCCCCCUUCGACUUUCUCUCCCUCUCCUUGCUUGCAGAAAAGCCAGUCCACCCGCUGGUGAGCAGCUCAGGGAAAUCACCUCUCCCCCCCCCCACACACACUUCCCUGCCUCCAGUGGUCCCUCCUCUCUCUCUCUCUUUCUCUCGGUGGGGGGAGCGUAGGGCCUGGUGAUCAAUUUCUCCCCCUAGCUAAUCCCAUCAAGCCGAGCACAUCGCCCGUGUAAUAAGCAUUUAUGAUCCUGUUUAAAAAGCUUUUGCCCUUGAGCAAAUACCGUUUUUAGCCAAGAAGGGGAAAAGGGAAGGAUUGCCGGGAGGGGGAGUGGGGCGGGGACUGGGGGGCGAGAGAGAGCAGAGAACCCAGACUGCAUUCUGCUCUUUGCAGUGAAUUUAUGGUACUUGUCUUGCUCAGCUUUUCGGGGCCGAGUGCCAGCCGUUUUUAUGGAGCACAGUUUACAUUAGUGGUAAUUAAACCAAGGGGACUAGGAGACAGUGGGGAGUGGUGUGGAGCAGCGUUCCUGGAACAGCGUCCCUCUUCCUUUCCUUUUCUUAGCUGGGAUUUACUCAGCUGCAGCCCUGCGUGCAGGCGAGAGCUUGCAUUGUUUAUUUGUGAUUAAUUUCCUGCAUUGAAGCAGCGUUGGACUAAGUGACCCUCGAGGUCCCAUCCAACUCUGCAGCUCUGUUUAUUGAAUCUAUCUCUCACCUUUCCUCCACCAUGCUGAGGGUGUUUUGUACAUGGUUAUCCUCAUUUAAUCCCCACAACAACCCCAUGAACUAGGUUAGGUUAAGAGGCAGGGACCAGCCCAAGGUCACCCUGUGUUGUUCAUGGCCCGAGUGGGGAUUUGAACCCUGGUCUCUCACAUCCUCGUCCGACAAUCUUAACCACUACACCAUACUGGGAAAACCAAGAUGAGUAAUGUUUUGGAGGAUUCAAAGUGCCAUGAAACGAAUUUGAUGCAAAGGGUCUUGUUUGUUUCCGGUGUGAACUUUGCAAAGUGGUUCCUGCAGGUUUUUUCAGAAAGUUCCAGUUUGAAGUGGGGGUAGACGCCAACUGUGGAAGGCGCCUAUUGGCCAGCAUCAGUGCCGCCAGCAACCCAACUCCUUCCUUGGAGGAGAAUUAUUAUUAUUAUUAUUAUUAUUAUUAUUACAACUGUUCCUGUGAUUAUUUUCUCAUAAAGUGUGCUGUUUAAAAUAGCAAUGUGGAGACCUGGAAGCAUGAAGGAAAAGAUUGAGGACUGUACCUUCGUUGGUAUGUGUUCGUUUGUGUGAAUGUUAGAAAAGUUGCAAUGGUGGAAUCAUGAGAGAAGGACCUUCUGGGACCACAGUUAACGUGCUGAGUGUGUAGGAGUGUCGUCUGGGUGUUAAAAAUGCUGGGUGCUGAACCUCUUGCAAUGCAAGAAUCUCAACUAAAGCAUCCAUGACUGAUGCUUCAACCUUGCUUACAAAGGAAGGAGAGUCCACCACCUUCCGAGGGAGUCUGUUCCACUCUUGAGCAGCUUUUGCCAUCAGAAAGUUAUUCCUGCAGGUGGUGCUGUGGGUUAAACCACAGAGCCUAGGACUUGCUGAUCAGAAGGUUGGGGGUUCGAAUCCCCACGAUGGGGUGAUCUCCUGUUGCUCAGUCCCUUCUCCUUCCCACCUAGCACUUUGAAAGCAUGUCAGAGUGCAAGUAGAUAAACAGGUACUGCUCUGGCAGGAAGGUAAACGGCGUUUCCGUGCGCUGCUCUGGUUUCGCCAGAAGCGGCUUAGUCAUGCUGGCCACAUGACCUGGAAGCUGUACGCUGGCUCCCUCGGCCAAUAAAGCGAGAUGAGCGCCGCAACCCCAGAGUCAGCCAUGACUGGACCUAAUGGUCAGGGGUCCCUUUACCUUUACUAGUCGGAAUCUCCUUUCUUCUCCUUUGAAUCUGUUGGUUUGGCUCCCAGCCUCCGGAGCAGGAGAAAACAAGCUUGCUUUGUCUUCCAUGUGACAACCCUUGAGAUAUUUGAAGAAUAUAGUAACCUAACAAGCUGUCGGGCCAGUAGUCCAUGUAGCUGAGUACUGUCAACACUGACCGGCAGUGCCUGCGGGUUGGACUAGAUGACCCUUCACGUCCCUUCAACUUUUAUGAUUCUGCGAUUCCAGGGUUUCGACCUGGGUCUCUCCUGGCCCUGCCCAGGGAUGCCAAGGGUUGAAAACGAGUCCUUUUGUGUGAACUGUGGCCCUUUCCUCAAGCUACAGUCCCUGGGUUAUUCUCAUUGAGGGUGAAGCAUUCAUUGUUCAGAGGGCCCUUGCGCCCAUGCGCAGACUCUCUGUCUCUCCCGCCCGCCCCCUUGCUUUUUUAUGGUAGCCAAUAACCGUCAGAGUGCAGUGAGGGUCACACACUGAAAUUAACUGCUGUCAAGAGCAUAAAUUAGGCAAGACCUUUUUCUCUCCUGCUCCUGAGUUUUCUCUCUCCUUCUCUGGGAUCUGGGAGACGGAAGUUUGUGGGGUAACAGAAAGUGGGUGCUCAACGGGUGCCUCAUUUGGCUGAGGCCUGGCCUGGACCAACCCAGGUCAUUUUGCUCCCAGGGGCAAAGGGCAGCAUGGCAACCCCUGCCAAGUCCAUCUCCAUAAGGCUGCUAGACUGGCAAUUGAAUCUGAUUGCAUCGUCGACAAUGGGGGGGCACCCACCGUGCACCCAAGGCCAGGGCGGGGGGACCCACACAGUUCUGCUGUCUAACCCCACACUCCUGCUCUCCACCUCCCAGCAUCUGCUGCCCGAGGCAGAUGCCUCCAUCUCCCCAACAGUAGGGCCGUUAGACCUGACUUAGCAGGGAAGUUUUUUCCCAGGCGAUGGAAACGGCGAAGGCGCCCGGCCAAUAUUAAUAAUUAAUUUCUGCGUGCGACCAUAAUUAUUUAAACUCAAAAGACGUGCAUGCAUCCUAGUCGGCGUUAACACCUCUCCAUUUCAGAAAGACGUGGGCUUUUAAGUUUAAUGGAUAAGUUUUUAUUAUCUCUGUAAAGCGUCUGAAUUGAUUGUAAUAUCUGGAUCAGAUGCUAGUAAGCCUCCCGGACAAUUUCAGUAAAAUUCACAUGGUUUUCUUUCUUUCUUUCUUUCUUUCUUUCUUUCUUUCUUUCUUUCUUUCUUUCGUUUAGAAGUGGGGGAGGGUUUGAAAUCUGGGUGGGUGAGAUUGUCUGUUUUAUUUAGAAGAUCACGGAUACCUUGCCUUUCCAGUUCUAAAAAUGGAACCACCCGAGGCAGCUAAAAGCAUAGAGUAAAACAAAAAAAACCACCCACACACAAUCUAAAACAAAUUUAAAAUGAAGCAACAGAUAGAUGAACAAAAAAGAAAAAGAAAAAAAGAAAAAUCUAAACAGGAAGCAAAGCAGGUUAAAUCAACCAAAAGACGGGCUGAAGGAGCUUGCUGAAAAUUUAUUUUGUGUGGCCUUGAGGUACUAUCUAAGAAAUAAUCGGUGGAAUCUCCCGGGGCAGGGAGUUCCAAAGUUCCAAAUUGGGGUCACAGACCAGGGGCUCACAGGUGAGGAUACCAGAAAGACAAGAGUGAAGGCCGGUGGGGAGAAAUGGAGGGGGCGUAGUCAUCUGAGAAAUGAGGCACAGGGAACUGUGGGUGGAGAAAUAUGGGGCAGAGGGGGGUAGAGAGAUAGGAAAAGGAAGGCUACUUUUUCUGUGUGACAGAGGUGAGGUUGCAGAGAUGGGGGCAUGCAAGAAGACCCCAGUGGUUUGGAACUGCUACUGAAAGUCUGGCACAGGCUUCUCCUGAGCAUGUGCAGAGUGCUGUUGCCUCCCUGUUGUACAUUUCUAUCCACACUUUUUCUCCAAGCAGCACAAUAACCCUGUGAGGUAGGCCAGGCUAAGGGAGGCCGUGGCCGGCGCAAGGUCACCUAGUGAGCUUCUUCAUGGCCAAGUGAGGAUUCGAACUCUGCUCUCCCAGGUCCUAGCCCCCUCCCCCCCAAUAUACAAUUUCAAGGCUGUAAGAGAAUGAGGUCUCUGGGGCAGCAUCUUAAAAAACACACAACCCGCACCCUUUUUCCUUUGCCCCCCCUUUCUCCUGCCAUGGCUUCCUUCCUCCCCCCCCCCCACCUUAAAAUGCCACUUCCCCCCUCCUCCCCUCCCCUCCCUCUCCGCACAGCCGCCGAGGUCUCCAGCACACACGAAAUAAAAAGGGAUUUUAAUUACCUUUCAGCAAAAACAACAAUUAGAGAAAAUCACAGCUUGUGGGCUCCCCGCCCCCGGCUGGCUAAUCGCGCUCCAGCGCUGAGCGCUGAGUAGACGGGGGGGGGGGGGAGCAGGAGGCCACCCCUCCAUGCUCAAACACACACACACACACACAUUCAUAAGCUGGUCUGUUACCCAUAGACAGGCCCUUUUACCUGCCUAAUCGAUUGUGCACGCUUGCGCACACCCACACGUGUUUUUCCAGGUUGUCAGCCUCGCAGCCCAGGCCUGGAGCAAAAUCAGGGUGAGUUCCCUGCAACAAUCCUAUCACAUUAUUAUUAUUAUUAUUGUUAUUAUUAUUAUUAUUAUUAUUAUUGAACAACAAAAUGCAGUGCGUGUGGCAGGGAGUAUUAUUUGCUUUGCAAAGCAGCAAAGCCAAGCGUGCCCAGAGACCACCUGGUUUUUGCCCCCCAAACCCCCAAUGGUUCCCGGAGAUAGCAGGAUGUCAUGACCGAUGCUUGCUAGCUAGAUAACCUGUUGAGUUUUUCAGCUGGGAGGCAAAGUUCUUUAUCUGUGAGCAUGUCAUUUAUUUGGUUUACAUGCCAACCUUUAUCCAAAGAUACCGUAUCUUCAGGUGCCAGGCAAAAACAUUCCUUUCUAACCAGCCCUUAGCUAUCAGUGCCCUUUUUUUCUCUGUGGGUGAGAUUUUUCUAACGUGCUUGUUCUUUGCUUAAAAUACUGUAAGCCGCUUUGAGUUGCAAAAAAGCAGCUAAUAAAUUUAAUAAGCAACAACCGCAGCCAAGGCAGGUUUUGCUCUUGACUCCCACCCUCUCCCCAGCCUACUGCAGCUCGGUUGUAGAGCAGCUGCUUUGCACAGACAGGGUCCUGGGUUCAAUUUCUGGCCUCUGAGACCUUGCAGUGCUGCCGGUGGUCAGUGCUGACAACACCCAGCUUGAUAGAUGGACCAAACUCUGGCUCUGUUCACUCCAUCAAAGUGAGGGGGGGGGCAUCCGCUUCUGUGCAAGGAAGUCAGUGGAUGUGCUUUGGGGCAGGCACCCUUGUUGUGGGACUAAUCCUGCUCCUGGGUGGGCUUGCCUGGUUUGCAGCCCCCUCCCCUUCCCUCUGCAUGGCUCUAUCCUGCAGGGGUUUCUUCCUUGGCGUGUGACAGGAUUCUGGGCACUCGCCGUUGUCUAUCCAUAGGGAGGAACUGGCACAAAGCCCAGCAUGACGGCAUCUUGCAGGGUUUCCUGGAGAGGCUGGAUGCAUCUUAACCACACAGUGAUCUCUGUGCUGCCCCUCCCUUCAGAGUCCCACCCAAGGAGUUCCCUUCCUUGGUGUGAACGCAGGAAGCUGACUUAUACUGAGUCAGACCAUCAGGCCCCCUCUAACUCAGGCUACACAGACUGGCAGCAGCUCUCCAGGGUCUUCAGAGAAUCAUAGAGUAGUAGAGUUAGAAGGGACCCCUGUGGUCAUCUAGUCCAACCCGGCUGCAGUGCAAGAAUUCUCAACUAAAGCAUCCAUGACAGGUGUCCACCCAACCUCUGCUUAAAAACCUCCAUGGAAGGAGAGCCCACCAUCUCCCAGGGCUGAGUGGCUCUCAGAAAGUUCUUCCUGUUGUUUAAUUGGAUUCUUCUUUCCCAUAACUUGAAGUUGUUGGUUCAGUUCCUGCCCUUCGGAACAGAAGAAAACAAGCUUGCUCUGCCUUCCAUCUGACAGCCCUUGAGAUAUUUAAAGAUGGCCAUCAUAUCUCCUCUCAGUCCUCUCUUUUCCAGGCUAAACAUACCCAGCUCCUUCAACCGUUCCUCAUCAGGCUUGGCUUCUGGGGCAAGGGACAUUCGCAGUCCUGCCUGGAGAUGCUGCAGUGUGAACUUAGAAACUUCUACAUCAGAAGGUUGUCAGUUCGAAUCCCCGCAACAGGGUGAGCUCCCGUUGCUCAGCCCUGCUCCUGCCAACCUAGCAGUUCGAAAGCACAUCAAAGUGCAAGUAGAUAAGUAGGUACCGCUCCGGCCGGAAGGUAAACGGCAUUUCCGCGCGCUGCUCUGGUUUGCCAGAAGCGGCUUACUCAUGCUGGCCACAUGACCCGGAAGCUGUACACCAGCUCCCUCGGCCAGUAAAGCGAGAUGAGCGCUGCAACCCCAAAUUCGGCCAUGACUGGACCUAAUGGUCAGGGGUCCCUUAACCUUUACCUUACAUGCAGAGCAGCUGGUCUGCCGCUGAGCUACAGCCCUUCCCCACCGGACUCCCUCACCCUACCCAGGUUGGGGAAGGAGGAAGAAAGACUUUGGACCAGUUGAGGCAGCACUGCGCAAUGAGCACACAUUCCUUUCUUUGUCACUGGAGUGAAUGGGAGGCAUUGAUUUUUCUUAACUUCCAUAUGUAUUGAUUUAGUUUUCUUUGUUGCAUUCAUAUCCCAGCUUUUCCUCCAGGGAGCUCAAGGUAGUGUUCAUGGUUCUUCCCCUACCCAUUUAAUCCCCACGACAACAACCUUGUGAGGUAGGUGAUGCUGAGAGACAGCUACGGGCAGUGGAAACUAAACUGGUCUUUCAUUCUGCAUCUAGCCAGCUCCUAAGAAAGCAGCAAGAGAGAGAAACUCAAACACACUGGGUUUUCAGCUCUCCAGAUUUAUGGGGGUAAUCCUGAGAUUCACUUCUGCUUCCAUGGUGGGGUUUCCCCCCCCCCCCCUGCAUGUGCUCUUUGCUUACAGCUUGCUGUUUGUCGGGCUUUUGCAGGUGGUUGGAGAGGAGCAAGGAAAUAAAUAAAUGCAUUUAGGGGGUGCGGCACUUAGGGGAAUCUCCCUGAAUGCAAGUUUCUGCAAACUCCCCCCCCCAUCCGCCGCCCCCAGAAUGGCUGUGGGGCCGGAGGGAGCCCAAUUCAUGUUGCCAAGGAAGCCUGGAACCAUUAUCCCAGCUGGAUGCAUUAGUGCUUAGAACCACGGUUUGGCGGAUUGGGGGGUUGAGAGAGAGAGAGAGAGAGAGAGAGAUUUGCUGCCUGAGAUAGUAAUUGUCGCCGUUCGGCCCAGCUAAUGGCUGUUAUGAUUAAGUUCUAUUAUGGAGCCCGCGCUCAGGAGCGGGUGGGUGGUGGUGGGGUGUUUUGUUUUUUUUUGUCGGGGAGCUCAGCGGGGAAAGGAGGGGAUUGACAGCUUUUCAGAUGGAGAGACGGAGCGUGCUGCUCCUUGGCCGCACUGCCCCGCCCCCCCACCCCCACCCCAAAAGGAUCUUAAUAGCAGCCCACGUAAUAACCCAGGAGUGGUAACGGAGAGUGCACAUUGCUUUGCAAGAGCAGGCGGGCGGGAGUUGGAUGAGAGGCUUCGCCCUCCCCCUUUCCCCUCCGCAAAGGACACUUUCUCAUCUAUUCCCGGGUUCGUUCUGCAGGCAGGCCCCAGCUGCUUGCCACCCCCCUUUCUCUUCCUCCAGCCCCCGCCUUUUGCUGCUAUCUGGGGAGCCGACCUUCGCCUCGCUGGCUUCCAAGCCUCUGUUGAUGCGAUUGUUGAUGCGACCCCAUGCACCCAUUGUUGCAGAGUAAUGAGGCUAGCAGCAGCCAAGCAACCUGUGGCACCUGAAAGGUGUGCACAUAUUUGGUGGAAUAAGCUCUCGGCUGCUGCAAACGUGGUUUCCCCCAUGUCAGAUUGCCACGCACCCCCCUACAUGCAAAGACACCUCCAGGCCAUGCUGCGGCAGAGACAGCCUCAUGUUACAGUAAAUGAAGCACCCACGCACAAAUGUGGGAGACCCUCUCCCCACCACAUCCUGUCUCUGAGCAUGUUGCUCUGUCCCUGGGGAACACUCAGCUCUCGAGCCUUUAGUGGUCCUUGAACUGGCACGCAGCUGACCUGAUGAAUGCGAGGCAAGGGCUUGGCUUGGGUGCUACCCGUCCGCUCUGGCCAAAGGAGGGAGGUCAACCAAACCAGCAGCCAAGACCUCUUCAUAUCAGUUGGCUACAGGUGAUCAUAUAUCCUGCCUGACCCUGACAAGCUGGAAGGUGUGCAGAGGAGGGCAACCAAGAUGAUCAAGGAUUUGGAAACCAAGCCUGAUGAGGAACGGUUGAAGGAGUUAGGUGUCUUUAGCCCAUAGGUAGGCAUACUAAGGCCGGAUCUGGCCCAAUCGCCUUCUAAAUCCGGUCCGCGGACAGUCCAGGAAUCAGCAUGUUUUUACAUGAGUAAAAUGUGUUCUUUUAUUUAAAAUGCAUCUCUGAGUUAUCUCUGAGACAGUGGACCGGCCUCCUGCUGAAAAAGUUUGCUGUCCCCUGGUUUAGCCUGAAGAACAGAAGACAUAGAGAUAUUAGGAUGACUACCUUUGGAUAUCUGAAGGGCCAUGGAAAGUGGAACAAGCUUGUUUGCUCCUGCUCUGGAGGGUAGGACCCAAGCUGAUGGAUUCAAAUGACAAGGAAGGAAAUUCCAACUUAACAUCGUUUUCAAUUUUUUUUACUGUUUUAGCUUUUGUAAAUCACUUUGUGAUUGUUGUUUUUUUUACAGUCAUAAAUUUUAUGAAAUAAACGAAAAAGUUUGGUUUUUUCCUACUCCAGAGGCUAGGACCCGACCCAAUGGAAUCUAGUUACAAGGAAGGAGAUUCUGACUAAACAUCAGGAAGAACUUUCUGACAGUAGGAUUUGUUAGACAGAUGGAUGGACUCCCUCGGAAGGUGCUGGACUCUGUCACUGGAGUUUUUUAAGCAGAGGUUUGAUGGCCAGCUGUCAGGGAUCCUUGAGCUGAGAUUCCUUGGACCAGAUGGCCUCAGUGUCCCUUCUAACUCUACAGUUCUAGGAUUCUAAGUUGACAGCCAUCACUGCCUCCCAUUGGAGCAAGUUUCAUAGUUUAGCCAGUUCACUUGGCCUGCCCUGGGGUCCUGAGAAGGAACUGCUUUGUGCUGGAGAGAUGGCACUCUGCACAUGCUCCAGACACACACUUUUUCACCUGCUCGCUCACAGGUGAAGUGAAGUUGAGUUCCAGGUAAAGUGCAGUGUCUUGCUUCUGGAAGAGAUUCUGGGGCUCAGCCUCUUCGCUUGUGUGCUUAGUCAUUCCUGCUGAAAAAAGAGCUGACACAACCUUUGCUACGAGUUUGCAUUGUGUUCCCACUCAUCAUGAAUGUUCCAUUAAGGGACAUUCUGGUCUGUGUGCCUGCAUAUGCUGUAAGAGGAAGCACAGGGUCUUACAGAAUUGCCAGCAGCAGCAUCUAAAAGGCGAGUCGCCUUCACCAAGAUAACUACCUGAGCAUUCGGAUGUCAAUAUCCUCCUUUGUGUGUUUCUGUUGUUCAAACCUCAGAAGCACAGAGAGGGAAUUGGUGGAAGCUGCAAGGAAUGCAGAGACCUGGAACAAAAGGGACCAGGAGAGGCAAAGAGGAAACGUGUCUUCCUUUGCUUUGGGCCAGGCCUCCCCCGGACGCAUUUGCAACAGCCCCGCACCCCUGCCUCACCCCCCUUGCUGAUAUCUCUUGGCACUUUCUGAUUCACGAUGGCCUCUGCCUGCCUGUAUAUUGGCAACAUGGUGGAUAAUGAAUUGUUUACGACCAGUAGUUCUGUUUUUCAAUGAGCUGAAACGUGUCGGAUAAUAAGUUGUUUAUAAGCCGUAAAUCUCGGCCACCAUAAACCCAAAGCGCAUCACUUAAUGGUGAAUUGCAAGCUCUGGUUCCCUUCGGCAGCCAGCCUGGAGCCCAGCCGCCUCAUUGGGUGGCGAGUCGAUGGGAAGUGGGAUGCUCUUCCCCAUUAGACGGCGCUGGGAUGAUAAAAGCUGCGAGGCUCCGUCCCGUUGGACGGGGGAAUUGGGGAUGAGUUGCGAGGUCCGUCCCCAUUGGUUAGCAGAUUGAUGAUGAGCUGUGAGCCGGUGUCCCGUUGGGUAAUGAAUUACUCGGAGACAUAUUUGCUCAGGAGAAGUAAAUCUGUUUGGUACAUUGUUGCCGAGUUGUGAUUAUAUUGUAGCCGCGCUCUGUAAAUCACGAAGAAGGGCCUUGAUAUACGGCAACCAAGCCCGGCUGCAGAAGGAGGCAGCGCUGUGUGUCUCUACAGCCGCACCAGCAGGCUGGGCCUUGGAUGCAUUGAAGUAAGCCAAGCAGCCAGCAGCUCCCAUCUUAUACUGGUCUUGCAUUGCCACCAACCCAUGGGGUUGGUUGUGCCUUGACUGUGUGCCAAUAUACAGCCAAUCCAACUCAUGCUGGCAAAAACAUGGCGGCAGGAAUGGUAAUGGGUAACAUAUUGAAUGGUGGUGUUUAGACCUGGCUCUGAAACCUUUGCUAUCUGCACCAAGAUUAUAAUCUGGAAGCCAAGCCUUGAGGAGGAAUGUUUGAGAGAGUUGGGUAUGUUGAGCCUGGGGAAGAGGAGACCGAGAAAUGGCAUGAUAGUCAUCUUCAAAUAUCAGGAGGGCUGUCACAUGGAGGAUGGAGCGAGCUUGUUUUCCUCUGCUCUGGAGGGUAGGACCCAAACCAAUGGAUUCAAAUGACAAGGAAGGAGAUUUGACAGUGUUUAGCAGUGGAACAGACUCCCUCGGAAGGUGGUGGACUCUCUCCUUCAUUGGAGGUUUUUAAGCAAAGGUUGCACAGCCACCUGUCAGUGAUUCUUCAAUUGAGAUUUGUGUAUUGCAGGGGGUUGAAACAGAUGACCCUCAGGGUCCCUUCCAACUCUGAAAUUCUGUUAUUCUAAGGCAAGCUUGAUUCUGUGACGAGAAAAUUCAGAUGUAAUUUUAGCAUCCCUUAUUCUGCUUCUACCAGCUACUGGGAAGAUUUAAGGUGCGGAAUUCUGAAGAACCAAUUGCAGCCUCCUCUGGCUUUUGCAAUUGCCAACACUUAUUUAUAGUCAUAAGGUCUAGAAACUUGCCUGUUGUCUUUUUGAAAAAAAUGAAAGUUUCAGAUUUGCAGAAUGGUCGCCAUGAUUCAGAAUGGAGUGCGGAACCAGUUAAGCACUCAUCCCUGGUGGUAGGCAAUUGCAUCUUGCCAAUACAGAGAACCAACAAGGCAUUGCUGGACCACAACUCCCAUCACCCUGACCAUUGGCCUUGCUGGCUGAGGCUGAUGGUAGCUAUAGUCUGUUAAUCUGGAGGGUACCAUAUCGGCCUCACUGAGCCAGCGGCAGGGUGGUUGUUCCUGAUGGCAGGCAAGGAAAUGCAAAAUUCUCUGCAGAAGAAGAGUUGAGAUUAUCUGUGAGCAACUCACAAUUGAGUGCAAGGAAGAGCGAAAAGCCAAGGGAUUUCUGUAGGCAGUUGUUGUUUCGGGAUGACAACCCUGAGUCAACAAACUUCAAGGAGGCUUCCCAGAUCACCUAAACUAGUGCUUAAUAGUGAUGCAGUGCCUCAUUGCGCCCAGGCUGGGGAAAGGAAUACGGAUUUCGUAAUUCACAUGUUUUAUCAAUUUAGCUCUUGCACAGAGCUAGAAAAGUUUCAGGAAAGAGCAGCUAAAAUGAUUUGCAUCUAGAACUUCUUAAUUUGGAAAACAAGUAGGGGGCAUGGCAGAAGCACAUAAAAGAAUGCCCAGUGUGGAGAAAGCGGGUAAAGAAAAGUUUUUCUUCCUCUCCCACAAUAAUAGAUCCCAGGGCCAUCCAGUGAAACUAAGAACAAACAAAAGGACCACUUUCCCCCACAGCUGUGGGAUUUGCUCACACAAGAUAUAGUGAUUGGCACCAAUUUUGGGACGCGGGUGGCGCUGUGGGUAAAACCUCAGUGCCUAGGACUUGCUGAUCAUAAGGUCGGCGGGGUGAGCUCCCGUCGUUCGGUCCCAGCUCCUGCCCACCUAGCAGUUCGAAAGCACCCCUAAGUGCAAGUAGAUAAAUAGGUACCGCUUUAUAGCGGGAAGGUAAACGGCGUUUCCGUGUGCUGCGCUGGUGCUGGCUCGCCAGUUGCAGUUUCGUCACGCUGGCCACGUGACCCGGAAGUGUCUUCGGACGGCGCCAGCUCCCGGCCUCUUGAGCGAGAUGAGCGCACAACCCUAGAGUCGGUCACGACUGGCCCGUUUGGGCAGGGGUACCUUUACCUUUACCUUUACCAAUUUUGGAUGGCUUUUAAAAAAGAGUCGGGUGAAUUCUUGAAGGAUAAGGCUUCCAGUCAUGAUGGCUUCAUAGAAUCGUAGAAUUGUAGAGUUGGAAGGGACCACAAGGGUCAUCUAGUCCAAGCCCCUGCAAUGCAGGAAUGUCAGCUAAAGCAUCCAUGGCAGAUGCACAUCCAGCCUCUGCUUAAAAACCUCCAAGGAGGGAGAGUCCACAACCUCCCAAGGGAGACAGUUCCACUGUCAAACAGCUCUUACUGUCAGAAAGUUCUUCCUGCUGUUUAGUUGGAAUCUCCUUUCUUGUAACUUGAAGGCCGUUGCUUCAAGUCCUACCCUCCAGAGCAGCAGAAAACAAGCUUGCUCCCUCUUCCAUGAGAUGGUCCUUGAGAUAUUUGAAGAUGGCUAUCAUAUCUCCUCUCAGUCUCCUCUUUUCCAGGCCAAACAUACCCAGCUCCUUCAACCGUUCCUCAUCAGGCUUGGUUUCUAGACCCUUGACCCUCCUCUGUGACCUACAGUAGCAGAGGCAGCAUACUUCUGAAUACCAGGAUACCCUUGAAUGCCAGUUGCUGUGAAUCACAAGCAGGAGAAUGUUGUAAUCGGGUCCUGCUGCCCCGAGGCAUCUAGCUGGCCACUGUGAGAAGAGGAUGCUGCACUGAGUGGCCAGUCUGAGUCUAUAGCAGCGGAUGCCAAGCUGUGUGUUGGUUUGUCUUUAAGAUGCUGUUGGAUGUUUGCAGAGUCCCGCUCCUGCUGCCCUGUUGAGGGUCGGAGCUGCUGGCCACAGAAAGCAACAGAGCCCAGCCUCCUCUGAAGUUAACAUGGGAGCUGUGCGUGGAGGUUGUUCAGCACCUUGGAGAGCGGAUUUAUAGCUUGGCUUAGGAGAGCUGGAGUCCUCUCCAGCCCUUAAGCUACUGAUCCAAGCCUGGAUAGCUGUCCUGGCCAUAGCUGCCAACGUUUUCCUUUUUUUUAAGGGAAAUUCCCUUAUUCCGAAUAGGAUUCCUCGCAAGAAAAGGGAAGAGUUAACAGAUAUUGUCCUGGCUCAAUCACCAGCUGCACGUUGGAGAGCUCUUAAGGCUGGGAUGAUGGGAGCUGGACUCUUAGAAAUAGGAAUGUUGAAAGAUUUGAAAAAGGACUUUUUCACACAGCUUGCAGUUCAACUGUGGAACUCACUCCCACAAGAGGCUGCGAUGGCCACUGAGCUGAGUCGCUUUAAAAGAGGAUUUGACGAAUUCUCGGCUAUCAGUGGUUGCCAGCCGUGGUGUCUCUUCCUCUGCAGUUUCAGGCAGUGAUGUUUCUGAAUACCAGUUGCUGGAAACUUUAGGAGGAGAGAGGGCUCUUGUGCUCCGAUCCUGCUUGCAGGCUUGCCCUGGACCUCUGGCUGGCCAAGGUGAGAAUUGCAUGUUGGACUAGGUGGGUCCCCUCUGGCCCGACGCAGCAGCCGGUCCCUCCUUGCGUUUCCAUGCAAGCAGCGCUUCUCAGAAAUCCUCUCUGGCUAAGGCAAAGCAAGUUUGGAGUUGGCUGAUUGGGCUUUGCCUCAAGGGGAAGACACAUUAAUGGAAUCAAAUACCUCUGUGAAGACAGGGCAAGACAGCUAAAAUUGGGAAUUGAGCUUUUGAUAAGGCAUUUAAAUAGAGUUCGCUUCCAGGAGAAUAGAGGGGUUUGGUCUGUAAAUGAUCCGAGAAGCUGUUAACAGACUCCUUUCUCUCGGCGCUUCUCUCGCUCUUCAGGUUUGUGCUGCUAAGGUAGCACUGGGGACUCUUUUGCAGCAAGGUGUGUAAUUUUAGGAGGGGAAACUUAAUUUUUGCACAUUUCUUUGGUGAUGGGGUCUUAAAAAAAUAUGUUUUUGGGCGUGAGGAAUUCAGAUCUGCUGUUACUUUUGUGAUUAGACAUUUAACUUGGUAAGGCUACAUUUAAUGGAGAAGCACCUAAAAUGCUCUUGGAAAACCAAAUAAUUAUAAUUUUACCUUCAGAAAAUGUUAGGUAAUGCUAAAUACUACUACUAUACUACCACUACUAAAUAAUAAUAAUAAUAAUAAUAAUAAUAAUAAUAAUAAUAAUAUAACUGCAAGUACCGUAUUUUUCGCCCCAUAGGGCGCACCGCCCCAUAGGACGCACCUAGUUUUUUUUGGGGGGGGGAAUAAAGAAAAAAAUUUAUUUCCCCCCCUGGCGCGGGGGAAGCCUGAGUUUCCCCCGACCCCAGCCCCCAGAACAGCCUGCUGUCCGCAAGCCUAGGGAGCCGCGCCGAUCUCCCCAAGCUUGCGGAGAGCUGCACGAAGCCCGGGCGUGCUCUUCAGUGCGCCCCAGGCUUCGGAGUGCAGGCAGCUCUGCGCAACCUUUGGGAAUCCGGCGUGGCUCCCUAGGCUUGCGGAUACUGUGCCUGGGGGGGACCGCACCAACCCCUCUCGCUCUCCAGGCUUCAGCGAAAGCCUGCAUUCGUCCCAUAGGACACACAUACAUUUCCCCUUCAUUUUUGGAGGGGAAAAAGUGCGUCCUAUAGGGCGAAAAAUACGGUACUUGGCAAUUGUUUUACACACAUUUUACUUGCCAAGUAAAACUAAAUUACAUUAAUUUAACCAAAAUAUCCUUUGAAUCCCCAAAUCAUGUUGGCGGCAUGUUUGAAUUCCCAAGUCAUGUAGUGGGCAUUUUUGGGGUAUACGUUUGGUAUAUGGGGAGAUGGCUGUCAAACCUAGACCUGGAAAGUGUGUGCUUCUGAUUAGGUCAGUUGCUUUUUGCUGGAGGAAGUUGGAAACAGCAUUGGUUGCUCUGUGGAGCAGGUGAAUCAUAGAAUCAAAGAAUUGCAGAGUGGGAAGGGACCCCAAAAGCCAUCUAGUCUAGCCCCCUGCAGUGCAAGAAUCACAGCUGAAGGUUCCCUGACAGAAGGCCACCCAACCUCUCCUUAGAAACUCCCAAGAAAGUCCCUUCCGCUCUUGAAGAGCUCUUAACCACCAGAAUGUUCUUGCUAAUGUUUAGUCAGAAUCUCCUUUCUUGUACUUUGAAUUCAUCGGUUUGGGUCCUACGCUCCGGAGCAGCAGAAAACAAGCUUGCUCCAUCUUCCAUGGGACAGCCCUUCAGAUAAGGCUCUAAGGCAGCCUUUCUCAACCUGUGGGUCCCCAGAUGUUGUUGAACUACAACUCCCAUCACCCCUAGCUAGCAAGGCCAGAGCUCAGGGAUGAUGGGAGUUGUAGUCCAACAACAUCUGGGGGCCCACAGGUUGAGAACCGCUGCUCUAAGACCACCGUCUCCUGGGGAUGAUUGCAGGCUUAGCCAACACGGAGCCUUGUUGCUGUCUGUUCUACAUUGCAGGGUCUGCUGCUGACACACCUUUUCUACCUCAGGAGUGAGCCUGAGGCUGCGCCAUCCAUGGCACCACAGACCCCUGAGGCUCCUCGUUUGAGCUUCUGAAUUUCUGUGCUUCCGUUGCACCUGCACGAACAGUUCUCGAUCCGGAGGUGUUGCUUGGCGCAUAGCUAAGCUGUGGAACUCCCCAGUUUAGGCAGCUUCAAAGAGGGCUUAGACCAGGGGACGGAAAAAUUUUUUAGCCGCAAGCCAGUCUGCUGUCCCUCAGACCUUGUGGUGGACUGGAGAAGCGGUACCGGUGGGAGGAAGCUGAAAGAAGAGGCAAGGGGGGCAAGUAGUCCUCCUCCCCACCGCCAGCCCCAGCUGCUGCACUUACCAUCCCAGGGGCUGCCGCCGCCACUGCCACCACCACUGCUGCUUCUUGUGGGUAGGCAGAGUGAGCUUGUCCACUCCAUUCUCUGGCCCACAGGAGCACCAGGGCAGCAACGGCGGAGGGAAGAUGAGUGUCACAAAAGGGCUGGCUCCGGAGAGGGGCUGCGUAAAAUGGCACUCAGCCAGCUCAGCCCAGCCCUCGUCCUCCUCUAGGCAGGGCGGGGAGAAACGAGGAGGAGGGAGGUAGGGGGCACCACCGCGGUGUGUGUGUGUGGGGGGGAAUGGAAUGGUGCAGGAGGGGAAAUGGCGCAGCCCGAAAAAACAGAAUCCCCACGCCAAUCCACGGACAGUCCGCAGGCCGGAUCCUUUUAUAUAUAUAUAUAUAUAUAUAUAUAUAUAUAUAUAUAUAUAUAUAUAUAUAUAUAAAUUUUUAUUAGUUUUUCAACAUAUCAUUUUCAACAAUAAUUAAACAUACUUUCAUAUCUUAUACCAUUUUUUUAACUUCCAUUAAUCACAUCUGAAAAUUUUCCUAUCCACUUAAUAUACAUUUCUUACUUUCACUAUUACAUUUAAAUAUCAUAACUAAUAUCUCUAUUCUUUCUCUACUUUGCAAUGUUUCAUGUAUUUCUCCUUACAAAACUUCUUGUAGUCCUACUAGCGUAAUUUGUUGAUUGCAGUUGCUCUUCAAAUAGUUUGCAUAUUUCUUCCAAUCUUCUGUGAAUCUCUGGUCCCACAGGUUUCCAAUCCUUCCUGUCAUUUUAUCUAAUUCUUCGUAGUCCAUUAAUUUUGUCUGCCAUUCUUCUUUCGUCGGAAUUUCUUCCUGCGGGCCAGAUCCUGAAGGCAGUUGGGCCUGAUCUGGCCUCCGGGCCUUAGUUUGCCGACCCCUGGAUUAGACAAAUUCGUGGGGGAAUAAAGGCUAUCAGCAACUGCUAGCCAUGAUGGCUGGAUGUUAGGUUCAGGAUCAGAGGCACCAUGCCUCUGAAGACCAGUUAACUGGGAACUGCAACUGGGAGAGCUGGUUUUGAACGCGUGUCUCGCUUCUGGGAAACAGGACAAUUGAUUAGAUGGGACCCCUUGGACCUGAUCCAGCUACAGUCUCUGCUUAAUUUCUGAGUAAGUGAAAGAGAGGCUUUUAAACAAGAAUCGUUAGUAGCAUCUGCCCAGUAUACUUUUUUUGCAUUUUCAUUAAGGGGGGAGGGGCAAGACACAGGGAGUCCUUUUAAGCAUCUUGUGUGAAAACAGCCUCCCAAGUGGAAAAGUGGGAGCCUUGAGUGCCCUUCUCUGUGCAUUCCCCCCCUCAGCCACCAAGACAGGGCUCUCCAAGCGCUGAUUUCUAAGAGGAUGCUAAUUGAUAAUUACCCAGUUUGCAAGCCCUUGUGACUAGCAGGAGCUGAAGGGCUCGGAACUGGUGUUUUCACAGUGUUUGAAGAGGGCAAAGAGGAGGAAGAGGGGGAGGUCCGCUUCCGGACAAAAGGAAUCCUGGCUACAAAUCCAAGUGAAUGGGAUAUCUGGCCAGGCCUCUUAGGGUUCACUGGCGAUGGGGAUUAAAUUCUGCACCCCGGCAGUCUGGAUUCUGUGUCAAGAAAAGCUGUGGUUUGGUUCAGGUUGUGUAACAGAUACAUUUGCAUUUGUGUGCAAAGUUUUUUUCCCUCUUUGUGUGUCUCUGUGUGUGUUAUUAUAUUUUAUUAAGUUUAUUGUGGCUUUCUUUCUCAUGGGUGAGUGUUUGGGUAUGCAGGGGGCUGAAGCCCCGCUCCCCCUUCACUGGAAAAUCUUUCUCAGUCCCUCUCUGUGGUUCAGCAAGCAAUUUGUGUUCAGAUUUCAGCUUCUCAACAAUAAGGACGAGAGAGAGAGAGAGAGAGAGAGAGAGAGAGAGAGAGAAUGAAAGUUGAGAUUCUUGUGGCAGCUGAAACCUGUAUCCCUUUGCAUAUCUCCCAGUGCUGCAGAUUCAGUUAUACCUGCUGCCCUGAAUACGACUUCCUUACAGGAGUAUUGAGGUGCCUUUGUUUAACCCAGAGAGGAUGGGGAUGUUGGGAAUUUCCAUUCCUCCUUUAGUUGCAGACAUGGAACUGUUGCAUGUCACAUGUCUGUUUACAUACCAGCACAGCUUGCUGGGAACUUCCCUUUGUGUAUAGCUUUUGUUUUUCACUGUCUCUCUGAAGAGAAGAAAGGGAGACGACAUGUUUUCUUUGUCUUGGUUUAUGCUUGAUAAAUCUUUAGCUGUUAGUAUGUUUCCACAAGCCUCACGCCUGUUCUGUCUGCGCAGUAUGCUCUGCUAAUAUAGCGUGCUCUGGCUUUUGAAGUCUGAGUCACUGAUUUGCGUCGCACCAGAGAUCGGGGGAUUGUCACGGCUGGAAGGGCAUGAUCCAGCUGGGGGCUUGCCAGCUGGCAUCUCGACCCCCAAAAGAUGCCAACAAGGGAUGCCCAGAAAAAUGGACCUCACCCCCCAUAGGCCAGAGGUCUCCAGGACCCUGGAGCAAAGAGCCAUUCUCCUGGACAUGUUGAGUUCAAAUGGAAGCUGUGAGUGUAGCCUCCAGUUUGCAAAUGCCGGUGCCAGAGUAGGCUAUACUGAAUGGAGUGUAGAAAUAGAGUUGGAAGGGGCCGCAAGGGCCAUCUAGUCCACCCCCUGCAAUGCAGGAAUCUUUUUGCCCAAUGUGGGACUCGAACCCACUACCCUGAGAUUUAAAAUCUUGUUCUCUGCCGACUGUAGUGUUCUGGUUCCAUAUAAGACAGCUUCCUAGGUUCACAUUUAACAGGUGAAACCACCACCCUGGCAAUCCAUUCAGUGUAGGGAUGUGGAACCUUCUGCCCUCCCAAUUGGACUCCAACACCCAUCAGCCCCUUCCAUGUCACGGAUGAUGGGAGUUGUAGUCCAGCAAUAUCUGGCGGGCCAUGGGGUCUCUAUCCCUGAUUAAACUGGAAUGCAGAUCCUGCACGGACCCCCUAAAGAUGGCAGGUUAUGAACCGUUAAAGGGGGUAUUUAAGUUUUAGGAUGUUCCCCAAGAGUGGCUUUGGGGCAUCCAGGUUCUCCCACCCAGCUGUGGCGCAUUUCAUCCCACCUCUCCUCCUACUUUGGCCAAAAGCCGAAUUGCCUGCUUUGGCCUCCCUAAUUCUCUGACACCACGUUAACCAGCCACCCGCUCUUUCCCCCCUCAUCACGCCUGUGUGACAUUCAUCCUUGCAGACAGCUCUUUAGCUCUCGCUAAGUGGGGCCUCAUCCUGCCCAGGGGCUGAGCCCUUCCGAAAAGGAGUAAUUGAAUUGAGACCUUUCUCAGUAAGAGUGAUGGGGACUCAGCACCACGCUGGGUGGAGCCCUUUCCAGCAUUGGCUAGUUCUGAGAAGCCAGAGAAUAUGGAGAGGAACACGUCUCCCCACAAUUAUCAGCACUGGUGAAUGGCAGCUCCCUGCUGCUGAGAGUUGAUGCGCCUUUGCAUUCUUUGAGGUACAAGUCGAAGAGGGGGGGGGGAGAUUCUUUCAUUAUUGCAGCCUCCUCUGGCCGCCUUUUAAACAUUAUCGUUUAGCGUCUUGUUCCUCCAGCUCUGGGCAUGUCCCCGUCUUUAAAGUAAACAAGAGCUUGCGUUACUUUUUCAAUGCUCCUGAGCACGUACAGAGUUUUCCUCCGCACUGACCAGCUAUAUGUCUGGUUACCACAAACAGACAGAUGAGGGGCGACCUCUCUCUCCAUCUGCAUGCGUUUUAACACCUCCCUUGAAACAGUCCAAAAUUUAUUUUGAAAUCCCGUGAGGAAAGUCCGCCAUGGUAUGACUUCAGAAACUGAGGUCCAAUAAUUCUUGGAGAACAGAUGAGGUCCCUGCAGACUGGAGGCAGGGAGCUGCUGAAGCAUGGCCCAUCACAUAGAAUAAUAGAAUUGUAGAGUUGGAGGUCAGACUAUCCUCCACCAGGGCCAGGGCCUUUUCAGUGAUGGCUCCAACCUGGUGGAAUGCUCUUUCCCAUGAGACCAGGGCCCUGCAGGAUUUAACCUCCUUCCACAGGGCCUGUAAGACAGAGCUAUUAUGCCUGGCCUUUAAUUUGAACUUAGCCUGAUCUUUUAUUCCCCUUCCUUCCCUCCCCCUCCCCUUUUAUGAAGAUCACCCGCUCUGGGAUCCCACAGCUAAUUCUCCCCUUGUCUCCUCGCUGGCCCAAGUAGGACCAAUUCAGCCAGCUAGCCCUGGGGAUUAUCUAAUGCUUAUUUCCCCUAAAUGGAUGUUUGAAUUUUAUUGUUAUUCAUGUUUUUAUACUGUAUUUUAUGCUGCUUUUAUAAUUAAGUGUUUUAAAUUUGUUGUUAGCCACCCUGACCCGGCUUUUGAACUGGGAAGGGUGGGGUAUAAAUAAAAUUAUUAUUAUUAUUAUUAACCCCCUGAAUGUAGGAAUCUCAACUAAAGCAUCCAUGGCAGAUUGGCCAUCCAACCUCUGCUUAAAAACCUCUGAGGAAGGAGAGUCCACAGUCUCCCGAGGGAGAUUGUUCCACUGUCAGGCAGGGUGCCAGAGAGUUUUCCCCUGAUGUUUAGUUGGAAUCUCCUUUCUUGUAACUUGAAGCCAUUCGUUUGGGUCCAAAAAUGUGUACGCCAGGCAGAAUACCGUAGAUUCUGGCAUAUUAGGUGACUGGGUGUAUAAGAUGACCUCCCAAAUUGGCAGCUGCCAAUUUGGGGGGUCGACUUAUAUGCCCAGUCUUAUACGCGGCAGCUUUGCUGCCCAGCGAACCCAUACCUGGUGUAUAAGACGAUCCCUGACUUUUUAGAGGAUUUUCCAGGGUUAAAAAGUCGUCUUAUACGCUGGAAUCUACGGUAUAUGCAGAAAUGCAUAGACAGUAUUUGAGAGCGGAUUCAACAAAUUCAUGGAGAAAAGGGCUGUUGAUGCCUAAUGUACCUUCUGCAGCUGGGGCCAGCAAUACUUUUGAAUCCAAGUUGCUGUGAAAACCGCAGGAGAGAGGGCUCUUGCACUCGGAUCCUGCUUGCUUGUUUUGCAUCUGGUUGGCCACUGAUAGCAGGAUGUUUGGGCUAGAAGGGCCACUGGCCUCAUCCAGCAGCCUCUUCCUAUGUUCUUAAGUAGCUGGGGUGGUGGGAGGUGUAGUCAAAAACACCUUCGAGAGCACCAGGCUGGCGAAAAGCCUGCCGAACGUAGGCUGAGGCCCCUUUAGCCAAAGUCGCAGGCAUUGUGCAUGUGUGGGUUUCGGAGCUGAGCGCGGCUCCCUUCCCCUCCAUUUAACCUCUCUGGUCCUUGCUGAGGCUGCAACAUCCCGCGAGGGGGUUAAACUCUGUGCGCUUCGCAGAGACUCUAAUGCAUACUGCGGCUGGCUGCCAGGGCCCAGGAGAGACCCGCGUUUUAUACACAUCGAUUACACACUUAACCACCAUUUGCGUUUUUAUCCCUCACCUUUUCUUCCCCUCCGAGCAGCAGCAAAAGAGGAGCGUCUCCCUUCUCUGCGUCUCCCCCCUCCCCAUCUCUCUCUCUUACACACACAAGUAAAUACACACAGCCUUUGUGCAUUUUUUUUAUUUUUGCGGGUCCGGCUACGCAAGAGUGGCAGAGGGCAAUUAGCAUUCCGGGGCUCUUUUUAAAUCUCCCUAAGCAAUAUAGAUAAGACAGCGGGUUAGAUGAGAACAAUUUAAUUAAGCCGUAGAAAGGAGGCCCUUUGCCGGCGCCCUCGGUUCGUGCGCUCUGCCAACCGCGCCAACCUUCCAGUGUGGGACUGGCUUGGUGCCACACAGAACACACCCUGCCUGCUGCCCCCUCCCCUCUGUGCAGGAUUAAUAGCCCCUUUGGCUUCUUCUUCCCUCUCCCUGCCCCCCCCAAAAAAGCUGAAAUUAAAAACCAAAACUGGGAUUAAAAACAACCAAACACUUUUUCUUCCAGUAUGUGGCUAGUGCCAGGAAAACCUACAACCCUCUUGAGGUGUGGCAGCCAUCAGCUGUCCUCAUUACUCAGUGAGAUUUGAGGCUACUUGUCCCAGAGGGGAGAUAAACAAGCAAAUGUUAAGGACUAGGUGCUGUUUUCUUUUAAAAAAUCACAUUUUUUGUUGUUGUUUAAAAAUUGUGUUUACAUCCUGUGCUUCUGCCACAGAGCAAUGGCCUCGGUUCGACGACAUUAUUAUUAUUCCAACAGGUCUGCAAGGAACAUUAGGCCGUGAUGGGCAAUGAAAUAUCCCACUCAGCUUCAUGGCUGAGCAGGGAUUUGAACCCAGGUCUCUCUGGCCCGGAAUUUUUAACUACUCAAGAAGAUGUAACUCUUUAAUGCAUGCGGAUCAAUAGGAAUCGCUAGCGUUUUUAGUGCCUUUAUAAUGAAUGAUACGUGCUAAGAUCCCGUGGGAAGGUGGGGAAUCCUGUCGGAGCAGCUGUGUGAUUAAAAUAUAAAUUGCAAUGAUGUGUGCGGUAUUUUUUGUUGUUUCGGUACUUCAAGUCAAUUGGGUGUAGCUUGGCAUUUGGUUUUAAAAUUUAUCGCAGCCCCUUCGAACAGGGCAGGUUCAGUAUGUAGGUGCAGAAACGGUCAGCUUUUAAAAGUUUUUGCUUAGCAAAUCUUGUCAACCCAAGAAUCCUGCAUCUAAGAAAGACCAACUCUGAGGGAAUCCUUUCUUCCAGAUAAAAAGUUGUCCACACCCUAUCAUCCAACCACAGGGCUUGCAUGUAUGUCAAGAGAUAGCAUUUUCCUCCCCCCUUUCUGAUACAGGCACUGGACCUUUAAAAAAAGCCCUUGAUAGGCAGAAAUUCAAUAGGAGAAUCUUGCAGUGAUGGGGAAAGGUUUUGCCUGUUGCAUUUCUGCUGUCUUGCAGGUGGUGAGGGGUCUGCGUUUCAGCUGACAGAGGGUGAGGAAUUUCUGCUUGGCUCCUUUCCUGAAACUAACUGAUUUCAGUAGUUUUCUCCUUGCAGGUGUCAUUAGAUAAUAAAAAAGCGUGUGUUUUAUUCUGUAAUGGCUUCUCGGCUGAAUCAGACCUCUAGCCCAGCUUUCUGCUUCCAAUAAGGUCAGCCAAAUACUUCUGGCAGAUAACUGGGGCAGCCUGCUUACAACUCAUGUUUAAACUUAGGUGCUGUUUUUUCCCAACCGUCUGCUCAAAAGCAUUCUCACAUUUCUUCCCCUCCCCCCUAAAAAAAUCCUUAUCUGUGCCUGCUACAGUUGUGUGACAGGCAGAAAUUCACCAGGUGUAGUGUUUCCUGUCACGGCAUCCUCAUCCUGGAGUUAGCCACGCCAUCUGAAUUUCUGCCCAUAUUUUCAUGUUGAAAAUACCAUGCAUCCCGUGUCUGUGUGCAUUUGUGUGUUUGCCUGCAUGCAUGUGAUACUGCUGCAAAUUGCAUGCAGAAGCAGCUCUGUGCAGGAAAUUUCAUGCAUGUACAGUUUGCCAUGCUUAAACCUUGGAAUCCACGAAGCAGCCUAGGGAAAGUGAUCUGAGAGCCCUUCUACCUACUCAAGCAUUUUGCGGCUGGAGAUGAGUGCGUUGGACUCUCUCUAAUGGAUCCCUCGGGGUGUAAGCAAUUGUGUUACGUAUUCAUUGUCUUUAAAUGUUGCUAACCAGCCGUGAGCCUUCUGGGACAGGGCAGGUUACAACCCAAAUAAGAUGGAUUUCCUGCAACUCUGGCUCCGGUUGCAUCCGAGGGUGACCUCAGGGGCUAGUGUGGAGUAACUGAUGGAGUGGCAACCUGCAAGGUCCUCACACUGCUUUGUAGAAUGGCACACCCACUAACGGAGGGGAGAGAAACCUGUGGACCCCUGAGGCAUUGCUGUACUCCAACUCCUAGAUAGCUCAGUUGGUUAGAGCAACCUGCUGAUACUGCCAAGGUUGCAGGUUCAAUCCUCGUAUGGGACAGCUGAAUAUUCCUGCAUUUUAGGGGGUUAGACUCUACAAUUCUAUGAAUCUGUGAUUCUAACUCCCAGUUUGAACAUCCAGAGGGCUGCAGGUUCCCAAGCUGUCAGGAGUGAGCCAGCAGUAAAUCACACCAUGCAAAUUGCAAUUGACUUUUUAUUAGCAAGAACAUGAUCUUAGCAGAGUGCCAGGCCUCAUGAGCACAGCAGCUCAUCCCUCGUAGGUUUUGCCCCCACGAAGCAGUUGCUGAGACUGAAGGUCCCCACAUCCCCAUAGUCUCCUAAGCCCCACUCCCCUCCAGGGUUUCUCCCAAGCAAUCUGAGACUGUACCAGUCUCUCCUCUGUGCUUUUCAUGUCUCUCCUGGUUCUGGGAUACCAGGGGGAAGGGAAGCUUGUUCCAGCAGGAGAUACCUGGGACUCUUCACCAGCCAGACUCAUCUUUGCCUCUUGGCCUCUCCUGCUUCAGCUGUUGCCUCUCAUUCUGGACUUGUCUCUGCCACAGACUCUCCCAGCUCACUAAGCCCCGUUGCCUCUUCAGCUUCCGACACCACCUCCUCCCAGUCUUCUCCCUCUGUCCACCCACCAAUCCCUGGACUCUUAGCCUUCUUCCCUCGGGGCUUCCCCUGCUGGUUCCUCCCACAAUUCCUCUGCGUCCAGCCAGUCCGCGACACCACUGGAAGCUAAGUGGAUCUGCCCCUCCCAAGCUGACUGCUGUGCUCCUUCCCGCAGGCCCACCUUCCGGUACUUCACCUGGCACACCUGUGUGCUGGGCAUCGCCGGCUGCUUCGUCAUGGUCUUCCUCAUCAGCCCCAUCUACGCCUCAGCCAGCGUGGCCUUCAUGGUGGUUCUCCUUGUGGCCCUCCAUUACCUCUCCCCCAGCAGCAGCUGGGGCUACAUCAGCCAGGCUCUCAUUUUUCACCAGGUAAGCACGGGGUGGACCCCCAAAACUAGCUCUCUACCAUAGUCGGCAGCAAGCAAGACUUUCUCCUUUUCAAUGCGAAAUGUUUUAAUCAAUGUUUUCUGGUGCUUUCGUUUGUCGGUUGCUCCUCCUGUGGGAGAACGGGCGAGGCAGAAACACGGCGAGCAAUCUCUUUUCCUUGCACACAUAAACACCUGGAGCUGUGCUGACUAGUUUAGAGACAAGAGUUCUCCCUUUGGCAGCGUUCAGCCCUCUCAUAAAUCAGGCAGGGUGGGAGGAGGAGGAAGAAGAAGAAGAAGACCCUUUUCCAGGGAUUUCAAGGCAGGGGCUGCAAGCCCCAUUCUUUGGCCACCCAAGGAAAUUGUAGGACGCCCGAAAAGUAUGCAUUUUCUGCAAAAGAGGCAAAAAAACUUUUGAUUCCUGAAUAUGCUAAAGCUAUUCAAUAUUAGAAGCGAUGUGGAAGGUAGCGAUAUUUUUUUGUUUAUUAUGGGUUUAUGGGCAUUUAUUUUAUUUAUUUAUUAAAUUUGUAGACCACCCUUCAUCUGACGAUCACAGGGUGGUUCACCAAAAUAAUAAUAAUAAUAAUAAUAAUAAUACAAAAAGAACCCAGCAAGCAGGACCAAAGAACCCUCUCCCCAACCCACUGCAGCUUCCAGCAACUGGUAGCUCAUUUGCAAAACGCAGGACCAGGGGGUCCUCCCCGCCCCAUACAGAUUAAUUUACCUGGUUGUCCUAAUAAUGUUUUGAACUCGCCUCCACCCCUUCCGCAAGGGAGCUGCACGCUCUUAUCUCGUAUCCUUUCAGACAGGCGGUUUGUCCUUCCAGCUGGCGCCAUUCCCCCCCGUGCUCUGCCCUUCCCUGGGAUUCAUUCCCAGACCCAGCAAGUUGGGCCCGCUGCCCAGCCCUUGCCUUUUAAUUUUUGUGUCAUAAAACCAACACUUAACAGGGAAAAAAUCCUGUUAGCACGUAAUGGAAUAUUCUUAUUACCCAGCUGCUGUCUUGCUGGCCUGCCUUAACAAAACUCAGGCCCUCAGCCAGGCCUGGUGAGUCGGUUUUGUUGUGUUUUAGCAGGUUCUGAGCACCUAAAACCCACAACGUUAGUACAGAAGGUCCAGACCUUCCAAUUUGCAAAGUCGAUUCAUUUAUUUAUUGUGGGGUUUCCCAAACUCAUCCCUGAUCACUGGUUCUGCUAGCUAGGGAUGAUGGGAGUUGUAGUCCAACAACAGCUAGAGCCCCAAGUUUCGGAAACCCUGUUUAUUGCAUUUGUGUCCCACCUUCCCUCUCAAGGAGCUCAAGGUGGCAUAUGUAGUUCUCCUCAUUUUACCUCAGAACAACCUGUGAGGUAGGUUGGGCCGAAAGUGAGUGACUAGCUCACAGUUGCCCAGGGAGCUUCAUGGCUGAGUCAGGAUUUGAACCCUGGUCUCCCAGGUCCUAGUCCAACACUCUAAUUACUACUAAAAACACUGUUUUAAGCUUCCCACUUGCAUCUGAAGUGUUUGCUCGGAUGCUAACAAAGCAUUUAUGUGUGACUGUAGCAUGUUGGAAGAGCUUCAGAUACAUUAUUUCAGUACAACAGCCCUGUACGGUAGGCCAGUGGUGGUUUCCCCCGUGUUGCAGAUGAUGGAGCUGUGGUUGAGAGUCGGUGAAUUCAUGGCCAGCGCCAGAUCUGGGGACUUGAGCUAACUUCCUUGUAGCAUCGCUCUCACGAAUCGCUGGCUUGACCUGGAGUGUGUCCUGGUAACUUCCUCCCUUGCAAGGAGCAAAGCAGGUCCUGGCACGGCAUUCCAGUGGCACACAGCCCGUCUGCGUUUCCUGUUUUCUGCUUGGCCCCUUUCUGCCAAACAAAAGAAGAAGAAGAGUUUGGAUUUGAUAUCCCGCUUUAAGACGCAGGUGGCGCUGUGGGUUAAAGCACAGAGCCUAGGACUUGCUGAUCAGAAGGUCGGCGGUUCAAAUCCCUGGGACGGGGUGAGCUCCCGUUGCUCGGUCCCUGCUCCUGCCAACCUAGCAGGUCGAAAGCACAUCAAAGUGCAAAUAGAUAAAUAGGUACCGCUCCGGCGGGAAGGUAAACGGCGUUUCCGUGCGCUGCUCUGGUUCGCCAGAAGCAGCUUAGUCCUGCUGGCCACAAGACCCAGAAGCUGUAGGCUGGCUCCCUCGGCCAAUAAAGCGAGAUGAGCGCCGCAACCCCAGAGUUGGUCACGGCUGGACCUACUGCCUCCCGACACCCACAUUUGGCUGAAAUGCAUCCACUUCUGGGGUGCAGUGCCCCCAACACCACUAAUCCAUGCUGAGCAGGCCUUACCAGGAAACAAGGGCGAUCUCUGGCAAGCGGUUUGGGGCAGUGUUCAAAAUCCCCCAGGUGCCAGGCUCGUUUUGCUACUGGCACGGGCCUAUUCGCGACUACGUGGAGAUUUGCGGGCACCAGGUUGGCGACUGACAUCUCAUAGAAUCAUAGAGUUGGAAGAGACCACAAGGGCCAUCGAGUCCAACCCCCUGCCAAGCAGGAAACACCAUCAGAGCACUCCUGACAUAUGGUUGUCAAGCCUCUGCUUAAAGACCUCCAAAGAAGGAGACUCCACCACACUCCUUGGCAGCAAAUUCCACUGUCAAACAGCUCUUACUGUCAGGAAGUUCUUCCUAAUGUUUAGGUGGAAUCUUCUUUCUUGUAGUUUGGAUCCAUUGCUCCGUGUCCGCUUCUCUGGAGCAGCAGAAAACAACCUUUCUCCCUCCUCUAUGUGACAUCCUUUUAUAUAUUUGAACAUGGCUAUCAUAUCACCCCUUAACCUCCUCUUCUCCAGGCUAAACAUGCCCAGCUCCCUUAGCUGUUCCUCAUAAGGCAUCGUUUCCAGGCCUUUGACCAUUUUGGUUGCCCUCGUCUGGACACGUUCCAGUUUGUCAGUGUCCUUCUUGAACUCCUUCUCUCCCUUGAGCUAGCUGAGUCACACACAGCCCUCCAUCAUCACAUCAAGGAAAAUAAGUGCAGGGCUGAGUACAGAUACAUUUGACUGUGCCUCAGCCUUUCCCCAAUUUAAAAACUCUUCUGUAGUCCACAAUUAACACCAUGUCCAUUUCCACUUUGAGUUUCUGCUUCUUGGAUACUGGGACAAGUGAAUUGUUGUAAGAGCAAUGUUGCUGAGAUCAUGGAAUUGUAGAAUUGCAGCAUUGGAAGGGGACCCAGGGGUCAUCUAGUCCAGCCCCCCCUGAUGAAUAGACCUUUAAGGUGCUGUUUGGCACCUAGCUUAUAUACCUGAGUUUCUAACUCCGGUUUGGGGACACCAGUGUGGAGGGCAGAGGAAUCUGGCCACAGCCCUGCGACAUUUGCAGGCAGGGAAACGUCGGUGUGUUAGCUGGGGCUGCCAACAGUGCCUCUGCAGACAUCCGUCUGGCUUUGAGACGUCUUGGCAGAUUGAUGGGAGAAAGAAGGGCCCCGUGCAGGUGGAUAAAAGCAGGCGUCGAAAACGCCACCUUCCUCUUCUCCUUACUCCCUCUUCUCCCAGCUCCCCAACCUUUCAUUCCUGGCCCUGGCACACAGAGACUUUGGCAGGGAGCCAACACCACAGAUUGUGUGCGGAAGGGGGGGUGGGAGGCGCAGGAGGGAAGGAAUGAUCUCCUCCUCUGCGGUGCGUCUGGGGUAAUAACAUUUACUCACCAGGGUGAUGUUACCCCGUCGGACGCUGAUCAAAUGCACUUGUCCCCGGUAGUGAAGACAAAUGCCGGCAGCUGAGGAGGUAAAUGCAUUAGCCUGCCCUGAGCUCUGACUUGUCUGACUGACAUGUUUGCUUGGUUGCGUGCGCGCGCGCACACACACACACACACACACACAUAGCGAGGAAGGAAGCUAGCGGCUGGAGCAGAUGAUGAAGGAAGAGAAAGCGAGGGCUGUUUUUUCUCAGCCAAGAAGACGCUUUUAUCAUGGACAGUUCGAAGACCAGGGCUGGGGCAGACAUCCCAUCAGACAUAAUGUUUAAUUUGUAUACAGUGGUACCUCAGGUUACAGGCGCUUCAGGUGACAGAUGCGUCAGGUUACAGACUCCGCUAACCCAGAAAUAGUACCUCGCGUUAAGAACUUUGCUUCAGGAUGAGAACAGAAAUCACGCAGCAGCGGCAGCGGGAGGCCCCAUUAGCUAAAGUGGUACCUCAGGUUAAGAACAGUUUUAGGUUAAGAACGGACCUCCAGAACGAAUUAAGUUCUUAACCCGAGGUACCUCUGUACCGCCUUUCUAUAUUACUCUGCACAAUGCCAUUUGCAAGCUGAAGAAACAACAAAAAAGGCAGCAACAAUCGCACACGUAAUAAUGAAUCUGAUCCAGUACAAAAAAAAGUCACAAUAACCUUAAAAUAUAUCAAAUGAAGCAAUAUUUAACAAUCUAUUAGAAUAUAACAAUAAACAGUAAAAUUAAAUAUCGGCAAAUAAUAGUUAAACAGUUAAACAGUUGACACUUAAGAAUUGCAAUGAAGAAUUACUAAACAAUGAUCAAUAAAAAUAACAGGAAGCCCCAACGCAUAAAAUACCACACUUAUGUCUAAUCCAUCCAACUUGAUGGCCCUCGCUGGCUCCUGUGGGAGGGAGUUCCACAGUUUAACUACACACUGUAGGAGUUUUCUGCUGAAAUGCAGGUCAUCGGCACUCUUCAGAUACGUGCAUUUAAAAAGGGGGAACUUGUUCUCUGAGCACCCAGAGAGCAAGACUGUGUCAGUAUUUUCAUCCCUCCCAUUGCAAAGCUCACCAGAUCAUUUUGUUUUACUUUCUGCCUGUGAAAAAGGAGGGGGCGGAAACCACUCUUCCAGACUUCUGUCCCUAGUACUGUGCGGAUUUUCUUUGAUCUGUCUAGAGACAAGAUGGCAGUAUGAGAGAGCCGACUCUCCCGUACAUGUUCGUUACGUUCUUUUAUUUUGUUUAAUCAGUAGAAAUAAAUUAGGUAUGCAACAAAACCUCCGCAGCUUUGCUUCCGUUACUCUGCUGCUUUUGAGGGGCUCACAAUAGCAAAUUGCACCGGGACCUAUUCCUUGGGAAUGCUGUUCCUGCCUUCCUGGGAUCAGAAAGUCGGAGAAGGUGCUCCUGACACCCAGCCCAUGCAGGCGCUGAAGACAUGGGCUGUAUAUGGGUGUACGGUCAGACUGGCUCUUAAUAAAAUAAGAAGAUGGUUCUGGAUCAGGCCAGCGACCCAUCUAGUCCAGCACCCUUUUCUAUCAGUGACCCCCAAGAUCCAACUUUGGGAAGCCCCCCAGGCAGGACCUGAUUGCAGCCCUGCGCUCCCUGCUUGGGAUUCUCAGCAACCGCCAUUCAGAAACCCAUUGCCUCCAACUGUGGAGGCAGGACAUAGCCAUCAUGGUAUGGUAGACCCGGAUGGCCUGAACAUCCUCUUUGCACUUCUCUAAUCUUCUUUUAAAGCCAUCCAAGUCAAGUAGCCAUCACUGCCUCCGCUGGGAGCAAGUUCCAUAGAUCUAACUGCGCCCUUUGCAAUGACAUACUUCCGUUUGUCCUUCCUGAAUCUUCCCACGUUGGAUGAGUUAGCUGUCGCUCUGUUAACAGUGUCUUACAGAUUACAAUUGCUUUACUGAAAAUUUGUUAAUCUACAUGAUUUAUGCUGCGUUUGUGAUGUUCUAUUACGGUCUCCCUUGGGAGGUGGUGGGCUCUCCUUCCUUGCAGGUGUGUGUGUGUAUGUAUGUAUGUGUGUGUGUAUGUAUGUAUGUAUGUAUGUAUGUAUGUUUUAACAUACCAUUUUCAACAAUUAUAAAACAUACUUUUAUAUCUUAUACAAUUUUUUUGACUUCCAUCAAUCACAUCUGAAAAUUUUCCAAUCUUUUCCACUUAAUUUACAUUUUUUUAUUUGCAAUAUUUCAUACAUUCUUCCUUACAAAACCUCUUGUAGUCUUACUAGCGUAAUUUGUUGAUUACAGUUGCUCUUCAAAUAGUUUGUAUAUUUCUUCCAUUCUUCUGUGAAUCUCUGGUCCCGCAGGUUUCGAAUCCUUCCUGUCAUUUUAUCCAAUUUUGCGUAGUCCAUUAAUUUUGUCUGCCAUUCUUCUUUCGUCAGUAUUUUUUCUUGCUUCCAUUUCUGGGCCAACAAUACUCUUGCUGCUGUUGUUGCAUAUAAAAACAGUUUAAUGUCCUGUCUAUUAAUGUCCUCCUUCCUUGCAGGUUUCUAAGCCAAGGUUGGAUGACCAUUUGUCAUGGAGGUUUUCGCUGAGCUUUCUGCAUUGCAGAGGGUGGGACUAGAUGACCCGGGGGGGGGAGGGCUCCCUUCCAGCUCUGUGAUUCCACAGUUCUAUGUUCUAGCAUGUUAUUCAUUGUUUGUAAGCCCCUUUGGGAUACAUUUGAAUGAAAAGUAUUAUUAUUAUUAUUAGCGAUGCUCAUUUGAUCAGAAUUAACACUCGGGAAGUAGGUGAUCGGGACGCGGGUGGCGCUGUGGGUUAAACCACAGAGCCUAGGGCUUGCCGAUCAGAAGGUCGGCGGUUCGAAUCCCCGUGAUGGGAUGACCUCCCAUGUUCAGUCCCAGCUCCUGCCAACCUAGCAGUUCAAAAGCACAUCAAAGUGCAAGUAGAUAAAUAGGUACCGUUCCGGCGGGAAGGUAAAUGGCGUUUCCGUGCGCUGCUCUGGUUUUGCUAGAAGCAGCUUAGUCAUGCUGGCCACAUGACCCGGGAAAACUGUCUGCGGACAAACGCCGGCUCCCUUGGCCAGUAAAAAAAGAUUAGCGCCGCAGACCCCAGAGUCGUUCGCGGCUGGACUUAAGUGUCAGGGUUCCUUUACCUUUACCUUCAGGAAGCAUCCAUUGAUAGUGCUCGCUUUGGAAGCACAUAUACUAAAACUGGAACGAUACAGAGAAGAUUAGCAGGAAGCAUCCAUUGAUUGCUACAGGCCUCAGCCCCCAACCCUUCCCCCUUUUCCACGAAACUAACAUCCCGGAUGCCCGGAUGGCGCCAGAGCUCGCUAAGGCUUCUCGCAGGGCCUGCCCACUCAUCCUACCAGCCUCGGAGCCAAGACGCCUCCGUUGACUGGGAGCAGAGGGAGCCCUGAGCGCCGCCCGCUUGUCAAGGCGAAACCGCCGGCAUAUGGCGCUGUCAGCGUUUGCCACCCCCCCAUUAUCCCCUCAGCGCAGCGUGGGCAGUGGGGCGCUGAGGCGGAACCCUCCUCCUGCCAAUCUGGGGCGCUGACAGGCAGGUGCCGCGUUCCUCUCGUGCUCCCCAUCUGGCUCUCCUGCUUCAAGCCUGGCUGGCUGUGGCAGGAGUGCGCACCUCCUUCCCCAGGGGCGGGAGGAGGUGGCAUCAGCCGGAGACGGACGUUGCUCCGCUCGGAGGGCAAACUUUGGUCUCAAAAUGAAUUUCUUAAAAAGCAAAUCCUGUGGCACCUCAGGCAAAGCGCUUGUUUUCAAGGAAAAGUGGGAGAGUUUUGAGGGGAACCUCUCAAAGGAGUUCCUUGCGUUUCCAGACAUAUGCGCCUCAUGUUCAGUAAAAUCCUGUGUGGUUUUUUGCUGGAUAUUCACUGACAAGGGUGACUCAAAUAAGACUAACCGGAUUUCGCACAUCACUUUGAUAUGACGGAUACGGGCGACCGUUUUGUCACACUUUCAGGCGCACAUUUUACCACACAACCGCGCCCGACCUGUGGCGAAAUCCUCCGUAAUAUUGACAGGAUGUUACCCAUGAGGAUAAUCUCUAAGUUGUUUGGCCUCCUACCACCCCAUCGCCUUGUGUCGGAUUGUAGAACAUAUUCUCCUCAGCUCAGAGACCUGUCCUUUUCUAUAUUAUGCACAAAGCACUGUGCACAUCGAUGGCGCUCUGCUAUUAUUCUUCCUCUCUGCAUCAGCCAGUGAGGAGCACCAAAUCCACAUGGGCCCAAGGAAGCUGCGGCUAAACUGCCUCCUUGCUUAGCUGUAGAAACAUGGGGCUUUGAGGAGGGGGCUCCCUCCACCACCACCUCAGAUGCUUUGGCAUCUGUCUGCCUUUUAAAACACACACACACAAACCACAAAUUUUCAUUAGUUUUUAUACAAAUACAAAAAUCAUUAAAAACUUAUCCAGCAGUACAGCUAAUGAUGUUUGUUUCAUCCAUUGUCUCUAGACAUACACUUACACAUUCAACAUUCAUUUUUUUUUUUUUAUAAUAUUUAUUGGUUUUACAAAAACAAAUUCCAAAAGAUGUGGAAAAAUACAAAAAUUUGACAAACAGAAAACAACAAUAACCAUAACAAAAAGCAAACAAAGAUAACAAUAUACCUAACACAAAAGAAAAGGAAAAAGGAAAAAGGAAAAAAGAAAAAGACAGAAAAAUUUAAAAAGUAAUAUACCUUCAUUUAACCUUCUUAUCAUUACCUAAUUCUUUGACUUCCCACAUCUCCCGCUUGUAUUUCCAUUUAAAAACUCCUUUCAGCAAAUCCUUACCCUCCUUUCUUUAUCUUAACUCAAAGUUAAUCUAUUUAUAUAUAAAUAUUACAGCUUUAUCCAUCAAAUAUUCCAUGCUCUUAAUCACAAGACUUUUGCCAAUACCAGUUAUUUUCAAUCAGACCUCAAUUUAACAUUCAUUAAUUUUAUAGUAUUUCUGUAGAUAGUCUUUGAAUUUCUUCCAGUCUUCUUCCACCGACUCUUCUCCCUGGUCACGGAUUCUGCCAGUCAUCUCAGCCAGUUCCAUAUAUUCAAUUACCUUCGUCUGCCAUUCUUCCAGAGUGGGUAGAUCUUGUGUCUUCCAAUACUUUGCGAUGAGUAUUCUUGCUGCUGUUGUUGCGUACAUAAAGAAAGUUCUGUCCUUUUUUAACACCAAUUGGCCGACUAUGCCCAGGAGAAAGGCCUCUGGUUUCUUAGGGAAGGUAUAUUUGAAUACCUUUUUAAUUCAUUAUAUAUCAUUUCCCAGAAAGCCUUAAUCUUUGGGCACGUCCACCAAAGGUGAAAGAAUGUACCUUCAGUUUCUUUACAUUUCCAACAUUUAUUAUCGGGCAAGUGAUAGAUUUUUGCAAGCUUGACUGGGGUCAUGUACCACCUGUACACCAUUUUCAUUAUAUUCUCUUUUAAAGCAUUACAUGCUGUAAACUUCGUACCUGUGGUCCAUAACCGUUCCCAGUCAGCAAACAUAAUAUUAUGUCCAACAUCCUGUGCCCAUUUAAUCAUAGCAGAUUUUACUGUUUCAUCCUGAGUAUUCCAUUUUAGCAGCAAGUUAUACAUUCUUGAAAGUGUUUUAGUUUUGGGAUCUAGCAGUUCUGUUUCCAACUUUGAUUUUUCCACCUGGAAGCCAAUUUUUCUAUCCAAAUUAUAGACCUCUCUUAUUUGAUAAUAAUGCAACCAGUCUCGCACUCUAUCUUUUAAUUUUUCAAAACUCUGCAAUUUAAGUUUAUCUCCUUCUUGUUCCAAGAUCUCCCAAUAUUUUGGCCACUUGGCCUCCAUAUUGGACUUUUUUAGGGCCUUUGCCUCCAUUGGUGAUAACCACCUUGGGGUUUUAUUUUCCAAUAAGUCUUUAUAUCUUAUCCAGACAUUGAACAAUGCUUUCCUGACAAUAUGGUUUUUAAAAAUUUUGUGAGCUUUAACCUUGUCAUACCACAAAUAUGCAUGCCACCCAAACACAUUAUUGAAACCUUCUAAGUCCAAAACAUCAGUAUUUUCCAGAAGUAACCAAUCCUUCAACCAGCAGAAAGCUGCUGAUUCAUAAUAAAGUUUAAGGUCUGGCAGGGCAAAUCCCCUCUUUCUUUAGCAUCAGUCAAUAUUUUAAAUUUUAUCCUGGGCCUCUUGCCCUGCCAGACAAACUUAGAAAUAUCUCUCUGCCACUUCUUAAAACAGUCCAUUUUAUCUAUUAUUUGUAUCGAUUGAAACAAAAACAGCAUUCUUGGCAAUACAUUCAUCUUGAUGACAGCAAUUCGACCUAACAAGGAAAGCUUCAAAUUUGACCAUAUUUCUAAAUCCUUUUUAAUGUCCGACCAACACUUUUCGUAAUUGUCUUUAAAUAAAUUCCCAUUUUUAGCUGUCAUAUGAAUCCCCAAGUAUUUCACUUUUUUUACCACUGUUAAACCUGUCUCAUUCUGAAACCUCUCUUUUUCAAUCUGUGUUAAAUUCUUCUCAAGUACUUUAGUUUUAAACUUAUUCAGCUUAAAACCUGCCACCUGACCAAAUUCUUGAAUCAGUUCUAAUGCUCUUUUCGUACUAGAUUCUGGCUCCUGUAAUGUCAAUACCAGGUCAUCUGCAAAUGCUUUCAGUUUAUAUUGUUUCGCUCCGACCGUUAUGCCCUUAAUCAAAUGGUCCCUUCUUAUCAUAUUUAACAAAACCUCCAGAACAGAAAUAAAAGUAAUGGGGAAAUUGGGCAGCCUUGUCGUGUCCCUUUCUCUAUCUUAAUUUCCUCUGUUAUCACAUUGUUAACUAUUAAUUUAGCUUUCUGCUCUGAAUAAAUUGCAUUUAUACCAUUUUCAAACUCUUGGCCUACCCCCAUCCCCUGAAGAUUUUUCUUCAUAAAACUCCAAGAAAUGUUGUCAAAGGCUUUCUCUGCAUCCACAAAGAUCAAAACUGCUUUAGUAUUGAUCUCCUCUUGCAGCUUCUCCAGAAUAUCAAUUAUGUUCCUUGUGUUGUCCGAAAGGUGUCUAUCUGGAAGAAAGCCAGCUUGGUCCUUGUGGAUCACUCCUUUUAGCACUUUUUAAGCCUUUUGCUAAGAUAUCAGCAAAAAUUUUGUAAUCCACAUUUAACAGGGAUAUGGGCCGGUAGUUCUUAAGCUGUGUCUUUUCAGUCUCAACCUUUGGUAUAAGUGUAAUAAAUGCGUCUUUCCACGACUCUGGCGCUCUUUUCCCCUCUAGAAUUUCAACAUUCAAACACGUUGCUUAACGUAACCUCUCCGCUGAGAAUAUCGAGCAUUUGGUAUAAGAUCUUGAUAUUGGUCGUUAACAUAUUUAAAGAAGGGGGUCUGUGUUUCUAUUCGUUAUGCCUCUAAUCGCCCUCCUGUGUCUGGUGAGACGGCCAGACAUUGCCGUAUCCCAGAUAUUAUUUUCCCAUAUGUUCGGGGGUAUAUCAGUCUGGUUCUUCCAUUGCUGAGCUAAUCAUGCUGUGGUCAGUGAGAAACCUACUACAGUGGUACCUCGGGUUAAGAACGUAAUUCGUUCUGGAGGUCUGUUCUUAACCUGAAACUAUUCUUAACCUGAGGUACCACUUUAGCUAAUGGGGCCUGCCGCCGCUGGAGCACGAUUUCUGUUCUCAUCCUGAAGCAAAGUUCUUAACCUGAGGUACUAUUUCUGGGUUAGUGGAGUCUGCAACCUGAAGCGUCUGUAACCUGAGGUACCACUGUAGUUCACUCAAGUAGAGCCUAUGUCCAAAGAUAUAGCCUCUUGGGACGAAGUCAAACUGCUGCAUUAGCAACACCAAAGUGACCUCCACAGGGUCACGUGCCUGGGGGUCCUGGGCUGCCCAGACGACAAGACUCCCCUCUUGGCCUCACUGAUGGGGUCCAAAGGAAAGCAGAGCAAGACAUUGGGCACUGGCUUGGCUGCAGGAGUUGCCAGAAGGAGGCGUCCAAGGCACCAUCCAACUGUCUUGGGGACUCCACUCCAGAUUUGUGUAGGCUUUACUCCUUAGCCUUUUCUUCUCCUGAAGAUGUCCCGCAAGGCAGCUGAGGUUCAGGAUCAAAGUUUUCCUUCUCCUAGAUCAGGCAUAGGCAAACUUGGCCCUCCAAAUGUUUGGGGACUACAACUCCCAUCAUCCCUGACCACUGGUCCUGUUAACUAGGGAUGAUGGGAGUUGUAGUCCCAAAACAGCUGGAGGACCAAAUUUGCCUAUGCCUGUCCUAGAUGGGCUACGAGCCCCAUCUGCUCCUCACCUCCCUCUACAGCAGGCUUCCUCAACCUCAGCCCUCCAGAUGUUUUGAGACUACAAUUCCCAUCAUCCCUGACCACUGGUCCUGCUAGCUAGGGAUCAUGGGAGUUGUAGGCCAAAAACAUCUGGAGGGCUGGGGUUGAGGAAGCCUGCUCUACAGCAUGUGCAGAAACUGCCUUCCUGACCAUUGGACCUUCUCUUGGUCUCGUUGGUUCAAUCUGCCAGAUCCUGUCUUUGCAUGCAAAAGAAGCCCCUAACUCCCCAAGCAUUUGAGACCCAUUGGUUGCCCUCCCCUGGUUUAGCCGGCCAGUGGAAGCCAUUUCCUAGGUUGUGGCUGCUGUCGCGUGCUGACAGCAACUCGGAGCCACAGGUGAGAGCUGAGUGCUGGGGUGGGAGCAAAGGAGAGCAAACCACCCCAGAAGGAGCAGAAUGUGUCCCCCACCAGAGGUACUCCCAUCCUCUAACACCCCAUUGACCCCUCCAGCCUGACUCUUUUUUUGGGGGGGUAUUUUUAUUAGGAAUUUCAACAUAACAAUUUAUCACAAAUACAUCAUCCUCAUCCCCCCCCCAUUUUUCCCUCCCCCUUCCCCCUCAAAAGAAGAAGAAUCCCCCACCCCACGCCCCAGACUUCCCUCAGCUCCUCUCUCUGGUUUUUCAGCACAUGUUAUUCUCUGCAUAUUAUAAAAUUGUAAAGAUCCUUAACUUAUCUAUCUAUAUAUUACUAAUAAAAAGUUUGUGAAUGUUUAUUCAAAACCUGCCAAGGAAUCUAGUUCAUUUUGUUGUUUCUCUAAGUACUUUGUAAAAGGUUCCCUUUCUUCUUUAAAGUCACAGUUGUCCUUAUCAUGUAGUUUGUGCGUCAAUUUUGCCAAUUCCGCAUAGUCCACUAGUUUCUCUUGCCACAGUUCUUUAGUCGGGGUUUCCUCAUUCUUCCAUCCUUGUGCUGUUAAGACUCUUGCCGUCGUUGUUGCGUACAUGAAUAUGUUUUUCAAUUUCCUUGGCAGGUCUUUUCCUACAAUCCCUAACAAAAAUCCUUCAGGCUUUUUUACAAGUGUUAAAUUCUCUCUCUCUCCCCCCUCCCAGGUCCGCAAGUAUCUGCUGAUGUUGGACAUCCGCAAGGAGCACGUCAAGUUCUGGCGGCCGCAGGUGCUGCUGAUGGUCCGGAACCCGCGGACGUCCCUGCAGCUCAUCAGCUUCAUCAACGACCUCAAAAAGAGCGGCUUGUAUGUGCUUGGCCACGUGGAGCUGGAUGACUUGGGUAAGGGGGCAGCGGGAGGCCAGCCGGGUGACCCCCCAAGUCCUCUGGAGAGAUGUAACCAUGUGCCCCAGGGAGAAGGCUCAUAGGAAGCUGCCUUGGACUGAGUUGUACCACCCACCCACCUAGCAUGGAGACCUUCAGCGGCUCUCCUGGGCAGGGGGGACCUCGGUAAUAUGGCACCCUGUGUGUGGCCAAGAUUUGACACCCCCUUCCCCAGCCCUCGCUCCAGCCAAGCAAGGCGCCAGGCCUGGACCAUAGCUGUCAACCGUCCCUUAUUUGGCGGGAAACUCCCUUAUCCCAGCGCCGUGUCCCGCUGCUGUCCCGGAUUGAUGAUGUCCCUUAAAUUUCCUGGGUUUCAUGCUCGCCCGGCUCAGGAGGGAAGCAGCAGCUCGGGGUCCUCCUCCGUGAGAGAGUGCGCGCGCACGGGCUGCCGCAUCUCCGUCUCUCCCUUUUCCCCCUCAGGGGCACGUCGUGAGGAGACGGGUGGCGGCAGGCGGGCAGGCAGCCCCUCUCUUGCGAGACUUCUGCCGCGCUGCCAGGGGAAGCCGGAGGCGGCGGUGGCUGAGGAGGCGGCCUGAGGGAGGAGGAAGAGGAGGGGAUGGGGAGGGAUGCAGAAGGGCAGUGCUUCGGUGGCCGCCGCGGCACCGCAACUGCCUCAUGCCGGGCUCGCGGGUGGUGUGGGCGAGAGUCUCUCUCUCUCCCUCCCUCUCUCUCGGGCGAGGAAGGACCGAUGGAACUCCUCGCCCCAGGACGACGGCAGCCCUGACGUGCUGCUUAGCAUCCCCUCCAACUAGUGCAGCAUCUUAAUGUAGUGAUUUCCCCCUCUGCAUCCCUUUCCUAACUCUAUUUUUAUAAAUCAUCUCUCCAUCCAUAGUUCAAAUUUUUACUAUAAGUUUUCUGUCAAUCCUACCAAUGUAUGUAACUCUUUACAAUAGCUUUUCAACUAAAUUAUAAGCUUUCCCCAUUCUUUAUUAAAGAGGUCCUCUUCCUGGUUUCUAAUUCUGCCUGUAAGCUUUGCCAUCUCAACGUCGUUCAUCAGUUUUGUCUGCCUCUCUUCUUUGGUCAGAGUUGUAGACCCUUAGGCUCAUCUAGUCCAACCCCCUGCAAAACACAGUCAGUCGCAGCCAAAGCCGCAUGGCUCCAUCAGUGGCGGGUUUCUGUAUAAGCUAAGCCAAAAUCCCUUAUUUUGGCUGCUGAUCCCUUCUUUUCGAGGCUGCUGGUCCCUUAUUUUCAAAUCUGUAACUUGACAGCUAUGGCCUGGGGAAGGAGGCGUGAGGCUCUGGCUGGGUCCCAGAGCCCUCCCGCCUCCUCCCCAAAGCUGGUCAAGCGCUAACUGGGCUCUGGGAAGGAGGUCUUUGGGACCCUGCCAGGGCCCUCAUGCCUCCUUCCCAAAGCCCAAAGCUUUCUAGCCUCUGGGAAGGAGUCCCUGCACCUGUGGGGGGGGAGCAGUGACGCUGCCCCAAAUGCGCUUCUGCUCAGGGUUUGAUAGGCCAGGGACUGGCCCUGGGGCCUUGUGCAUAGAAAACACAUGCUCUAAGCUACGAGUCUUCUCCUUGUAUUGUGCGAUGGGAGGGAGGAGGAAGCCAUGGCCUUCUAUAUGUUGCUGGGCUCUGACUCCCAGCAGCCCCAGCCAGCCAGCACGCUGAAAGAUGCAGACUUGCUGAGGGCCGGUCCACUGUCCCUCAGACCUUGUGGGGGGCCAGGCUAUAUUUUUUUGGUGGGGGAUGAACAAAUUCCUAUGCCCCACAAAUAACCCAGAAAUGCCCUGUAAAUAAAAGCACACAUUUUACUUCUGUAAAAACACCAGGCAGACCCCACAAAUAACCCAGAGAUGCAUUAUUUAUUUAUUUAUUUAUUUUUUAAAAUAAAAGGACACACUCUACUCAUGUAAAAUCACGCCGAUUUCCAGACCAUCCGCAGGCCAGAUUGAGAAGGCGAUUGGGCCAGAUUUGGCCCUCGGGCCUUAGUUUGCCUACCCAUGGCCCAGAGCAAUUCUCUGUUUGUUAGAGAAAAUAGUUUCUCUGAUAAACUGGAACCGGGCUGGAGGUUUUAGUGGGUUUCAUUUUAGGGCCGCAAUAUUCAGUAGCUUAAUCAGAUAGAUGACUUGAUCAAAUACUUUAUCACGGACUAAACGAACGUGCCCGGUUGCCUGGCCUCGAAAACAAUAUUGUAGAGUUGGAGAAAGUUCAGUAAUGGGCAAUCAAAAGGAUUGAGGGGAUGGAGCGACUCUCAUGAAGAAAGGUUGAAGCAUUUGGGACUUUUCAGUUUAGAGAAAAAGGCGAGGGAGAAUCAACAGGGUAGAGGUUUGUGAAAUCAUGUGUGGCCUGGAGAAAGUAGAUGGAUAAAACUUGUGGACGUCCAUUGAAGCUGAAUGUUGGAAGAGUCAAGGCAGAUGAAAUACUUAUUCACGCUGCACAUAGUUGAACUAUGGAACUCAUUCCCGCAGGCAGCAAUGAUGGCCCCUGGCCUAGAUGGCUUUAAAAGAGGAUUGGUCAAAUUCAGGGAGGAGGAGAGGGCUAUGGAUGGCUCCUAGCCAGGAUGACCUGCUCUGCCUCCAUGGUCAGAGGUACCAAUGCAUCUGAAUACCACAGGAAAAGAGAGGGGUCUUGUGUUCGGAUCCUGCUUGGAGAUUUCCUAUUGGGGCUUCAGGUUGGCCACUGUCAGAACAGGAUGCUGGACUAGAAGGGCCAUUGGUCUGAUCCAGCAGGCUCUUCCUAUGUUCUUAAGCCAAUAAUAAUAAUAAUAAUAAUAAUAAUAAUAAUAAUAAUAAUAAUUUAUUUAUACCCCGCCCAUGUGGCUGAGUUUCCCCAGCCACUCUGGGCGGCUUUCGACAGAAUAUUAAAAUACAAUAGUCUAUUAAACAUUAAAAGCUUCCCUAAACAGGGCUGCCUUCAGAUGUCUUCUAAAAGUCUGGUAGUUGUUUAUCUCUUUGACAUCUAGUGGGAGGGCGUUCCACAGGGCGGGUGCCACCACUGAGAAGGCCCUCUGCCUGGUUCCCUGUAACUUGGCUUCUUGCAGCGAGGGAACCGCCAGAAGGCCCUUGGCGCUGGACCUCAAUGUCCGGGCAGAACGAUGGGGAUGGAGAUGCUCCUUCAGGUAUACUGGACUGAGGCCGUUCAAUGGAUGGCUCAGCAGAUUUUCCUGCCAAGUGCAUGACUGUCAUUUCCUGGGUGGGGUGAGGUGGCAGGAGUGCCAGUUUUGGCUUCAUCGGUUUGCACCAAUUUGCACUGCUCCGACGUUCUUGCUCCACUGAGAGCCAGUGUGGUGUAGUGGUUAAGAGAGGUAGUCUCGUAAUCUGGGGAACCGGGUUCGCGUCUCCGCUCCUCCACAUGCAGCUGCUGGGUGACCUUGGGCAAGUCACACUUCUUUGAAGUCUCUCAGCCCCACUCACCUCACAGAGUGUUUGUUGUGGAGGAGGAAGGGAAAGGAGAAUGUUAGCCGCUUUGAGACUCCUUAAAGGGAGUGAAAGGCGGGAUAUCAAAUCCAAACCCCUCUUCUUCUUCUUCUUGCCAGCUCAUCUGUCCCUUUCCAGUUAAACUAUAGUAACUCACCUGGCAGGAGGCUGGAGCAGAAACUCUGCCCCACCAGGUGAGCAGCCUCUGGUUGAGAAUUUUGAGUCUCCCAGAGUGCAAGUUUGCUGCAAGAGUUGAUGUCUCAGCUCGGCCUUUUUGUUUACUCUCAGUUGUGAGCACGUGCCCCUUCCGGUGAACACGUGUUCACCAGCACGGCGCUCCUCACGCUGCACGGAUGCUCCAGCCAAAAGCAUUCGCAAGCGCACCUGGGUCUGUACUGGGUCUGUGCGCCGCCUGCCCAGGCUCCCACUUCUACCUGCCUGCUGUCCUUUGUACUGCAAAUUGAUUUCUCAGCUGCUUUUGUGAAGGCCGCAAAGGGCCCCUCCCAGAGCUGUUCUGGUUUCCAUGGUGACUAAUGGAUUUCCCCCCCCCUCCCGCUGAAAAGAGGGGAAAGUAGAAAGAGGAAGAUGGUUAAUUUCAUUUUUCAACCACACACACACACACACACAGAGAGAGAGAGAGAGAGAGAGAGAGAGAGAGAGAGAGAAAUCAGACCAGAAUUCUAGGGCAAAUAUGAAAGAUAAAGUACGGCAGCUUAGUUGUGGUGGAUCAAUGAGAAAGGAUUCCUGGGUCUUUGGAUGGAUAGGAGGUGAACUUGGUGCCAGGUGUGAAGACACUCUGCGAAUGCACUUGUGAGCUCCAAGCACUGUCAGAAGCUGCUUCUUCCACCCACAUUGGGGAACUUUGUGGCAGAGGGAGAAACAAACCGUUCUUUGGUUUGGCGAGACGCAAGUCCAUCGUCACAACACACACGUGACACAGAAUUCUCUGAAGCAGUGAAUUUUAAAGAGAGCCGUGCGGGGAGAGCUUUCCAUUAUCUUUUAGGGCAUAUAAAUGGUGGAUUGCAGAGUUGCAAACGAUAUCUCAUCUUAAAAGUGUGGAAUAUGUAGGUUUAUACUUAAAGUACAGUGGCAUUGUCACUUCGUUCGCCCGAAUCAGAGGCAUGGCGUAAAAGAAGCCAAGAAUGCGAAUUGCAGCUUUUGGGACCUUUGCAGCUCUCGACUGAGGUGUUAUGGAGUGUUCCUGGACAUCCCAACUGCUCAUGCGCUUUGGGAAUCGUCAGCACAUGAGGCCUAGGGACAGCUAGGGCUGUGCUUUGUUGGUGAGAAGGGGCAUAGCCGGGAAGGAAGAAGGCAGCACAAUAUCAACGUGUUAUCGGUCAGCAGUCAGGUUGUUGCCGGAGAGAAGUGAGGUGUGUCUGGCAAACAUGAGUGGUAGUGUGUGUCCGCAACAGUACUGCACAUGAAUCAUAGGAGCCAACUUCUAGGGGCCAUGGGGGCUUCAACCCCCACAAUAAAAUAUUUGAAGGGGCCGGGCCCCCACAAAGUUGAUGGGCAUUCCCAUUCAAAUGGUGUGUAUGCAUUGCAUCAUGUGAUCGAUUAUGCAGGGCUGGGCUUACCUGGGGCCCCGCAAUAUUUUAUUCAAGUUGGCACCCCUGGUGUUCCUAGGAUGGCUCAGUCUGUAGAGCUUGAGACUCUUCAUCUCAUGGUUCUGGGUUCAAGCCGCAAUGUAGGGCGAAUGAUUCGCGCAUUGCAGGGGGUUGGACUAUAUGAUCCUUGUGGUCUUUUGCAAAAUAAUAAUAAUUAUUAUUAUUAUUAUUAUUAUUAUUAUUUAUGCCCCGCCCUCCCCGGCCAGAGCCAGGCUCAGGGCAGCUAACACCAGUAAAAUUACAGUAAAAACAUAAUAGGGGAAAAAACCAAUUUAAAAUACAAGUUAAAAUGCAGCCUCAUUUUAAAAGUAGCCGAUAAAUCAAGACCAUAAGGGGAGGGAAACGUAAGGGUCAGACUGAGUCCAAACCAAAGGCCAGGCGGAACAGCUCUGUCUUGCAGGCCCUGCGGAAAGAUGUCAAGUCCCACAGGGCCCUAGUCUCUUGGGACAGAGCGUUCCACCAAGUUGGGGCCAGUACUGAAAAGGCCCUUGCCCUAGCUGAGAUGAUGAUGAUGAUGAUGAUGAUGAUAAUAAUAAUAAUAAUAAUAAUAAUAAUAUACCGCCCUUCAUCAAAAGAUCUCAAGGCAGUUCACAAGAUGAUUCUAUGAAAUUGGGAACUCUGUGAGUGAUGGGGAAUGGGUACCAGUAAGGUGUUGGAGAAACUAUAGCCAUGGAUGUGUGUGUGUGUGUGUGUGUGUAACUGGCUAGGGUAACUGGCUACCCAGAAGAUGCUGGACUCUCCAGUGUCAUUAUCCCUGACCACUGCCAUUCUGGCUGGGGCUGAUUUGGUUGAGAGAGUCCAACAACAGAUUGAAUUCUGAUGCCUUCUGCAGCUGUCUCUUAAAGUUGUUUGCCCCUGUUGAUAGACUUAUAGGGAGGUCCCUCCACACGCAGGUCCCCUCCAUAUGUGUGAAUGUGUCCCUGCUUAUCCAAGGGCUAGCCUAGGUCACCUCCCACUGUGGGCUUUGCUCUGGAGCUCCAACGCAACUCCGGCCAACUGACCCUCUCCUUUCUCUCUUAGACUCCCUGCCUUCUGACCCCUUGCCGCACCAGUCUGACUCGUGGCUGCAUCUUGUGGACAGACUGAACAUCAAGGCCUUCGUCAACCUGACCCUUUCGGACUCCAUCAGACAUGGCACCCAGCAGCUGCUCUUCAUCUCUGGCUUGGGUGAGUAUCCCUUUCUGUUUGGGCCAGAGAACUGGGCAGCUAAGGAGGAAUUAGGUGCAGGAUGUCUCAGAACUGAUUUUUGUGAGCUGCAGUUGCAGGCUGUGUGUGAAUAAAUACUGCAAAUGAAUACAUUUUGGGGAGGGGGUUACAGUUUUGUUUUUCGUUACGAAUUUUGUGUUUUUAUCUUGUAUUUUUAUGCUACAAACCGCCGUAAAGAUCUAAGGAUGAAGGGCAGUAUACAAAUUUAAUAGAUAGUACACAUGAGAUUCAGGCAUGCUUUCUAGUGGUGCGGAGGGCGUACUUUGCUGCCUGCAAGGUGCUUUGACGUCCCAACUUCAGGACUUCAAAGCGCCUGGAGAAAUCACUUGGCUGCCUUGGUGACCUCAGCUGACGGACAGGCGAGCCACCCCUCUUGCAAAUUUGGUCCACGAAACCAAUCCAGAUCUGGCCCACAGAGUUCAAAAGGUUCCCUGCCCCGCAAUAUGGAUUUAGUUGAACCAAACGCCUAAGCUGCCUCUGUUCCUAAACCCCACAAGGCUGACCAAUGAAAUACAGCAAUAUUUCUUUAUUUUUGUGGCUGCGUCAAAUAUAAUUGUAGGACGGAACUGGCCACCAAUCCAUUUUCAUUCCUUUGUUUUGGGGAGGUAGGGUUCGUGAGGGCAACUUUUACCAUCAGCCACCUACCCCCAACCUUGACCUUGUUUGUUGCUGUAGCCCAGCUCCUCCUCCUUGAUUUGACUGGGCUCAGUCGGUAGAGCAUGGGACUGUUGACUGUGGAUUUUGAGUCCCAGCUUGGGUGAAAUAUUCCUCCACUGCAGCAGGGGGUUGGACUAGAUGACCCUCAGGGUCCCUUCCAACUCUACAAUUCUAAGACUCUGUGAUUCUACUUUCAUUCCGCUUUCCAGCAACAGAAGUUUUUGUUCAAAGCUCAUGAUAGACACAAUAGCAUUAAGAAAGAAAGCAGAACAAUGUAGAUGCCACAAACCAGAGUUUUCCAAACUUGGGUCUCCGUCUGUUUUUGGACUACAGUUCCCAUCAUCCCUGACCCCUGGUCCUGCUAGCUAGGGACGAUGGGAGUUGUAGUCCAAGAACAGCUGGCGACCCAACUAAUACUUCCUUGCCUCUCUCCCUCUCCCAGGAGGCAUGAGGCCCAACACCAUCGCUCUGGGUUUCUAUGACGACACGGCCUCGGAGGACCGCCUCUCCCAGCACCCGGCCUUCAGCAGCGGGGAGGAGGUGGCCUGGCAGAACUUCCCUCCACCGUGGACGUCGGGGACGCAGAAGUGCCUCUCUCCCCGGGAGUACGUGGCCAUCAUCGCGGACGCCCUGAAGAUGCAGCGCAACGUGCUGCUGGCGCGCUCCUUCGAGGAGCUAAAGCCGCCACAGGAGCUGGGGUGGCGGGCCCAGCCCCUCAUCGACGUCUGGCCCAUCAACCUGCUGCGGCCUGACAGCGCCCACUACGUGAACACCUGCAGCCUCUUCCUGCUGCAGAUGGCCUGCGUCCUGGCCAUGGCCCGUGCUUGGCGCCGUGCCCGCCUGCGCCUCUUCCUCUGCAUGGAGAGCGGCGCCCGCCCCCGGGGCCAGGAGGACAAGCUGCGCCAGCUCCUGAAGGACCUGCGCAUCCAGGCAGACAUUCACACGGUGCUGUGGGACAGCGCAGUGGCCCUCCACUGGCACCGCCAGCAGCAGAUGGCCGGCGACACCGACGCCUUCGGCUUCUCCGGAAACGCGGCACAAGUGACGGACGAAUACCUGAGCGCCGUCAACCAGCUCAUCCUCCAGCAGAGCUCCGCCCCCACCGUCCGCUUCCUUUACUUGCCCCGCCCCCCAGCAAACACCCGGCUGUACGGCAGGUACUUGGAGCAGCUGGAGGUGCUCACUCGAGGGCUGGGCCCUACACUGCUGGUGCACGGGGUCAGCGCUGUCACCAGCACUGAGCUCUAGGUUGGGUGCUGCGCGAGGUCGGCCCGAGCCGUGGCUGGCUGGCUUGCUGAUGCCCCGUGACGGUCAAGGGUUGGGGAGUGGCAGGGCACCAGAGCGGUGUGGUGUGUCAAGAAGUGAGGGCGGGCAGCAGGUUAUGCUGGGGCUGAUCUCUGGGCCCUGCCGGACUGGCCGCGGGCAGCCUCAGGUUCCUCUUUCACCAAAGACUGGGCCCACUUGGAGGACUCCUGGGCGCGGGAACCACGAGACCCGCUUCUGGGGCCCAGCAAAGCCGUCCGGCCCAAGAGGAGACUGUUAUGUCCUGCAGGGACGUCCCGUCAACACUGGUCCUUUGGAAGGCUCUGUGAGCUCACGCAGAGGGGGACCCGAGCGAGACCAGAGCAGUACCAAGCUAGCACUUUGCCGAGUGGCCUUGGAAAAACUCUGCAGCAACCCCGGUGCCUUUUGAUAUGUGUAGAAACAGGAGCCAAAAUAAAGAUGGUCCUGAAGGAUCUGAGCAGGCUGCUGUGGUGGCGCUUGGGGUGUUGAUGGCAAGGAGCUUAGGGCAGUUGUCACAGGAG